UGCCGUUGACACUUCAUAAAUAGAAGGCUGAAGGGGAACAAUAGCUGGAGCUAAAAAUACAGCUGAUUCUUUGUGCAACCUUCCAAAGAAUUUAACAUCUAUGACAGAGUGGGGAAGAGAGAAUAUAGGGGCUACAGAAGCUAAACUGCCUCUUAAUGUACUUUUAAUACAAAGUAAAUGCUUUUCACCAAAAAGUACUUUUCUUUUUUAACUGAAAUGUGCAUUUAAUAGUAUUUUAUAGUUCUACAUAAUUUUAAUCUUUGCUUUUUUCCCCAUAACGCUGUACUGGAAAAGCAACUGGAAGACUGAUGGAUGGAUGAAUACUUCUUUGUCCUGCCGCAGCGGGCCGAACGCAAUGUCUACUCAGGCACCAACAUUCAUACAACCUCUUCAAAGCGUUGUGGCACUUGAGGGUAGUGCUGCAACGUUUGAGGCUCAAAUUGGUGGUGUUCCGGUUCCUGAGGUGAGCUGGUUUCGUGAUGGCCAGGUGCUUUCUGCUGCUACUCUGCCCGGCGCGCAGAUCUCGUUCAGCGAUGGCCGCGCUGUUCUGAUGAUCCCCGCUGUGACAGCGGCACACAGUGGAAGGUUUUCUGUACGAGCCACCAAUGGUGCCGGACAAGCCACUAGCACCGCAGAACUACUUGCUACAGUGGAAACUGCACCUCCAAACUUCACUCAAAGAUUACAGAGUAUGACUGUGAGACAAGGAAGCCGAGUAAGAUUGGAUGUACGCGUUACAGGAAUCCCUACACCUGUGGUGAAGUUCUACAGGGAGGGAGCUGAGAUUCAGAGCUCUGCUGACUUUCAAAUUGUUCAAGAAGGAGACCGUUACAGUUUGUUAAUUGCUGAGGCCUUUCCUGAAGAUUCUGGAACAUACUCCGUCAAUGCUACUAAUAGUAGUGGGCGUGCUACUUCUACUGCUGAACUGCUGGUUCAAGGUGAAGAGGAGGAUAUUCCCGUGAAGAAGUCAAAGACUGUCACUUCAUCUGCUCAUAUUUCUCAGACUCGUCAGACACGAGUAGAGAAGAGAGCGAAAGCUUAUUAUCAGGCUACAGCCACCACUAUGAUGGAAAUGCUUGUGGAUGAAGGUGCUGUUGCUCAGCAACUGCUACACAAGGCUCCUCCAUCUGUCGCCCCAAAGCCAAGUUCAAAGUCCCCAACAUCCUCGCUAGUGUCAAAAGUUGCAGGCGCACGUCAACAGUCACCUUCUCCUGUGAGGCAUAUUAAAGGACCUACUCCACCUCCUGUCAGGUCAGUGUCUCCCUCUACAAGGCUGUCAGUCUCCCCUAUCAGACCAGUCAAAUCUCCAUUGAUGACCCGCAAGCAGAUUACGGCAGGCUCUGAUGUCCUCCCUCCCUGGAAGCAGGGAGAUUAUGUAGCUGAAUCCAGCUAUACUAGCAUGAUUGCCAGUGCCUCACGUGUCCAGACCUCUACCACUCAAGUGCAAAUGGAGCAACGGUGGGAAGGCUAUGGGGUACAGCAGCAAGUAACUGGGAUUGUAGCGAAAGAGGCUGAAGGUGGCAAAAAGGCAGAGGCAGUGGCCACAGUCCUUGCUGCAGUUGACCUAGCACGCAUUCGAAAGCCUGCACAGGCAGAGGAGGGCCACGCAGAAGAGGAGAUCUUAGAGCCUGACUUAAAACGGCAGGCUCUGGACACUCAAGCUUCCAAAACGAUCACCAUGACCAUGAAAACCGAAGCGCUACAAAUUCCCAGUUCCUCUCAAAUUGCUUCCGAUGAACAUAGGGUUCAGGUUUCACAGAUCCAAAGAAGUACAGAAACUACAACAACUCAUGUGGACACCUCGCUUGCACCAUCUCCAAUACCGCAUUUCACUGUUUCUAAAGUUGCUGUUCCUAAACCUGACCAUAGCUAUGAGGUUUCGAUAGCAGGUUCUGCUAUUGCUUCACUGCAGAAAGAGCUAUCUUCUACUUCUGCUGCUCAAAAGAUCAUCAGACCUGUCAAGCCUCCAUCUCAUAAGAUUGUGGAGAUGAAAGCAAAGCAAGAGCCAACCCCAACACCUUUUAAAGAUACCAGUGAAAGAUUUCAAAUGCAUCUUGGCACUCUCUCACAGACAGAGAUAGGCACUUCUUUUACAGGGGGCAUGGAGCAGAUAUAUGAACAGUGGGAGAAACAGGCUGUUGAGGCUUCAACAAUUACCAUACCUGCACAGGAGGCCAUGACUCCUCCUACCCUUGUCGUUGGUUUGAAAAAUGUAACUGUCACUGAAGGAGAAUCUGUGACUUUGGAGUGCCAGAUAUCAGGUCAUCCAACCCCAACAAUUAUGUGGUUUAGAGAAGACUACAGGCUUGAGAGCUCUGUUGAUUUCCAAAUCACUUAUGAGAAUGGAUACGCUCGUUUGGUUAUCCGUGAAGCUUUUGCAGAGGACAGUGGUCGUUUUACUUGCACAGCUACCAAUCAGACUGGGACCAUCAGCACCUCCUGCUACCUACUUGUGAAGGUAUCAGAAGAAAUUGAUAGCAAGGAUACUUUCCCUGCUGCUCAUGUUUCUGUAAAUGGAAAGGAGAAACCCUGGCCAGUUGAAGGAAAAGAAGAAAUUUUAGAGCUGAGUACCACUGCAGAGGCUGUGGCACCAUUCUUUGUAAAGAAACCAAUCGUGCAGAAGUUAUUGGAAGGUGGGAGUGUCAUCUUUGAGUGUCAGAUUGGUGGUAGUCCCAAGCCUCAUAUUUAUUGGAAGAAGGCUGGAGUUCCCCUUACUACUGGAUAUAGAUACAAAGUGGUCUACAACAAGGAAAGUGGAGAGUGCAAGCUUGAGAUCUCCAUGGCAUUCGCCGACGAUGCAGGAGAAUACACCAUCUUUGCCAGGAAUCAGUUAGGAGAGGCUUCAGCAUCUACUACAUUGCUCGAGGAAGUGGAAUAUGAAGCCUACAUGAAGAUGCAGGAAAUUGCAUUCAAAACCGAAAUGACCACAAUGGUGCAAGAACCCAAAGUGGCAGAUGUCCCUCCAGUGAUUAUUAGUGAACAUGAAAAAGGAGAGAUUCUUAUGCAGAAGAGGAUGGCCCAACAGAUGCAAACAAUGAAGGCUUUUAUAACAGAGCAGGAACUCCAAAUCUCUGCUUAUGAGGAAAGAGUUAUUCUUGAGAUUGAGUUUUACAUUGUUAGAAUUAGUUACCAGGAGUUGGUGAAUGAAGAUGGGGAAGACAUUAUUAUGAAUAUAUCUGAACAUGAAGCUGUAGCACCAACCUUCUACACCCCAGUGAAGAGCUACAGGGUUUUGGAGGGAAUGGGGGCUACUUUCCACUGCAGAGUAGGAGGAAAUCCACUUCCUAAGAUUGCCUGGUACAAAGAUGGCAUGCGCAUCAAGCAUGGUGGCCGAUAUCAGUUGGAGGUUCUGCAGGAUGGGAGAGCUAGUCUCCGAAUUCCUGUUCUAUUGACAGAAGAUGAAGGUGUCUAUACUGCCCUUGCGAGUAACAUAAAAGGAAAUUCUGUCAGUUCAGGCAAAUUAUACGUAGAGCUUGCAACCACAGCUGGAGCUCAGCCAUAUUAUCCUCAACCAGAUGCAAUCAGCAGAAUCAGUUCUACUUCCCCUCGUUCUUUGAGCCGAUCUCCUGGACGUUUUUCUGGCCGCUCUCCCACACGAAGACUAGAUGAGACAGACGAGAGCCUGUUGGAAAGACUGUACAGGCCUGUGUUUCUUGUGAAGCCCUACUCUUUGAAGUGUUCCGAAGGAGAGACAGCCAGAUUUGAUGUGAAAGUUGUUGGCAGACCCAUGCCUGAGACUUUCUGGUUCCAUAAUGGGCAACAAAUAAUCAAUGACUACAACCAUAAGAUAGCGGUAAAGGAAGAUGGAACUCAGUCGUUAAUUAUUGUCCCAGCUAUGCCUCAUGACUCUGGAGAGUGGACUGUUGUAGCUCAGAACAGAGCUGGAAAAACAUCUGUGUCCAUGACUCUGACUGUUGAUGCAAAGGAAAACUUGGUGAAACCUAAAUUUAUUGAGAAGUUAAAAAACAUUAGUGUUAAGGAAGGAACUUUGGUUGAGUUAGCUGUCAGAGCUAUUGGAAAUCCUCUUCCAGACAUUGUCUGGUUGAAAAACAGUGACAUUAUUUCCCCACAAAAGCAUCCUCAUAUCAGGAUUGAGGGCACUAAGAGAGAAGCUCAUUUGAAGAUUUCUUCAGCUACUGGUACUGACAGUGCCUGGUACACAGCUACAGCUAUCAACAAGGCUGGAAGAGAUACCACUCGUUGCAGAGUCAAUGUAGAGUUAGAAUUUCCUGAACCAGAGCCAGAGAGGAAGCUCAUCAUCCCAAAAGGAACAUAUAAGGCAAAGGAGAUUGCAGCUCCAGAGUUGGAGCCCCUGCAUCUUCGCUAUGGUCAAGAACAGUGGGAAGAAGGUGACCUGUAUGAUAAGGAGAAACAGCAGAAACCACAUUUCAAGAAGAAAGUCACAUCUGUCAGGCUAAAGCGUUUUGGUCCAGUGCAUUUCGAAUGCAGGUUGACACCUAUUGGUGACCCCACAAUGGUGGUUGAAUGGUUGCAUGAUGGCAAACCCCUGGAGGCUGCAAAUAGGCUGCGUAUGAUUAAUGAAUUUGGCUAUUGUAGUCUUGAUUAUGAAGUUGCUUACUCACGAGAUAGUGGUGUUGUCACCUGCAGGGCAACAAAUAAGUUUGGAGUUGACCAGACUUCUGCUACCCUAAUUGUGAAGGAUGAGAAAGGCCUUGUGGAAGAAACUCAGUUGCCUGAGGGUAGGAAGGGAAUACAAAGAAUUGAGGAGAUGGAACGCAUGGCACAUGAAGGUGCCCUUGCAGGAGUGACAGCAGAAGAAGUAUUUGAGAAAACUAAACCUGAGAUUGUGCUGCUUCCUCAGCCUGUACGGGUCCUAGAAGGUGACACAGCCAGAUUCCGCUGCCGAGUGACUGGUUACCCCACACCUAAGGUCAACUGGUACCUAAAUGGACAGCUUAUCCGAAAGAGUAAGAGGUUCAGGCUUCGUUAUGAUGGUAUUUAUUACCUUGAAAUUACUGAUUGUAAAUCUUAUGAUUCUGGAGAGGUAAAAGUUAUAGCAGAAAACCCAGAAAGUGUGACUGAACAUUGUGUGAAAUUUGAAAUCCAGCAGAGAGAGGACUUUAGGUCCAUCCUGCGGCGUGCUCCUGAGAUAAAGGCUCCCGAAUCUGGCAUUUCGCCAGAUCGUGGUAGAGUGUCUUUUGAAGUUCAAAAAGUAGACAAACCUGCUGACACAACCCAGCCGAAAGAGAUAGUUAAACUGAAAAAGGCUGAACGAGUUGUUCAUGAGAUAUCUUCAGAAGAGUCAGAGGAACUGAGAAGUAAAUUUAAACGCCGAACGGAAGAGGGUUACUAUGAAGCAAUAACUGCUGUAGAGCUCAAGUCUCGAAGGAAAGAUGAGUCCUAUGAGGACAUGCUAAGGAAGAAGAAAGAGGAACUUCUACACUGGAUCAAAGAAGUUACUGAGGAGGAGAAGAAGAUGGAAGAGGAAAGAGGCAAAGUGACUGUUCCAACAAUUAAACCAGAGAGAAUAGAACUUUCACCCAGCAUGGAAGCUCCUAAGAUCUUGGAACGAAUCCAGAGCCAGUCUGUUUUCCCAACUGAUGAAGUUCAUUUCCGUGUCAGAGUGGUAGGCAAACCUGACCCAGAAUGCCAGUGGUUCAAAAAUGGCAUUCUUCUAGAGAAGUCAGACCGUAUUUACUGGUACUGGCCUGAAGAUAAUUUAUGUGAAUUAGUAAUCAGAGACAUCUCAAUUGAAGAUUCUGCUAGCAUUAUGGUCAAAGCUGUCAAUGUUGCUGGAGAAGCUUCAAGUCACGCAUUUCUGUUGGUUCAAGUCAAGCAAAUAGUUUCCUUUACUCAAGAACUUGACGAUGCCAAUGCUAAAGAGAAGGACACCAUGGUGACAUUUGAGUGUGAAACCAGUGAACCUUUUGUAAAAGUUAAAUGGUUGAAGAACAAUGUUGAGAUUUUUUCUGGAGACAAAUACAGAAUGCACUCAGACAGAAAGGUCCACUUCCUCUCUGUAAUGAUAAUCGAAAUGAAGGACAUCGCAGACUACAGUUGUUGUCUCGUGGAUGAUGACCAUAUCAGAACUACUGCCAGACUUACUGUGGAGGGCGCCCCAUUGGUAAUACUUGCAGAAUUGGAGAAUAUAGAAGUUCCUGAGACCUACUCUGGAGAGUUUGAGUGUGAAGUGUCUCGUGAAGAUGCUGAGGGUACUUGGUACUUUGAGGAUAAAGAGAUCACCCCAAGCAACAAAUAUAUAAUCUCUUUCCGCCGUGGGCGUCACUCUCUUUUUGUCAAAGAUGUCAGAAAGGAGGACCAGGGGAAAUACAGCUUUCUUGUUGGUGACCUAAAGACAACUGCUUCCUUGAAGAUGAAAUUACGCUCAGUGACUCUGGUGCAAGGUCUUGCAGACCUGACCAUUUGUGAAGGUGACAUAGCCCAAAUGGAGGUUAAGUUCUCUCAGGAAAACGUUGAAGGCAAAUGGAUGAGGAAUGGUCAAGCCAUCUUGGCCACUGACCGCAUACAUAUGGUGACUGACAAACUCACCCACAGGCUUCUUAUUGAAGAUGCCCAGGGGAGCGAUGCUGGGAUCUUCUCCUUUUUUGUUCCAGCUCAUUACUUAACAACUUCUGGAAAGUUGACAGUUCAGACCAUUAGUAUUUUGACCCCUCUAAAAGAUGUAACCUCGGUUGAGUCCACUAAAGCUGUGCUUGAAGCUAAAAUAUCAUCUGCUGAUAUCAGUUCAGUGAAGUGGUACCACAAUGACAAACUGAUGAUGCCUAGUGAGAGGGUUCAGUUUGUAGCCAAGGGGUACAAACAACGUUUGGUCUUCGACAGAACCUUUGCCUCUGAUGAAGGAUGCUACAAGCUUGUUGUUGGAAAAGCUGAGUCCAGUUGCAAUAUGACGAUUGAACGGAUUCACAUUGUAAAGCAUAUGGAAGACCAAAUAUGCCCAGAAACCCAGAACGUUACUUUUGAGGUGGAGUUAUCUCACCCUGGUAUUGAUCCAGUAUGGAGCUUCAAAAAUCAGCCUCUCAGACCUGAUGCCAAAUACAAGAUGGAGGCUAAGGGCAAGCGUUACAUUCUGACUGUCAUAAACACCAUGAAAGAUGAGGAGGGGCAGUACACAUUUGCCACUGGUGAAACGACUUCUAGCGCAAAACUUAGGGUGUCAGGUGGUGCAAUUAAACGGCCUCUCCAAGAUGUCACUGUAGCAGAGUCACAGACUGCUGAGAUGGAGUGUGAGGUAGCGAACCCCAGCAUUGAGGGGAAAUGGUUAAAGGAUGGCAAACUUUUACAGUUCAGCAACAACAUCAAAAGCAAAGAUUUUGGGGCUAUUAGGAAGAUUAUCAUCGUUAUCAGUAGGCCUCAAGACAUUGGGGAAUACACUUACCAGGUGGCAAACUCCAAGACAACAGCAAACUUGAAAGUUGAAGCUGUGAAAAUUAAGAAGACAUUAAAAAACCAGACUGUCAUUGAGACCCAAGAUGCAGUUUUCAGUCUUGAACUUACACUAGAGCAUGUGAAGGGUGCUCAGUGGAUCAAGAAUGGCGUGGAGAUUACCCCCAGUGAUAAAUUUGAGAUCCAAGUAGAUGGCAUGGUUCACACACUCAAGAUCAAGAACUGCAUAGCACAAGAUGAAUCUGUUUAUGCGUUCAAGCUUGGAAAGCUGUCAGCAAAUGCCAGAUUAAAUGUGGAAACAAUAAAGAUUAUGAAGAAACCAAAAGAUAUGACCUCUGUUCACAAUGCUACAGCUUCCUUUGAGCUAAGUCUGUCCCAUGACAACAUCCCAGUAAAAUGGAUGUUGAACAAUGCUGAGCUUAAGCCAAGUGAAAACUGCAAGAUUCUCUCUGAGAGGAAGGCUCACAAGCUGAUCAUUCAAAAUGUGGACACACACGACGCUGGAGAAUACACUGCUAUAGUCGGACAUUUACAAUGCAGUGCAUCAUUAUUUGUAGAAUCUUUACAAAUUACAAAAACAAUGAAGAAUGUUGAGGUACCUGAAACCCAAGUGGCCACCUUUGAAUGUGAAGUCUCACACUUCAAUGUACCAUCUACUUGGUUGAAAAAUGGAGUUGAGAUUGAGAUGACUGAGAAGUUCAGGAUUGUCGUCCAGGGGAAGCUCCACCAGCUCAAAAUAAUGAACACCAGUAGAGAUGAUUCUGCAGAAUAUACCUUCAUCUGUGGAAAUGACAGGGUUUCUGCCACUUUGACUGUCAAUCCUAUUUUGAUCACAUCAAUGCUGAAAGACCUUAAUGCUCAGGAGAAAGACACAAUCACUUUCGAAGUGAAUUUGAACUAUGAGGGAAUUUCUUACAAAUGGCUGAAGAAUGAUGUAGAGAUUCGUUCUACAGAAAGAUGCCAGAUUCGUUCAAAACAGCUUACUCACUCUCUGACCAUCCGGAAUGUACACUUUGGAGAUGGUGGAGAAUAUAAAUUUGUUGCUGGAUCUGCAUCAACAUCAGCUAAUUUAUAUGUUGACGCUCGUGUGAUUCAGUUUACAAAGUUCAUCAAAGAUAUUAAAAUAACUGAAAAGAAGAAAGCUGUAUUUGAAUGUGAAGUCUCAGAACCUAAUGUGCAAGUAAUUUGGAUGAAAGAUGGACUGGAACUGGACAAAUCUGAACGAUACAAGGUUUCCAGUGAGAAAUAUGUGCAUCGACUGAUAAUUCAAAAUGUUUGUUUAUCUGAUGCUGGAGAGUAUUGUGUAGUUGCUGGUUCAAGCACUUGCAAAGCUCAACUCACCGUGGAGGGUCGUGAUGUCCGGAUCACAGAGACAAUGGAGAAGGAAAUUACUGUUGUUGAGAAACACAAAGCUGCAUUUGAGUUUGAAGUGAACGAGGAUGAUGUUGAAGGAUGCUGGCUGAGGAAUGGGGUCGAGAUCAAGUUUUCUGUUGAAGACAGGUUCAACUAUGUUGUUAUUAGAAAAGUCCAUCGUUUGACCAUCUCAGAGACCUGUCACAGUGAUGCUGGAGAGUAUACAUUUAUUGCUGGCAGAAACAGAAGUGUGGUUACACUCAAUGUCAACAUUCCCGAACCUCCUCAAAUAAUUCAGCAUAUGCAGCCUCUGUGUGUUGAGGCUGGGAAGCCGGCUUGCUUCUCUGUGGUGGUGACAGGAAUUCCUCGUCCAAAGAUCUUUUGGUACAAGAACUCCCAGGUUCUGUCUCCUGGGUUCAAGUGCAAAUUUUUGCAAGAUGGUAAUGAGUACAAACUCCUCCUCAUUGAGGCCUUCCCAGAGGAUGCUGCUGUCUACAGGUUUGAGGCCAAAAAUGAGUGUGGAGAGGCUACCAGCACGGCUGAUCUUAUCGUUGAGGUCCCUGAAGUGAUUUCCCCUGAUACUGGAUCUCCAUUGCCGCCCCCUGUUAUCAUUUCUCCAAUUUGCAACACCUCUGUCAGUGUAGGAGAAUCUGCUCAGUUUCAGUGCCGUGUCUCUGGUGAAGAUUUACAGAUCAUCUGGUACCACAAAGACAGGGAGAUCUCACAAUCUGACAUCUUCAGAAUGUCUCAGUUUGAUGAUAAGUGUCAGUUGGAGAUUACUCGAGUUUUCCUUGAGGAUAAGGGAGAGUACAGUUGUGUGGCGAGAAACCCAGCUGGAAUGGUAUCGUGCUCUGCAGUCUUGUCUGUUGAUGCAGUCCUGAAUAUGGGAGAGGAGAUAGAACCAAAGGCCACACAAGAAGCCACAGCUUUCUCUAGCUUGACCUUCACAAAUGAAGAAAAACAAGAAUCCUACAGCAGCAGCCUACAUUUAACUGAAAAAACCGAAACACUUGAACUCAAACCAGAGUCCAGAUUUGAUCCUGUAGAAUUAGGAAAUAAAAAAGAAAAGCCUGUUUUUGUUACCAGAUUUAUGCCAACAAAUGUUACUGUUGGAGAUACGGCUAAGUUUACUGUCACAGUGUCUGCUUUUCCAAAACCUACGGUUCAAUGGUUUCACAAUGGGCAAAUGAUCACAUCUUCUUCAGUCUAUGAAUUUGUUCAAGAGAAAGAUGAGUACACUUUAAUUAUCUCUCAGGUAAAGGUGGAACAUAAAGGGCAGUACUCUUGUACAGCAAUUAACAGUUAUGGCCACUCAACUUGUAGUACGUUCCUGCAUGUACACAUUGAGGAGAGGAGGAAAAUACUCCAAAAACCACCUCCUCGUUUUAUUUUACCCAUUGUAAGUCUUCAGUGCAUUGAAGGAGGUGAAGCUCAAUUUCAGUAUAAUGUGACUGGGGAACCACUUAUAGAAGUUAAAUGGUUUAAAGGCAACUGUCAAAUUCAACCUAGUAGUCAUUAUACAAUUCAGAAAAACCCAGAUGGUUUUGGAUACUUACAUCUGCAUGGCAUUCAGAUGGAGGACAGUGGCCUUUAUACAUGCCAAGCAUCUAAUCCUUUUGGGGAUGCCUCCUGCAGUGCAGAACUGAUUGUUAGCCACACAACCCAAACUUACAAUGAAGAACACAGCAUUUUUCAGACGCAGAAAGGUUACAAAGUAUCGAUGACCGAAGAAGCCACUGAAUCCCGUCUGUAUACAGUGAACCUACCAGGGGAAGCCAGAGCCUGCCUGCAAUCAGGAGAUAAGAUGCUUUACACAAUUGGUACAGAAGAUAAACAGACAGUAAUCAGCGAACAGGUAGACGCCUUGCAUGAGAUGAAUGCAUCUGCUGCUAAUCUUCAAAGAGAGCAGAUCACCCGACAAGCUGCCCUGCUUCAGUCACACAAAUUGGAAGAGAGAGUGUUUGUGGCUCCCACUCAGCCUCCUUCCUCGACAGUGGCUCCUGUGAGGCAGCUCAACAUGCCCACUUUCACCUCUGCAGUGCAGGAGAGCCAAGGAUUUAUAGAACAACACUAUGAUCACAUUCAAAGCCCUGUCAUCAUAGAACUAAAGAUGGCUCAGGAACAACACACAAAUAUCAUGUCUGCAGUUACUGAAAAAAUUACCCCUUUAAAUAGCAUAGAAGCAGAGCUUAUGGGUAAUAAAAGAAGAGAACAGAUACAGGCAGCUCCUGAGCAAAAACAAGUUGUUAGCAGUCAUCAAGUGGAAACCAGGUUACCAAUUGUAGAUGAGCAAUCGGAACUUAUUUCAAAGCCAGAGUUUCAACAAAGCUACCGAGUCAAAGAAGGUGUGAAAAUACUAUAUUCUGCUUUGGCGACAGAAAAGCAGAAACUGUCUGAAGCACAUUAUACAGAGUGGUCUAUCUCUGAGGCUUCUACGCAAUCCUCGACUGGAAAAGAAAUAUUCAAGCCAGUUCUAGCAUCUGUCUCUGAAACUAAGCAUUUGUUAUCAAAAGAGGACAAAUUUGACAUGCAUAGACUGACAGAAACAAAAGCAGUGCCUUGUAAAGAUGCCAUUCUUAAGUCAAGUUUGGUAUCUGAAGAGAAGCAGAUUCUCCAGGCCGAGCAAAUGAAACAGUUACCAGAUUUAGAAAAAACACUUACUGUGCAGUCUCAAAAAGAAGAAAGAGAAAUCAUGCAUUUACAAGUUAUAAGAGACCAGAGUACAUUACCCUCUGAUGGCAGAAUUAUUUGUGAGAAACCAAUAGCUGAACAAACAGAUAUUACAAAACAGCCUAUCCUGUUGCAUACAGUUACUACUAAUGAACAGAAUUCAGUUACUUGUGAUCUGUCAUCACAGUUUUCUUCAAAGGAAAUUCAAUAUUCCAUUCAGCCUACAAAAGAAUCACUUACUCCUUUUCAUCUUCAGUCUGUUCACCCAGAGUGUGCUUUUGCUAAAGAGGAAAUACUUACAGUUGAAAAGCCUGAGGAACAAAUUGCAUUACAGAGACAGGAGAGAGUCCGUGGACAAGCAGUAAGCAUUGAAGAGAAAAGGAAGCUAACAGCAGACUAUUCUACAAACAUAGAUGGGUCAGUAACUGGGGUUUGCUCUGUACUUAAAAUGGAACCAAAGCCUCAAAAUAUUCUCCAGGUGAUUUCAAAGCCAGUGGAACUGCCUAAGGAGACCCCAUUCACCACAGUUGUGAAACAGCAGCGUGCAUUAGUUCAGAAAGAGGAUCAGUGGGCCUUAAUGCACCUAAUGACCAUAGAAGACAGUCAAUCUUUAGAGGAGGGACACACAAAUACUUUGAAUGUAGUAGAGAAAUUUAGCUGUGAAGCAAACGUUGAGCCUUGCAUUCCUUUUGAACCAGUUAACAUAGAGGAGAAAGCAAUCUCAACUGAACGUAGCGUUGCUUUGGAAGCGGCCGAACAAGAUUUUGCUGUCAAAAUUCAGGAAGGACAGUCAGUUAGAAAAUCUGUAAUAAUGGCAGAAACACAAGAAAUAAUUGGAGAAGUAUCUCAGGAAAUAAAUAAAUCAGAGACAAACAAAGCUUGUAGUACAAAACAGUCUAAGGAAGUGCUUACCGUACAUGAGACCCAGGAAAGUACAGCAUUACCAAAAGAGCUUACCUUUAUUAUUCCUACUUCAAAAUCAUUCAACUUGAACAUAAAGCAUCAGCUAAAACAUGCAUUGCAGUCUGCAGUAGCAUGUGAAAAGCCAUUGCUGUUAGCUGAAGUUGUGAAUAGUUUGGAAGUUGUAGAGGUAAAGGAAGUUAAAAUGCUCAACGCACCCAAAUAUGCAAUGUUCACAUACCUUAUCACAACAAGCAGCACACCUUUGGAAAUUACUGUUGCAUUUGAUGGUGAUUAUCCCCAGACUGCUGAUCUAAGAAAUGAGCUUCAAUCAACUUUAUACUCUAUGAUCUAUCAUGAUAAAUCAACCCUGACCUCUGAAGAACCUGAAAUAAAGGAGAUAGAUAAGCCACUAAGACUGAGGGUCAGCAGCAUGUCUUCCAAAGAAAUGCUGUCUUCUUUGGUAGAAACUGUUAGAUUUUCUGAAAUGGUUGGGGACAUUUCAGCAGCCAAACCCCAGUCUGCUGCACUGAAGACUCAGUCUCAUGCCUCUUUUCAAACUGUCAAAGCUCAUCAAUCCACUGAUGUAUCACUGGCACAAAUACCAGUAGACCAAUCAAUAGAAAAAUAUGGAGGGGAGUUUUUGAAACACGCUGUUGUAGCAGAAAGCCCCAUAAGAAUUACAAAAGACGUUCCAGUUAUAGAAACAUUUCUAGAGAACAUUGAAGUAGAGGAGCAUAGUAUGGUCAGUUUCACUGUGAUUGUAACAUCUGUUACAAAUGUUAACUGGUAUUGCAAUGGACAAUUGGUUGAAUCUGGUAAAGAGUUCAAGUGUUAUAAGGACAAUGAUAAUUACACACUAGUAAUUGACAAGGUUAUCAAGGAGAAGCAUCAAGGAGAAUAUGUCUGUGAAGCUGUGAACAAGGCUGGCAAGAGCUCGACAUCAUCAAAACUCACAGUAUUCUUAAGAGUAUCACCUGUUUUUCGGCACAAAAUCCAACCUCUGGAGAUCAGCGUCGGCAGUCGUGCCAGAUUUGAAUGUGAGAUUGAAGAGGCACCCAAUGUAAAAUUCAAGUGGUACAAGUCUGGCAGUGAGAUGAGAGAGAGUGACAAGUGCAGGAUCAUCAGCCAUCACCUGUCCUCCUCCAUGGAGCUUUUGAGUCCAACUAAAGCCGACAGUGGUGAAUACACCUGCAAAGCUACAAACAAAUAUGGCAGUGAUAGCUGUUCAGCUUCUCUGAGUGUAGCUGAAGUUUUCCCACCAGUCUUUAUUACUAAGCCAGAUCCAGUGACUUCAUAUGUGGGAAAACAAGCAAGAAUCCAGUGUGUAGUUACUGGUUCAUCUCCAAUGAAUAUUGUUUGGCAAAAAGACAAUGUUGCUAUCUCUUCGGGAGGAAACUACCAAAUUUCUGCUGAGAAGAACCGACACACUCUUGAAAUAGUGAAACUUGCUCUCUCUGAUCAAGGGACUUACCAAUGUAAAGCCUCAAAUGUUGUUGGAACUGACAUGUGUUGCACAGAACUAAGGGUAAUAGACAAGCCUCAUUUUGUAAAGACCUUUACAUCAACAUCAGUAGCUCUGGGGAAGCCAUUGCGACUUGAAUGUCAGGUAGAUGAAGAUACUGGAGUGGUCAUCACCUGGACUAGGGAUGGCAAGAAGCUGCAUCACUCCAUGGAUCUUAAAAUUACUUUUGAGGACAAAGUCGCCACUCUUGAAAUUUCUAAUACGAAGCUUAAAGACAGUGGGAAAUACAGCUGUACAGCUGCAAAUGAUGCUGGCAGUGAUAGCUGCUCUUCCACAGUAAGCGUUCAAGAAUCCCCAACCUUUCUUAAGAGACUGGAACCCAAAAUCCUCUGGAAACAGGGCAUAACGGGGCGAAUGCAAUGCACUGUUAAAGGCUCGCCAGAGCUACAUGUAACAUGGUUCAUGAAUGACAAAGAAAUCAGCCCCGGAGAGAAACACAAGAUGAGCUUCAAGGAUGGCCAAGCAGUCCUAGAGAUCUUAGAUCUUAUUGUGACAGAUAGUGGAAAUUAUACAUGUGAAGUGUUAAAUGAUGCUGGCUGUGAAAGCUGCAGCGCUGUUUUAACUGUAAAAGAACCUCCUUCCUUCAAAAAAGAAUUGCAGAUGGUAGAAGUAGUUAAGGGAACUACAGCUGUAUUUGAAUGUGAAGUAACUGGCACAGCUCCAUUUGAGGUGACCUGGUGCAAAAAUAAGAAACCGAUUUCUUCUGACAAAAAGCAUAACAUAAUCUCUAAUGAUUCUAAAGUGAUUUUGGAGAUUUAUUCAUUUGAAAGUGCAGAUAUUGGGGAUUAUCAGUGCUUUGUAUCAAAUGAUGUUGGUAAAAUCUCCUGCAAAUCAAGUGGUAAAUUAAAAGAACCCCCAUCAUUCUCCAAGAAGAUAGAAAAUACUUCAGCUAUUUUGGGAAAUUCUGUUAGACUUCAGGGAACUCUUAAAGGUUCAUCUCCAAUCACAGUCAAAUGGAUGAGAGAUUCUGAAAUUUUAACUGAUGAUGAUCCUAAUGUCAUAAUUACAUUUGAGAAUAAUGUUGCAGUUCUGGCUAUCAAAACUGUAAACAUCAACCAUAGUGGCAAAUACAUUUGCCAAGCAGAAAACGAUGCUGGCAAACAGCAGUGUGAAGCUACUGUGUCUGUUCAAGAACCAGCAAGAAUUGUGGAAAAAACAGAAUCCAUUAGUGUGACUGCAGGGGAACCAGUAAGUUUAGAGUGUACUCUGUCUGGAAGCCCAGAACUCAAAGUGAAGUGGUUCCGAGACGGAAAGGAGGUGACAGCCAGUCGGAAGUAUAAGAUGACUUUUAAGGAUUACGUGGCCAUUUUGAAAAUUCUUACGGCAGAAAAAGGAGACAGUUGUGAAUACACCUUGGAAGUGGCAAAUCGUGUUGGAAAAGACCAGUGCACAUGUUCUGUCACUGUCCUGGAUCGAAUUAUUCCACCUUCCUUCAUAAAAAAUCUUAAAAAAACUGAUGGGAAUGUUGGCACCAAUGUCCACAUGGAAUGCAAGGUUUCUGGAUCGCAACCCAUCACUAUUUCAUGGUACAAAGAUGAGAUUGAAAUCAAAGCCAGUGCAAAGUAUGAAAUGAGUGUCAAGGAAAACACUGCUACUUUGGAAAUCUUUGAAUUACAACAGACUGAUGCUGGAUUAUAUACUUGUCGUGCAACAAAUACAGCUGGAAGCAAAGAAAACAGUGGAGCUUUAUUUGUUAAAGAGCCUCCUGUCUUUAUAACGAAACCUGAUUCCGAGGAGGUAAUUCCAGGAUCCACUGUGGUCUUACACAGUGCUUUUACUGGUACAUCCCCUUUCACCAUUAAGUGGUUUAAAGGGGAGAAAGAAAUGUUUACCGGAGGCUCAUGUUUUAUCAAGAAAGAGUCAACUUCAAGUUUCAUUGAACUCCAUUCAGUGAAACCCACUGAUUCAGAUAAUUACACUUGCCUGGUGGUCAAUGACGCCGGGAAAGUGACUUGCACCGCCGUCUUAUUUGUGAAAGAACCACCAAAGUUUGUAAUGACACCUGAGAGUGCUAAACUGGUAACAUGUGGAAGUGCAGUGCUCCUCGAAUGCAAAGUAAUCGGUAGCCCUACCAUCAGUAUCAAGUGGUUCAAGAAUGAGGUUGAAAUUAGUUCUGAUGACAAAUAUCAAAUGGCCUUCAGUAACUCAGUAGCUACUCUGCAGAUUGCUAACUGCUCUAUUGAUGAUAGUGGGGAUUACGUUUGUGAAGCAUCAAGUGAAGCUGGUAGUGACCGAUGCAACAGUGUAAUUACAAUCAAAGAACCACCUGCUUUUGUGAAGGCUAUUGAAUCAAAGGAAAUUGUAAAAGGAUCUGAUGUCAUAUUGGAAGGAAUAAUUUCAGGGUCAUCUCCAUUUGAGUUUGUGUGGUAUAGAGAGAGUAAAAUUGUGAGAAAUGACAAAACACAUAAGAUCAGCUUACAUGAUGAUACUGUUAGUCUGCAUAUUUUAAAAUGUGAAGUUGGAGAUGCUGGAAUAUAUCAGUGCAUUGUUACGAAUGAAGUAGGGAGGACUUCCUGUGAUUGUCAAGUGAGUCUGAAAGAACCUCCAUCUUUUAUUCAGAAGAUAGAGAACGUGAGUUCAGUUGUAGGCCAUGAAAUGACUAUGCAGUGUGUUGUGAAAGGAUCUUUACCAAUCACUGUUUCGUGGAUAAAAGAUGAUCGUGAGGUGAAAGAGGAUGAAAAUGUAAAAAUUUCGUUUGAGGAUCAAACUGGAAAGCUGCAUAUUACAAAUAUGCAGCUAAAACAUGAUGGAAAAUACAUAUGUCUGGCAAAGAAUGAAGCUGGAAGUCAGAAAUGUUCUGCCUCAUUGGUUGUUAAAGAACCAGCUAAUAUUAUCGAAAAGGCCAAGUCAGUCAGUGUUACAGCUGGGGAUCCAGCCACACUGGAGUGCAGCUUUUCAGGAACUAAAACCCUUAAAGGCCGGUGGUUAAAGGAUGGGAGGGAGUUGAAAUCAGGGCAAAAAUACAAGGUUCACAACACAGACAAACACUCUACUUUAAAGAUUCUCUCUGCUGACAAGAGUGAUGGUGGAGAAUACAUCUUUGAGAUCUCCAAUGAUGUUGGUAGCAGCACUUGUGAAGCUGUGAUUACAGUUUUGGAUCACAUAAUCAAACCAUCUUUUACAAGAAAGCUGAAAGCAGUAGACAGCAUUAAGGGGUCAUUCGCCCAUCUGGAAUGCCUUGUUUCUGGUUCCCUUCCAAUAACUGUGUCCUGGUACAAAGAUAAUAGAGAAAUUGAGACUGAUGACAAGCACAAAUGCACAUUCUUUGAAAACACAGCAUUUUUGGAGAUCAGCCGUCUUGAUAGUUCUGAUACUGGCAGUUACACCUGCAUUGCCAAAAACCAAGCUGGGAGUGACCAGUGCUCUGGUGCAUUGCUUGUCAAAGAACCUCCAAGUAUUAUCAAAAAGCCUGAGUCAAUGGAUGUCUUGCCUGGAACAAGAGUGCAGUUCAGUGUAUUUUUUAGUGGCACUACCCCAUUGACCAUCAAGUGGUUUAAAGACAAUAAGGAAAUUUUAUCCAGCUCACAUUGUUCUGUUCAGAAGGAUAAUUGCUCAAGUUUACUGGAACUCUUUUUUGCAAAGACAUCAGACUCCGGAGAAUACAUUUGUGAAAUCAGUAAUGAUAUUGGCUCUGAAGUUUGUAAAGCAUCACUCUUCGUAAAAGAGCCUCCAAAAUUUAUCCGAAAGCCUGAGAGCACCGCUGUGAUUAAACUAGGAGAAACUAAAAAAUUUGACUGCCAAGUAGUUGGCACUCCUGAAAUAUAUAUCACCUGGUUUAGAGAUGGAAAUGAGAUUAGUCCCAGUGAGAAGUUUCAGAUGUCCUUCGAUAACUCCUUAGCUAUCCUGGAGAUGUUCAAUGCAGAUAUAAAAGACAGUGGAGUGUAUUUCUGUGAGGCACGUAAUGAAGCUGGCAGUGAGAGUUGCAGUAUGGAGUUGAAAGUGAAAGCAUUAGAUGUUGGUGAAUAUCAGUGCACUGUGGCAAAUGAAGUUGGAAGAUGUUCCUGCGCCACUGUGCUGACUAUGAAAGAUGGUAUUAUCAUUACUGGUAAAACAAGAUACAAGCUUGCUCAAGAAGAAAACACUGUUUCUCUGGAGAUAGAUCAGCUAGAGAAGGCUGAUGGUGGAGAAUAUAUUUGUAAAUUAACAAACAAAGCAGGCUUCUGUGAAUGCCAGGGUUUGCUGAUGGUGAAAGAGCCACCAAGCUUCAUGUUGAAACCAGAGUCCCAAGCUGUGCUUCCUAACUCUUCUGUGCGUUUUAAAAGUACUCUGAAAGGAACGCCUCCAUUUAUAGUAAAGUGGUUCAAAGAAGAAACCGAAUUGAUAACUGGACCUUCAUGUUUUACUGGACUGGAAGGCUUGUCCUGCUUCUUGGAUCUUUUUGCUGUUCAAGUCUUUCAAAGUGGAAUUUAUGUUUGUCAAGUUAGCAAUGAUGCUGGUACAGAAAGAUGUACGGUCGAACUAACAGUGAAAGAACCUCCCAAAUUUGUGCUGAAACUUCCACCAACAAAGAUUGUGAAGCAAGAUGAACCAGUGAUUCUUGAAUGCAAAGUAACUGGCUCUCCCUUACUUCGCAUAUUCUGGUACAAGAAUGAAAAUAUUAUUGCUGCAGGUGGAAACUGCAACAUGUCAUUUGUAGACUCAUUGGCAGUUCUUGAGAUUCCCACCACAAAACUUGAGGACAGUGGAGUCUACACAUGUGAGGUUCAGAAUGAUGCUGGGAGUAUCAGUUGUAGCACUACACUCACCAUUAAAGAACCACCAUCUUUCCUCAAAGAACCCCAGCCUGUGGAUGGUGUGAAGGGCAGAAAUGUCAGUCUAGAAUGUGAACUUCUUGGCACAGCACCCUUUGAGAUAACAUGGUAUAAAGACAAAAAAACCCUUAAGGACAGUAGAAAGUACAAGUUUGUAAAUGAGGGUUGCUCUGUUACUCUUCAUAUUCUGAAUCUGGAUGCUUUUGAUGUUGGUGAAUAUCAGUGUAAAGCAUCAAACAAUGUUGGGAGUGCAACAUGUACUGGCAUAGUUAAGCUUAGAGAACCACCCGUGUUUGUGAAGAAAUUGUCUAAUCUCUCAGUCAUUUGUGGUGAAGAAGCAAUGUUUGCUGCAUCUGUCAAAGGUUCCCAACCAAUGACUAUCUCUUGGGUGCGAGAUAAAGAUAAUGUUUUGAGAGAUGGUGAAAACCACAAGAUUUCCUUUGAGGACAACCAGAUUACUUUGAGAAUCUUUAAGACUGAUGUUUUGUCUUCUGGCAAAUACAUUUGCCAGGUUAAAAAUGAUGCUGGAUCAGUGGAGUCAAUCGCAAAAUUGACUGUUCUAGAACCGGCUUCAAUUCUGGAUAAACUAGAGUCAUUCAGUGUCACAGCGUGUGACACAGCUAUAUUGCAAUUUACAGUAGCUGGAACACCAGAGCUGAAACCAAAAUGGUUUAGGGAUGGUGCAGAGUUAUCCUCUGGACAAAAAUACAAAAUUACCUUUUCAAAAAUGAUUUCCACUCUGAAGAUUCUGUCAACAGAAAAUCAAGAUACUGGAGAAUAUACAUUUGAAGUUUCAAAUGAAGUUGGUAGUGAUACUUGCAAAACAUAUCUUACUGUUCUAGAUAAAAUAUUUCCGCCCACAUUUUUACGAAAAUUGAAUGAUACUCGAAUGAUACUUGGUAAACCUGGUCAGAUGGACUGUAAAGUCUCAGGAUCACAACCUUUAACCAUUUCUUGGUUUCAUGAUGGAAAAGAGAUAAUAAGUGGACCAAACCAUGAAGUUACAUUCUCUGACAGCACCUGCCUGCUAAACCUACCCAAUCUUACGCUGUCAGAUUCUGGGAUGUAUUUGUGUAGAGCUGUAAAUUCAGCUGGGACCAGUGAGACCAGUGCCUCUUUAUUUGUCAGAGAACCUCCCUCAUUUAUUGAAAAACCACAAAAUAUGGAAGUUCUACCUGGCACAAACGUUAUUUUUUCAGCCACUGUAAAAGGAAGUGCACCACUAAAACUGAAAUGGUUCAGAGGUGCAGAAAUUGUAUCUGGUAAAGGUUGUGCAAUUGCCUUACGGGGUGAAACAGCCACUCUUGAACUGUUUCAAAUAGCCAAAUCCCAUGCUGGAGAUUACACAUGUCAGGUCAGCAAUGAUGCUGGCAUGGAUGAUUGCUCUGUUAACCUUUUUGUAAAAGAACCUGCAUAUUUUGUGAAGAAACUAAAGGAUCUUGCAGUUGAAAUAGGAAAAAUGUUGUUGCUUGAGUGUGCAUAUGCUGGAAGCCCGGAAAUACAAGUAAAAUGGUUUAAGGAUGAUAACGAGAUCUUUUCCUCUUAUAAAUAUAACAUCACAACCACAGAAAGCUCCUGCAUAUUGGAGUGUCUCAACACUGACAAAGAUGACAGUGGGAAAUAUUCCUGUCAAGUAUUUAAUGAAGUGGGAAAACCCCCUUACUUUAUUGAAAAGUUGGAAUCAAUGGAUGUGACUGCAGGAGAUACAGUUUGUUUGAAAUGUCAUAUUGGAGGCACACCUGAAAUAAAGGUUUCCUGGUUUAAGGCAGAUGGAAAACUGCGAUCCUCUGCUGCUUGUAAAAUAGAGUUUACUAGAGGCAUUGCCUCUUUGAAAUUAAGUAAAGCUGCCAAAACUGAUGCUGAUGAAUAUACAUGUAAAGCAGAAAAUAGCAUUGGAUCAGCAUCCUCAAGUUGUCGUUUAUCAGUACAAGAUGUUAAAACACCACCUUCUUUUCCCAAGAAAAUAAUGAGUCUGCAGCAGACUGAAGGCCAGCCUGCUAAAUUUGAGUGCCGUAUUGCAGGGUCUUCUCCUUUGGAGGUUUCUUGGCUUAAAGAUGGCGAACCUUUGAAGGAAAAUGAUGAAUACUCAAUGUCUUUUGAUGAUAAUACUGCUGUUCUAACAAUAUCCAGAGGUGAAAUGAAACAUUCUGGUGAAUAUACCUGUGUUGCUACCAAUAGUGUUGGAACAGCAUCUUGUAGAGCAAAGCUCACACUGCAAGAGCCAAGAUAUCCUCCAGUCUUUGAUAAAAAGCUGCAGCCUGUGGAAGUUUCUGUGGGAGACAGUGUGGACCUUGAAUGUCACAUGACGGGAUCUUUACCGAUUAAAGUGACUUGGUCAAAGGAUAAUAAAGAUAUUCGUUCAGCGGGAAAUUAUAAAAUUUCGUGCGUGGAUAAUACACCACAUCUGACAAUUUUGAAGGCAGAUAAAGCAGUUUCUGGACAGUACUACUGUCAUGCUAGUAAUGAUAUUGGGAAGGAUACUUGUAGCACUCAAGUUUCUGUAAAAGAAUGCAAAAUUCCACCAUCAUUCAAAAGGACACCUUCAGAAAGUAUCGAGGACUCUGAGGGGAACCUUGUGAAGUUGGAAGGGCGUGUUUCUGGGUCCCUGCCCAUAAUCAUUAACUGGUACAAGGACGGCAGUGAAAUCUACAGCUCUGACAGUUAUGAAAUUUCCUUCAAGAAUAACAUAGCUCUGCUGAGUGUUAAGAGAGCUCAGCUCUCUGACCGUGGCACUUAUACUUGCCAAGCCUCCAAUGAAGCUGGCACAGCCUCCUAUCAGGUGUCUCUUGCUAUAACAGAACGUAAGAUGUCCCCUGUGUUUGAUCAGACCCUCAAACCAUUAUCAGUUAAUGAGGGUGAGAAGCUGCAUCUGAGCUGUCAUGUUCGGGGAUCGCUACCAAUGAAUAUCCAAUGGAUGAAGGACAGGAAAGAGAUAACAUCUUCUGCUAAGACUAGGAUUACUUUUGUCGAUGGCACAGCUACAUUGGAAAUAAGCUCUGCAUCUAAACCAGAUGCUGGUGAUUAUCUGUGCAAGGCCACCAAUGAUGCUGGAAGUGAAUUCUGCAAGUCCAGAGUGGCAGUACAAGUGGCUCCAGCAGCUGUCGAUGGAGUCCCAUCAGCUGUGGAACAAGUCAAGAAAAUUGACAACUUGUUCUUCAUUGAUGAACCAAAAAGCCUUAGCGUUACUGAAAAGGACACCGCAACAUUCUUUGCCAAGGUUGGUGGUGAUCCAAUUCCUACCAUUAAAUGGAUGAAAGGCAAGUGGCGGCAGAUCAGUCAUGGUGGUCGCAUCACUGUUGAACAAAAAGGACAGGAUGCCAAGCUGGAAAUCCAAGCAUUGACCAAAUCAGACUCUGGGCAGUACAGAUGUGUUGCAUCCAACAAGCAUGGAGAAAUUGAAUGUAGCACAGAAUUGAAAGUUGAAGAAAAGAAAGAGGCUGCGCUGCUUGAAGGAGACUUGAGAGCUAAACUGAAGAAAACCCCAUCCAAGCAAAAGAGUCCGAAGGAGGAGCAAGACAUUGACAUUGUUGAGCUACUGAGAAAUGUGAAUCCAAAAGAAUAUGAGAAAUAUGCCCGCAUGUAUGGAAUUACGGACUUCCGUGGUCUCCUUCAGGCUAUUGAAUAUCUGAAAAAGGAGAAGGAAUAUGAAACUGGAAAACUGGAAUUUGAACGUGGAGAAAGGGAAUCAUUCGAGGACUUCGCCAAGUUGGUAUCUGAUUUGCAAAGGAGAAUGGAACACACUGAGCCAAUUACUUUGUUGAUGGAUAUUGCAGAUCAAACAACAUUCACAAAUAAGGAUGCAAUGUUUGAGUGUGAGAUCAAAAUCAAUUACCCUGAGAUAAGUUUGUCUUGGUAUAAAGGAACGCAGAAGCUUGACAGCAAUGAAAAAUAUGAAAUCAGUGCUAUUGGUGACUGUCAUCAACUGAAAAUCAAGAACUGUCAGUUUGGAGACCAAGGAAAUUAUCGUAUUGUGUGUGGCCCACACAUCUCCAGUGCCAAAUUAACAGUUAUGGAUGACAGAGUGGUGGAGCAUCCAAAACCUGCUGACCAGAUACAUUUCACGAAGCGUAUCCAGAACAUUGUGGUGAAUGAGCGUCAUUCUGCCACCUUUGAAUGUGAAGUCUCCUUUGACAAUGCAGUUGUUACGUGGUACAAAGAUACAUGGGAACUCAAAGAAAGUCCAAAGUAUAGCUUUCGAACUGAAGGUCGUCGGCACUUUAUGGUCAUCUGCAAUGUUAAUUCAGAAGAUGAAGGCGUGUAUUCAGUGAUCGCACGCUUGGAACCAAAGGGUGAAGCUAAAAGCACAGCUGAACUUUACUUGUCCAGCAAAGAAUUUGAUAUAGGAAUGAUUCCUUGUGAUGUCCUUGAUCCAUCAAUACAAGUGCCUGAUAUGCAAUCAGAUAUCUCCCCUGGUGAAACAAAAGAUGAGACUGUGUCCUACCAUUAUAAAGAGAAAAUCGAAAUGCAAGAAUUUGAAAGCUGGGCUGUUUAUGAAGAAAGAAUUAUUGAGGAAACAGCAAAAGAACAUGAAGAACUCAAGAAAUUUAUUCUUUGCCCUACACCAGCUCCUACUACUCAUCCUAAAGAUGAGCUCACACCUGCAGUCUCCGAGGAAAAACCUGCUAUGACACCUGAAGGUCAAGCAAAAACUGUAGCUCCAGCUAAAACUGAACCAAAACCUGCACCAGCAACACAGACUGAACUUGAACCAAAGCCUCCAUCAGCAAAACAGGCUGUACCUGCACCAGAGUCUACUCCAGCACCGCAGGCUGUACCUGCACCAGAGUCUACACCAGCACCACAGGCUGUACCUGCACCAGAAUCUACUCCAGCACCACAGGCUGUACCUGCACCAGAGUCUACUCCAGCACCGCAGGCUGUACCUGCACCAAAGUCUACACCAGCACCACAGGCUGUACCUGCACCAGAGUCUACACCAGCACCGCAGGCUGUACCUGCACCAGAGUCUACACCAGCACCGCAGGCUGUACCUGCACCAGAGUCUACACCAGCACCGCAGGCUGUACCUGCACCAGAGUCUACAACAGCACCACAGGCUGUACCUGCACCAGAGUCUACACCAGCACCGCAGGCUGUACCUGCACCAAAGUCUACACCAGCACCACAGGCUGUACCUGCACCAAAGUCUACACCAGCACCACAGGCUGUACCUGCACCAAAGUCUACACCAGCACCGCAGGCUGUACCUGCACCUGAGUCAGCACCAGCACCGCAGGCUGUACCUGCACCAAAGUCUACUCCAGCACCGCAGGCUGUACCUGCACCAAAGUCUACACCAGCACCACAGGCUGUACCUGCACCUGAGUCAGCACCAGCACCGCAGGCUGUACCUGCACCAAAGUCUACACUAGCAACACAUGCAUCCGUGGCAAUCCCUUCCACAGUUAUCGAUGAAACAAAGACGCUUGAGCAGAAGAAACCAGAGCAACUUAAAGUGGAACAAGUUGCAAAACAACAGCCAGUUCCUUCUCUUCCCAUUGAUGCUGCCCCUCAGAAAGAAUCUCCUGCAACCCUGGAAGCGACUGAAAUAUCACCUGAAAUUAUUUCUAAAAAAGAGGAACUUGGUCCAAAGGACAUACCUCCUCAAAAGUCAGAAAGCUCUCCAGGAAAAGUUCCAAUGGAAGCAAAGAAACCAGAAACACCAAAAUCAAAGGCAGUUAGAAAACCAGUCGUAACGCCUUCAGCACAAAAUGAGGCCAUUCCACAGAAAGUGCCUGAAGUAAAACAGAAAGAAGUCCUUGAGGAGAAGUUACCAGUUGUUGUACCUACAAAGGAGGCUGAGGUCACUUUAACUGCAGUGGUGGAGGUUUCCAAAAAGCUUGAGGUGGCUCCAUCUUCUCUGAUUCAAAAGUGGGAGGAGAUCUCAUACGAAAUUGAGGAGACCUCUCACACAGAAGAAAUGUAUCUUCAUGAAAGGGUGUAUGAGAGCGCCCAGCAAUUCUUUGAGGAAAAAGAGAUACUUAUUGUAGAAGAUGUAUCACCUGCUCCAAGAGAAGAAAUUAGUUUGAAGACAGAAGAAAUCCCUAGGCAGAAAGAAACCCUACAAGAAACUGAAGAAACUGUUCCAAAGAAACUGAUCCCUUCCAAGAAGGAAGAGUUUACAGCAAAACAAGAAAGAGUCCCAAAAACUGAGGCUGUUCCCGACAAAGUGCUGGAAGUUCCCUGGGACCCCGACAAAUGUGCGAUAAUUCAGAAACAGGAGGAAAUCCCAUCUUUAAUGGAAGGCACCUCUCCCAAAGGAAGUCUUUCUCUUCAGAUACCAGAACAAGAAAAGAAGAUUGUUCCUGAAAUAGCCCCUGAAUCAGCUGGUCCUCCAAAAGUGCCAGAAGAAGUGAAAAAGGUUCCAGAAAAAACAGAACCUGCAGCACAAAUCAAGAAACAAUUAAAGGCAGUUCCAGUGCCAGAAGAAGUUAAAAAGGUUCCAGAAAAACCAAGACCUACAAUCCAACAAGUGGAGAAAGAAUUAAAGGAAGCUCCAGUUCUAAAGCCAGUGCCAAAAGCUGAAGAAAUAAUGCCUGUCAUCAAGACAGAAACAGAAAAGGUUAUAUCUGUAAAAGAACCAGACAAGAUCACUAUACCUGAAGUCACUCCUGUCUCAGUCAAAGAUAUUGCACCUCCCGAAGAUGAUACCAAGGGACCUGUUACAGCACCAGGAGCACAUAAAAAAGGUAAAAUUUAUGUUGAGGAAGAAAAAAUGGAACUUCUGUCCUUGAAGAAGAUAACCAGGAUAUCAAAGGGUAAGGAAGAGGAAAAAGAAGUUGUCACACUUAGAAAAGUCCCCCAAGCUCCACCUGAUGAAAUUCGAAGUACCUCAAGGUGUACCGAAAAAGGCACGGCCUAUUCUGAAACUCCAAGGGAAAUAACAUUUACAAAGAGUUUUGAAGUUAAAGAGGAAACUUCCAAAACUGAAGAAACAUCCAAAACUAUUGGAAAAAUCCACAGUAGAGAAGAAAGGGAGUUUAUUGAAGUGGUUCAGAUUAAGGAGCUUAGGGAAACUACCACAACAGAUGGUAUUGUGGAAUCAAAGUUACAUUUAAAUAACGUUCCCACUGAUGUAAAAGAACAAGAAGGGUUAGGGCUGAAAAAAUCUGUCAAAGUUGUAAAAGAGGAAACACCAGAAGAACCUAUGUUAACUAUGAAGAAAAUAUCAAGACUUCCAAAGACAGAUACAGAUAAAGAGACUGUGACUUUGAAACCAUUUGAGAAACCUGCUAAACCUGAAAUUGAGAAGGAGAAAGACAAAGAAUAUGAGCCCUUGGUUUUCAAUAGAACUGAGAGACUGCCAAAGGAUGAUGUAGUCAAGGAGCCUAUUUCUUCUAAAAAGGAUGAAACUGAGUUAGUCAAAGAGGGGGGAAGGGGGGAGGAAAGGGAACCGUUAGCCCUCAGGAGACCACAAAAGGAUGAAGCAGAUAAAGAAUCUGUUGCUGCUCAUAAAAAAGCUGAAGCAGUGUUAGUCAAGGAGAGAGAAAAAGCUUUCAAAGUUAUGAAAAAGGAAGCACCAGAAGAACCUAGUUCAACUAUGAAGAAAGUAACAAGACUUCCAAAGACGGAUAUAGAUAAAGAGACCGUGACCUUGAAACCAUUUGAGAAACCUGCUAAACCUGAAAUGGAGAAGGAGAAAGACAAAGAAGACGAGCCCUUGGUUUUCAAGAAAAUUGAGAAACCACCAAAGGAUGAUGUAGUCAAGGAACCUAUUGUUCCUAAAAAGACUGAAGCAGUGUUCGUCAUAGAGAAGGAAGUAGAUAAGGACAGGGAACCCUUAGCUGUUAAGAAACCACAAAAGGAUGAAGCAGUUAAAGAACCAGAUGCUGCUCAGAGAGAAAAGGCUGUCAAAGAUGCAAAAGGGGAAACACCAGAAGAACCCAGUUCAACUAUGAAGAAAAUAACAAGACUUCCAAAGACGGAUAUAGAUAAAGAGAAUGUGACCUUGAAACCAUUUGAGAAACCUGCUAAACCUGAAAGGAAGAAGGAGAAAGACAAAGAAGAUGAGCCCUUGGCAUUCAAGAAAACUGAGAAACCACCAAAGGAUGAUGUAGUCAAGGAACCUAUUGUUCCUAAAAAGACUGAAGCAGUGUUCGUCAAAGAGAAGGAAGUAGAUAAGGACAGGGAACCCUUAGCUGUUAAGAAACCACAAAAGGAUGAAGCAGUUAAAGAAUCAGAUGCUGCUCAGAGAGAAAAGGCUGUCAAAGUCGCAAAAGAGGAAACACAAGAAGAACCCAGUUCAACUAUGAAGAAAAUAACAAGACUUCCAAAGACGGAUACAGAUAAAGAGACUGUGACCUUAAAACCAUUUGACAAACCUUCUAAACCUGAAAUAGAGAAGGAGAAAGUCAAAGAAGAUGAGCCCUUGGCAUUCAAGAAAAUUGAGAAAACACCAAAGGAUGAUGUAGUCAAGGAACCUAUUGCUCCUAAAAAGGCUGAAGCAGUGUUAGUCAAAGAGAAGGAAGUAGAUAAGAAGAGGGAACCCUUAGCUAUUAAUAAACCACAAAAGGAUGAAGCAGUUAAAGAACCAGAUGCUGCUCGGAGAGAAAAGGCUGUCAAAGUUGCAAAAGAGGAAACACCAGAAGAACCCAGUUCAACUAUGAAGAAAAUAACAAGACUUCCAAAGACAGAUACAGAUAAAGAGAAUGUGACCUUAAAACCAUUUGACAAACCUUCUAAACCUGAAAGGAAGAAGGAGAAAGACAAAGAAGAUGAGCCCUUGGCUUUCAAGAAAACUGAGAAAACACCAAAGGAUGAUGUAGUCAAGGAACCUAUUGCUCCUAAAAAGACUGAAGCAGUGUUAGUCAAAGAGAAGGAAGUAGAUAAGAAGAGGGAACCCUUAGCUGUUACGAAACCACAAAAGGAUGAAGCAGUUAAAGAACCAGAUGCUGCUCAGAGAGAAAAGGCUGUCAAAGUUGCAAAAGAGGAAACACCAGAAGAACCCAGUUCAACUAUGAAGAAAAUAACAAGACUUCCAAAGACAGAUACAGAUAAAGAGAAUGUGACCUUGAAACCAUUUGAGAAACCUGCUAAACCUGAAAGGAAGAAGGAGAAAGACAAAGAAGAUGAGCCCUUGGCAUUCAAGAAAAUUGAGAAAACACCAAAGGAUGAUGUAGUCAAGGAACCUAUUGCUCCUAAGAUGGCUGAAACAGUGUUAGUCAAAGAGAAUAAAACAGAAGAGGACAGGGAACCCUCAGCCCUCAAGAGGUCAGAAGAGGAUGAGGCAAUUAAAGAACAUGUUGUUGCUCCUAAAAAGACUGAAACAGUGGUAGUCAAUGUGAGGCAACAAUCAGUAGAAGUUGCCAAAGAGAAAACACCUGAAAAAGCUAGUUUAAGACGUCCAACAAAGGAUACAGAUAAAGAAGCCUUUCAAUUCAAGGGAACUGAGACACCACCAAAGGAUGAAGCAGUUAAAGAACCUGGUGCUGCUCCUAGAAAGACUGAAAAAUUUCUGGAAGACGAAAAAGAACAAGAAGAACUUACCCUGGAACCACCUGAAAAACCACCUGAACUUGAUAAACUAUCAACCAAAUUGAAAACACCUUCAAUAGAUGAACAAGAAAGGGAAAAAGUAGAGCUGAAGCCAUUUUCAGAAGCACCUAAAGCUGAAGUACUGAAGGCUGUUCCACUGAAAGCAGAUAAAAUUAGUGCAAAUGAUGUUGAAAAGACACUUCCUUUAAAGAUGACCACACACUUACCAAAGGAACCUGAGGAAGGAGAACAAAAAAUGUCAUUCAAACCUGUGGAGGUAUCAAAAGUAGGCUUGGAACUGAGAAAGAGUCCUUCACUGAAAGUUGAAAAACCAGUAACAGUUGAACUGACACCUGUAGAUCGAAUGUCCAGUGUAGAUACCCAUAAAACAUUACCCAAAAAAGUGUCUCCUAAGGACUCCAUUGACUCAGUUACUCUAAAAACAAUACCAAAGAAAACAUCACCACCGGAAGAAAAGACUCCUGAAGAUAAUCAGCUAAAAUUUGGGAAAGGAAUGACGCUACAACGGAAAGAACUGUCUCCUCAAUUUGUGCAGCUCAGGAAAGUUGCUACCCAAGAAGAGGUGGAAGUUUCCAAAGAAGAGCCUGACAAGCAAGUGGAAGAUGAGGGGAACAUUUUAGGAUCAGAACUCACUCCUUAUGAGAGUUAUAGUUCUUAUGGUUCAGAAGAUUGGGAAGUAACUUCCCAAGUGUCUGAAGAGGGUGCGCUUGAGACUCCAGGAAUGAAGGGUGACAGACGAGAUGGAAAACCAAAAGAAGAACCAGGAAAAGGUAGAGGCCUAUUAGCAAGACAAACACCAUCCCCUGGAGAUGCUGAUAAAAGGAAAGGCAUGAAAACUGGCGCCGGGGGUGACAAACCACCAGGAGAUGCACCAUUUGGAUUCCAACUUAAGGCUGUCCCUUUGAAGUUUGUAAAUGGGUUGAAAGACAUAGUUCUACAAGAAGCUGAGUCGAUUGGCUCCUCCGCUGUAUUUGAGUGUCAGGUGUCUCCCUCUACUGCUAUUACAUCAUGGAUGAAGGAUGGAAGCAACUUAAGAGAAAGCCCUAAACACAAGUUCACUUCAGAUGGCAAGGAUCGUAAGCUUGCCAUUAUUGAUGUCCAGUUGUCAGACACUGGUGAAUAUACUUGUGUUGCUAAGCUGGGAAACAAAGAGAAGACUUCCACAGCCAAGCUCAUCGUUGAAGAACUCCCUGUCAAAUUUACAAAGAAUUUGGAAGAGGAGAUGUCAGUUCUCAAAGGACAGUCACUGUAUUUAACCUGUGAAUUGAACAAGGAAAGGAAUGUUGUCUGGAAAAGAAAUGGUAUACCUCUUCAACCAAUUCCAGGAAAAUUAGCGAUUAAUGUCAUAGGACUGCAACAUGCUAUUACAAUCCAGAACACAGAUAAUGAUGACGCUGGUAUGUACUCAUGUGAGUAUGAAAAUCUCAAGACUCAAGGAGAUAUUAAAAUUAUUGAAAUAAUCAGAGAUUGGCUGAUGAAACCUUUGCGAGACCAGCAUGUAAAACCUAAGGCCACUGCGACCUUCAAAUGUGAGCUAUUCAAAGACACACCUAACUGGAAGUGGUUCAAAGACGAUGACGAGAUUCCAAAAGAGCCAACCGAUAAAACCGAAGUGAAUAAGGAUGGAAGGAAUAUCUCUCUCAUGAUUAAGAAUGCAGCUCCUGAUGAUGUGGGAGAAUAUACUAUAGAGGUUGAAGGCCGCAGAUACCCAGCUAAACUAACUCUUGGAGAGCGUGAAGCUGAGAUCCUAAAACCUAUCUCCAGUGUUGAGGUCUAUGAGAAGGAAAAUGCUACCUUUGAAACUGAAAUUUCUGAAGAAGAUGUUGCAGGAGAGUGGAAGCUUAAAGGGCAAAUUUUGACACGAUCGCCUACAUGCGAUAUCAAAAUGGAAGGACAGAAAAGGGUUAUUACUUUAAAAAAUCUUGAAGUUGAUCAGUCUGGUGAAGUCUCGUUCCAAGCACUGAAUGCCAUCACAACUGCAGGACUCACAGUGAAAGAGAUUGAGCUGGACUUCCUUGUACCUCUGAAGGAUGUUUCUGUACCAGAAAAGAAACAGGCCCUGUUUGAGUGUACUAUCACAAGAGAUAUUGCCAAGGUCAUGUGGAUGAGAGAAUCUGACAUCAUAACAUCAGGAAUAAAGUAUGACAUUAUUGAUGAUGGAAAGAAGCACAUACUGGUCAUCAAUGAAUGUGAAUUUGAUGAUGAGGGUGAAUACACUAUUGAAGUCUUGGACAAAAAGUCAACAGCCAAGCUAACAGUGGAAGGUGUGAGGCUCAAGUUCAUUACACCCAUAAAGGACCAAACAGUGACAGAGGGCAAAACAGCUCGGUUUGAGCUUGAGCUCAGUCAUGAGGAUGUGCCAGUUACAUGGUACAAAAAUGAAAUCAAAUUGCAUCCGAGCAGAACUGUGCUUACUCAUGUUGAUGGAAAGAAGCACAUAUUAGAAAUCAAAGAGGUCACUCUAGAUGACACCUGCCAAAUCAAAGCAGAGGCUAAAGGAGUAUCCACAACAGCUAAUCUUUUGGUUAUAGAGGCUGAUCCAUACUUCACAGUUAAAUUACAAGAUUAUACUGCAGUUGAGAAAGAUGAUGUAACCUUAUAUUGUGAAUUGAGUAAAGAUGUACCUGUGAAAUGGUACCACGACGAUACUGAAAUCAUUGCCUCUAAAGUGGUCACAAUACAGGCUGACGGAAUAAAGAGAAUCCUGUCAAUCAAAAGAGUGGAAAACAAAGAUGAGGGAACUUAUAUGUGUGAUUGUGGGACUGAUAAGACCAUGGCAAAUAUUAGUGUUGAAGCUCGUGAAGUUAAGAUAGUCCGUCCUUUGUAUGGUGCGGAGCUGUUUGAUGGAGAGACGGCUCAUUUCGAGGUGGAAAUCUCUGAAGAUGAUGUUCCUGCCCAAUGGACACUAAAUGGCGAAAUCCUGGAGCCAUGCCCUGACAUUGAAAUUAUUCAGGAUGGGCCCAAGCAUAUUUUGACACUGUACAAUUGCAAGGUUCCCCAGUCAGGAGAAGUAACAUUCCAGGCUGCAAAUGCCAAAUGCACAGCUAGUCUGAAAGUGAAAGAUUUACCACUCACCUUCAUCACCCCACUCAGUGAUGUACAAAUAUUUGAGAAGGAUGAGGCAAUGUUUGACUGUGAAGUGUCUCGGGAAAUCAAGAGCUUUCGGUGGCUGAAAGGAUCCGUGGAGAUUACAUCUGAUGAGAAGAUAGAGAUUAUUCAGGAAGGAAGAAGGCACAUUUGUCUAAUUAAAUGUGCUGGAUAUGAGGAUGAGGCCAAAUACACAUUUGAAGCAGAAGACAAGAGAACCACAGGAAAACUGACUAUCAAAGGAAUUCGACUUGAGUUCGUCAAGCCCAUUAAGGAUGUCACGGUGAAAGAACGUGAGAUUGCAGAGUUCAGUGUCGAGCUGUCUCAUGAGAAGGUGCCAGUCACUUGGUACAAGAAUGAUGUGCGCCUGCGCCCAAGUAAAAUGGUCUAUAUGAUAGAAGAUGUCACAGUUCACACCCUCAUCUUUAGAGAGGUUUCCCUUGAUGAUACAUCUGUGAUUAAGUUGGAGGCAAUGGGAAAGAGUUCAGAGGCUAUGCUUACUGUCCUUGAGGGAGAGCCGUACUUCAUCACCAAGCUGCAGGACUAUACAGCAGUGGAGAAGGAUGAAGUGGUGCUAAUGUGUGAAGUGAGCAAGCCGGCUGCUACAGUGAAAUGGUUCAAGGAUGGCAAGGAAGUCACUCCGUCCAAAAAUGUGCUAAUGAAAUCUGAUGGCAGUAAGCGUGUGCUGAUUAUUAGGAAAGCACAGAAGGAUGACAUUGGGGAGUAUAUGUGUGACUGUGGCUCUGAAAAGACGGCUGCGCAACUUGACAUAGAAGAACGUGAAAUUAUGGUCAUACGUCCCUUGUCCAGCAUAGAGGUGACUGAAAUGGAAUCUGCACGCUUUGAGAUCGAAAUCUCUGAGGAGGAUGUCCAUGGCUCCUGGAAGCUCAGAGGAGAGACUCUUCACCAGUCUGCUGAUUGUGAAAUGAAGGCAGUGAGCACCAGGCAUAUUCUGAUCCUCUACAAUGUGCUCAGGAACCAGGCUGGUACAGUAGACUUUCAAGCUGCCAAUGCUAAAUCCAGUGCUCACCUCAAAGUAAAAGCUCGGGUGAUUGGGCUUUUACGACCACUCAAAGAUGUCACAGUGACUGCUGGAGAAACUGCUGCUUUUGACUGUGAACUGUCCUAUGACGGAAUUGAAGUUGAAUGGUUCCUUAAAAACAUUAAGCUGGAGUCAAGUGAGAGAGUUGUCAUUCGUAUGGAAGGGCGAGUUCACACCCUGAUGCUCAGAGACACAGCACUGACAGAUGCUGGAGUGGUAGAAAUAAGGGCUAAAGACUUUGUCACUCAGGCUCAACUCAUUGUGAACGAACCACCAGUUGAAUUUACCAAACCUCUGGAAGACCAAACUGUAGAGGAAGAGGCCACUGCCAUUAUGGAGUGUGAAGUCUCCAGGGAAAAAGCAGAGGUCAGAUGGUUCAGAGAAGGACAAGAAAUCCACAAAACAAAGAAGUAUGACAUUGUAACUGAUGGGCGAAAGAGAAAGCUCAUCAUUCAGGGCUGCACACUCGAUGAUUCUAAGACUUACACCUGUGAUGCAAAAGAUUUCAAAACAUCUGCCUUCCUUAAUGUUGAACCUCCACAUGUUGAGUUCACUAAGCCACUCCAUGACGUUGAGGUGAAAGAGAAGGAAGCAGCCAGGUUUGAAUGUGAAGUUUCUCGGGAAAAUGCAAAGGUGCGAUGGUUUAAAGAUGGCAGUGAAAUAAGAAAAGGCAAGAAGUAUGAGAUCAUUGCCAAGGGUGUCCAGCACAUUCUUAUUGUCAACAAAGCAGUUUUUGAUGAUGAGGCUGAAUAUGAAUGUGAUGCUAAGACCUCUAAAACUUCUGGAAUGCUUACUGUCAUUGAGGAAGAAGCUGUGUUUACAAAGAAUCUGUCUAAUGUAGAGGGCACUGAAACUGACAGCAUUAAGAUGGUCUGCGAGGUUUCAAAGCCCAACGCAGAAGUCACAUGGUACAAAGGUGAACAGGAGCUCCCUGAGGGAGGCAGAUAUGAACAGAUCGUAGACGGCAGAAAGAGGAUACUUAUUAUUCGAGACCUGCGUAUGGACGACACCGGAGAGUAUAACUGCCGCCUACCUAGCUCACGAACCUCAGCAACACUGAGGAUUAAUGAACUGGCUGCUGACUUUAUUUCAAGACCACAAAGCCAAGAAGUUGUUGAAGGUGAAAAGGCGGAGUUUGUCUGUUCAGUUUCCAAAGACACAUACGAGGUUAAAUGGCUUAAGGGUAACAAGGAGCUUGAGGCUGGAGAAAAAUAUGACAUUGUUUGUGAUGGGAAGAGAAGGGCACUUAUCAUUAAGGACUGCCUGCUACAGGAUGAGGGACCAUACGUUGCCCUUAUUGGCACUACAAGGGCUACUGCAGACCUGUUUGUCACUGAGAAGCUCAGGAUUAUAACACCUAUAAAAGAUACUGAAACAGAUGAAGGCCAGGAAAUAGUUUUUAAUUGUGAGGCAAAUACUGAAAGUGCCAAAGCAAAGUGGCUGAAAAACAACGAAACAAUUUUUGACAGUGGAAAAUUUGCCAUGUCUCAGAAGGACAAUGUGUUUUCUCUGAGAAUCAGAGAUGCUCAGAAAUCCGAUGAAGCUAAUUAUACAAUAACAUUAACAAAUCAGCGUGGUGAACAUGCUCAGAGUUCUGCCCAACUCACUGUACAAGAGGAGGAUCUAAGGAUCAUUGAGCCCCUUGAGGACUGUGAGACUCAAGAAAAGAGGACAGUUACCUUCUCUUGCAAAGUGAAUAAACCAAAUGUAACAGUACAAUGGAUGAAGGCAGGUGAAGAGAUCACCUUCAACAAACGCAUCUCGUACAGAGUGGAUAAAGAUAAGCACACGUUAACUAUCAAGGAGUGUAGCUUGGCUGAUGAAGCUGAAUACUCCGUUAUUGCUGGUUCUGACAAGUCCACAGCUGAGCUGAUUAUUAGCGAGGCACCGACUGACUUCCUAACAAAACUCAUAGACCAGACUGUCACUGAGUUUGAAGAUGCUGAAUUCUCCUGUAUGCUCACCAAAGAAAAAGGAGAGGUCAAGUGGUACAAGAAUGGCCGUGAGAUCAAAGAAGGACACAAAUAUUUCUUUGAGAAAGAAGGCGAGAUGUGCAAGCUACAUAUCAAAGAAUGUAGACCUGAUGACGAGUGUGAAUAUGCUUGUGGUGUUAAUGAAAAGCGUAUAAGGGCUAGACUUUUUGUUGAAGAGAUCCCAGUGGAGAUAAUCACACCCCCUAAAGAUAUAUUUGAAGCUCCUGGUUCAGAUGUUAUUUUUGAGGUUGAGCUCAACAAAGACAGAUUUGAAGUAAAAUGGCUGAGGAACAAUAUGGUCAUUGUCCAGGGUGACAAAUACCAAAUGAUAAGUGAGGGCAGGAUUCACAGGCUGCAGGUCUGUGAGAUAAGACCGCGUGAUCAGGGUGACUAUAGAGUCAUUGCAAAGGACAAGGACGCCAGAGCCAAACUGGAAUUGGCAGCCGUGCCAAAGGUGAAGAUCACAGAUCAGAACCUUGUGAUUGAUGCUGGAAAGCCUUUCACCAUGAUAAUCCCCUAUGAUGCUUAUCCCCGUGCUGAAGCAGAGUGGUUUUACAAUGGGAUUUAUCUACCUGAAGAGAAUGUUGACACGUAUACUGAAAGAACAGAAUACAAGUUAAAUGAACCAAAGAAGUCUGACCAGGGCAGAUACAAAAUUAUUAUUCAGAACAAACAUGGAAAGGCAGAGGCUUUCAUUAAUCUGGAGGUUAUUGAUGUUCCUGGACCUGUACAAAAUCUUGAUGUUGUGGACACUGCUGAUGGUGAGGUUAGCCUUGCCUGGGAUGAGCCAGAAUCUGAUGGUGGGAGCAAGAUCAUUGCCUACGUAGUAGAGAGACGUGAUAUUAAACGCAAAACCUGGACUAUGGUCACUGACCGUGCAGAGGACCAAGAGUAUUGUGUGACGGGACUGAACAAGGACUCCAUGUACCUUUUCCGUGUCUGUGCACGCAAUAGAAUAGGAAAUGGACCAAAUGUGGAAACUGAGGACCCUGUGCAAGCUAAGAACAAGUUUGAUGUUCCUGAGGCACCGCAGAAUGUCAGUGUUAGAAACGUGAAUAAGUUUGGUGCCACUCUCUCCUGGGAGCCUCCUUUGUAUGAUGGAGGGUCAGAAAUUACAGCAUAUAUUAUUGAACUUCGUGAUAGAACAUCUGUUAGAUGGGAAGCAGCUUUGGUAACCAAGCCAGAAGACUUGACAGCUGUCGUCAAUGAUGUUGUGGAGAAUAAGGAAUAUAUCUUCCGUGUAAGAGCUGAAAACAAAGCUGGAAUUGGAAAGCCAAGCUUUGCUACUGACCCAGUGAAGAUCAUGGAUCCCAUUGAGAGACCAAGUCCCCCACUGAACUUCAUUUAUGCUGACCAGACAAGGGAUUCCAUUCAACUGACAUGGGAGACACCUUUAAGUAAUGGAGGCAGCACAAUCACUGGCUAUAUUAUUGAAAAGUGCGAGGAUGGGACAGACAAGUGGCUCAGAUGCAAUGCCAGGCUUUGCCAGGACCUUAGUUACAGGCUGACUGGCCUGAAACAUGGACAGAAGUACCAUUACAGAGUGUCAGCUGAAAAUGCAGCAGGUGUUUCUGACCCAGCUGACAAGAUUGGACCUCUCAUGGCCGAUGACCCACAUGUUGCCCCUACUAUGGAUCUAAGUGCUUUUAAGGAUGGUUUAGAGGUAAUCGUCCCUCAUCCUCUCAGUAUCCGUAUCCCAAUUACUGGAUACCCCUUGCCCACUCCCCACUGGAGUGUGGGAGACAAGGAGUUGGCUGCAGGAGACAGAGUGUCCAUGGUCACCAAAAGCACAUUUACGGAACUCAUCAUCACUCCCAGUGUCCGCCCAGAUAAGGGCAUCUACACUAUACAUCUUGAAAAUGAUGCGGCCACUAUCUCUGGAGAGAUUGACGUGAAUGUCAUUGCAUCUCCAAGUGCACCCAGAGACUUCAAAGUUGCAGAAGUGACCAGGCGUCAUGUACAUUUGAUGUGGGAGGCACCAGAGUAUGAUGGGGGAAGUCCAAUAACUGGCUACCAGGUUGAAAAACGUGAAGCAUCACGCAAAACAUGGGUGAAGGUUAUCACUGGUAUACAGGACCAGGAAUACACUAUUACUGAUGUUACUGAAGGCAAAGAUUAUCUGUUCAGAGUUACUGCCUGUAAUAAGUGUGGUCCAGGAGAGCCUGCAUACAUCGAGGAACCAGUUAAUGUCUCCUCCCCAGCUACUGUUCCUGACCCACCUGAGAACCUGAAAUGGAGAGAUAAGUCUGCAAAUGGAAUCUUCUUAUCUUGGGAGCCUCCUAAAUAUGAUGGAGGCUCGGCAAUUAAAGGCUACAUUGUUGAUAAGUGCCAACGUGGCACUGAUAAGUGGGAACCAUGUGGUGAUCCCAUACCUGAGCUAAAAUUCCAAGUUACUGGUCUCACUGAAGGACAAUGGUAUGCUUACCGUGUCAGAGCUCUGAACAGACUCGGCGCUAGUCAACCUUGCAGGGCAACAGAUGAAAUUUUGGCUGUUGAUCCAAAAGAGCCCCCAGAGAUCAUGCUAGAUGUAAAGCUGCUUGCUGGCUUGACGGCCAAGGCUGGAACUAAGAUUGAGCUACCUGCUGGUGUGCUUGGCAAACCAGAACCCAAAGUCACCUGGACCAAGGCUGAUGUUGUUCUGAAGCCAGAUGAUAGAGUUUCAAUUGACACUAAACCUGGCCAUUCCACAGUGUCUAUUGCCAAAACUACAAGAGACGACACAGCUACCUACAUUAUCGAGGCAGUUAAUAGCAGUGGCCGUGCUACCGCAACUGUUGAUGUUAAUAUUCUUGAUAAGCCAGACCCCCCAGCUGCAUUUGAAAUCUCUGACAUCACCAAUGAAUCCUGCUUCCUUGCCUGGAAUCCUCCUCGAGAUGAUGGUGGCUCAAGAGUUACCAACUAUAUUGUGGAGAGACGGGCUGCAGACAGUGAGACAUGGCACAGACUGUCUUCCACAGUGAAACAGACCACAUUCAAAGCCUGCAAUCUUAUGGCUCAGAAGGAGUAUAUCUUCAGAGUGUUUGCUGAAAACCAGUACGGUAUUGGUCUCCCUGCGGAACACAUUCCCGUUGUUGCUAAAUACUCCUUUGACCCACCCGGUGCCCCAAGUAAAUUGGUCCCCUCUGAUAUUGCUAAGGACUCUUUGACCCUGACAUGGUAUGAACCUGAUGAAGAUGGUGGCAGUCCUAUCACUGGAUAUUGGAUUGAAAGGUAUGAUCCAGAAAAUGACAAGUGGAUAAAGUGCAACAAGAUGCCAAUUCAGGAUACCUCUUACAGGGUUAAAGGACUACCGACAAAGAAGAAAUACAUUUUUCGGGUCUUAGCUGAAAAUCUUGCAGGACUCGGAAAACCAAGCAAAGAGACCGACCAGAUUUUGGUCAAGAAUCCAAUUGAUGUUCCAUGGGCUCCUGGUAAACCUGUUAUCAAGGAUGUGGCUAAGACUUCAGCCCUACUGCAGUGGCCCAAACCUGAGCACGACGGUGGGGCCAAGAUAGAUUCCUAUAUAAUUGAGGUACUUAAAAGUGGAACUGAAGACUGGGUGCGUGUGGCCGAAGAUGUCCCCAUGACUGAGCACUUUUUGAAGGGUCUGAUGGAGAAGGAGGAGUAUUCAUUUAGAGUUAGAGCUGUGAACUCUGCAGGAGAGAGUGAACCUAGUGAACCCAGUGACACUGUGACCUGCAAGGAGAGACUUUAUCCGCCUUCACCUCCCCGCUGGCUUCAGGUAGUUAAUAUCACUAAGACAGACGCUGAGUUGAAAUGGACAGUUCCGGAGAAGGAUGGUGGAUCUCCCAUUACAAAUUAUAUUGUCGAGAAGCGAGAUGUGAGACGGAAGGCCUGGCAGACAGUAGAUACCACUGUGAAGGAGACCAAGCACACCGUUACUCCACUAAAUGAAGGGUCUCUUUAUGUUUUCCGUGUCGCAGCUGAGAAUGCGAUUGGGCAGAGUGAAUACUGUGAACUGGAAGACUCCGUUCUUGCCAAGGAUACUUUCACUACCCCAGGGCCCCCUUAUGCAUUAACUGUGGUGGAUGUGACUAAAAGACAUGUUGACUUGAAGUGGGAAGCUCCAAAGAACGACGGCGGUCGACCGAUUACGAAAUAUGUCAUUGAGAAAAAGGAAAAGCUCGGAACUCGUUGGGUAAAGGCUGGAAAGACCCAAGGGCCAGACUGCGCAUACCAGGUGACAGAUGUUGAUGAAGGAAGCGAAGUGCAGUUCCAGGUUCGGGCUGAGAAUGAAGCUGGUGUUGGACCACCAAGCGAACCUACGGAUGUACUUAGAAUUGAAGAUCCAAUAAGUCCACCAUCGCCCCCACUGGACUUGAAUAUUACUGAUGCUAGCAGACACCAUAUAUCUAUAAGCUGGAAGCCACCAGAAAAAAAUGGUGGCAGCCCCAUCCUUGGUUAUCACAUUGAGCUGUGUGAAGCGGGCACUGAGAAGUGGAUGAGAGUCAGUUCACGGCCAGUGAAAGAGCUAAAAUUCAAAGUCAUUGAAGGAAUAAUACCAGAAAAACAGUAUGUGAUGAGAGUCCGUGCGAUAAAUGCUAUUGGAAUCAGUGACCCCUCUGACGUCUCUGAGAGUAUCUUUGCCAAGGAUCCUGAGUGUGCUCCUACCCUAGAUUUAAUCACUGAAGACAUUAUUGCAGUGGAGGGGGAUAAGUUACAACUGCCAGUUCCAUACAGUGCUGUACCGUUACCCAUAGUAUCAUGGAAAAAAGAUGGCACAGACCUCAAAGCUGAUGACAGAGUUGCCCUGCACUGUGAACGGUCUGCUGCUCACUUGGAUAUUUCCAAAUGUGUCCGUGCUGAUGCUGGAGUGUAUUCUAUCACUCUGGAAAACAAGCUUGGAACGAUAAGUGGAACAUUAAACGUUAAAGUCAUUGGCAUUCCUGGCCCUUGUAAAGAUAUUGCUGCUAGUGAAGUUACUAGUAAUUCCUGCAAAGUCACAUGGGAGCCCCCAGAGGAUGAUGGCGGCAGUUCUGUUCUACACUAUGUUCUUGAACGGAGGGAAGCUUCCAGGAAAACAUACAGGCCUGUCAUGUCAGGAGAAAAUCUGAGCUGCGUUGUUAAAGAUUUGCUUGUUAACGCAGAAUAUUACUUCCGUGUCCGGGCCGUAAACAAGGUUGGCGGUGGAGAGUAUAUCGAAAGCCGUAAUCCGGUAAUUAUAGAGGAUCAGAAAGAUCGUCCAGAUCCACCUACCAAAGUAGAGGCCCAUACUGUUACUGCCCAUUCUGUAACCCUCACUUGGAAACCACCGAUAUCUGAUGGUGGUAGCCCCAUUAAAGGUUAUAUUCUGGAGAAAAUCACAAAAGAUGGUACUCGAUUUGAAAGAUGCAAUGAAAUCCUGGUGCCUGGGUUUUCGUACACUUUGGAAGGCUUGAAAGAGGGAGAAGAAUACCAGUUUCGUGUUCGUGCUGAGAAUGCUGUUGGAAUUAGUGAUCCUUCUUCUACUACACCGCUAGUGAAAGCUGCAGACCCUGUUGAACUCCCCAAGGUUUCUCUCAUUGGAAGCCUCACCUUCAGAAAAGGUGAAGAGAUUGCUAUAGAUGCCUGUAUCUCUGGGUCUCCAUACCCAACUGUGACUUGGUUAAGAAACGAUGAAGUCAUUAAGCUAGAGACAAUAAAGAGACCAGUGAAACCAGCUAUGAAAAAGAAGAGUAAGGCUGCUCAUUCUGAGCCUGAGGAGCCGUACCAUCCACCCCUUAAUGAACGGGUUUCUUUUGAUCCCAGCAAAAAGGGUGUGGCCAUUGUGAUGAUCCGUGACUGUGUUAGAAGUGACCAUGGAGUGUACAUGGCUAAGGUCGAGAAUGUUCAUGGUAGUGCAACAGCAACGUGUGACGUUAAUGUCCUUGAUGUACCAGGACCUCCAGUUAAUUUUACUUUUGAAGAAAUCAGGAACACUUCUCUCAUUUGUAAGUGGGACCCACCUAAAGAUGAUGGUGGUAGUGAAGUUCUGAACUAUAUUUUGGAGAAAAAAGACAACACCAAAGACGAUGGUGGAUGGAUUACUGUGACUUCAGCUUGCAAGGAAUGUAAAUAUCCUGUAACGAAAUUGAUUGAAAGCAAGGAGUACAUCUUCCGGGUUUCAGCAGAAAACAAGUUUGGUCCUGGACCUGCAUGUUACUCAUCACCAGUUAUAGCUAAGAAUCAAUUUGAACCCCCUGAUGCACCCAAUAUGCCACGAGUGGGAGAUGUUACUGAAAACAGCAUGUUUGUAAGCUGGAAUGAGCCAAAAGACAACGGCAGUCCUGUUUUGGGGUACUGGAUCGAGAAGCGAGAAAUCAACAGCAAAUAUUGGACCAGAGUAAAUCACGCCCUACUUAAUUCAUUGAACGUCAGGGUUACUGGUCUGCUCGAUGGUAUGACCUACAUCUUUAGAGUUUGUGCUGAAAACUUAGCUGGACCUGGAAACUUCAGCGUUCCAUCUGAACCAAAAGUCGCACAAGAUCCUAUUUUGCCACCUGGACCACCUGUUCCAAGGAUUGUUGAUACUACCUCAUCUUCCAUUGAACUGACUUGGAAGCCUCCUUUGUACAAUGGUGGUGGAGACAUUCUUGGGUAUCAUGUUGAGAAAGUCCUUGCAGGAGAAAAAAACUGGUCCCGCUGUACUGAGAGACUAUGCAAAGACUGCAAGUUUACCAUUUCUGGACUGACAGAGGGAGCUGAUUAUAUUGUCCGCGUGUUUGCGGUGAAUCAUGCGGGUGAAGGAGCACCUGGCAUGACUCAGCCUGUUAUGGUGAAGGAACCACAAGAGACUCCAUUCGUCGAACUUGACAUAUCUGUAAAAAAUGGUGUUACUAUUCGAGCUGGGGAAACUCUGAAGUUACCUGCCCAUGUAAGUGGUAGACCUCAACCAGAAGUGAAGUGGACAAAGGAUGAAAGUGAUCCUGUUGAAGAACAUGUUAUGAUCGAAACUAUUGGAAAAAACAGUACUUUAAGUAUAAAGAAUGCUUUGAGGUCUGACCAUGGCAUGUACCAGAUUACUGGCUCAAACAGCAGUGGAAGCAAAUCUGCAUUUACUAGAGUUGAAGUCUUGGAUGUUCCUGGUCCUGUCAUUGACUUGAAGACCAAUGUAGUCACAAAAAAAGUGAUAGCACUAAGCUGGUCAGAACCUGCAGAUAAUGGUGGAAGUGAUAUCAUUAGCUACAUUGUUGAAAGGAGGGAUGCAAAGAUGCACACAUGGAGACAGCCAAUUGAGACAGCGAUGUGUAAAUGUGAUAUUAGAGGGUUGCUUGAUGGAGGGGAAUAUAUGUUCCGUGUUGUAGCGAAAAACAAGUUUGGUUGUGGUGAACCAGUUGAUCUGGGCCCUAUUCUUGCAAUAGAUCCAAAAGGUACCCCAACUGCACCAGAGAGAUUUCGUUGUACGGAAAGAACCAAAUCCUCAAUAACUCUGUCUUGGAAACCACCUCAAAGUGAUGGUGGCAGUCCAAUUCGAGGAUAUUAUGUAGAAAAGAAGAGAAAAGAUGGAAAUGAGUUUGAGAUUGCCAAUCGUCAGAUAUGUAAGGAUCUAUUUUUAACACUGGAGAACCUCUCCGAACGUCAUAUGUAUGACUUCCGUGUCAAAGCAGUAAAUGAUAUUGGAGAUGGAGAGCCUUCACUUACAUUAAGUGCUGUUAUUCAAGAUGAUGAAGUUAAGCCAACUGUGACACUGUUGAAGUUCUUCAAGAGUGGUACAAUCACUGUUAAGAAAGGAGAAGCCAUUGAAAUUCCUGCAGAAGUGAUAGGAAUCCCAAUGCCCAAGAUUGAAUGGUCAAGGGAUGGAAAUGUUAUUGAGGAACAAGCAGAACAUUUUUUGAUUAAUACUGAGGUGCUGAGUUAUUCAAAAGCACACACAACGCUUAGCAUUCCUGAAACUGACCGGAAAGAUAGUGGCCUUUACACACUGGCUGCUUCAAAUCACCUUGGAUCUGCAUAUCAGAACAUCAAGGUAGAGAUACUUGACCGUCCAAUGCCGCCACAGAACAUUGUAGUCUCUGAUAUCACAAAUCAAGGAUGUUAUCUUACUUGGGAUGCUCCAGAAGAUAAUGGAGGUAGUGAACUCACAAAUUAUAUUAUUGAGAAAAGGGAUGCCAGCAAGAAGAAAUCAGAUUGGGAGGAGAUAACUGAUAGUGUGAUUGAAAGGCGAUAUAAGGUAUCAAAACUUGAAACCGAUAGGACUUACCAGUUCAGGAUCAAAGCAGAGAAUAAAUAUGGAGUUAGUGAUGGAUGUGAAUCAGAGAAAGUCAUUGUCAAAGAUCUGUAUGGCCUUCCUGGUCCACCACAAAACCCAAAGAUCGCUGGAUGCACUAGGACUUCCAUGUUGGUCACAUGGGAACCACCUAAGGAUAAUGGCGGAUCCACAAUCACGGGUUACUGGCUUGAGAAGAGAGAAAAAGGAGCUGUUUACUGGAAUCGUGUGAAUCGGGCCCCAAUCACAAAACCAGCAAUAAAAGGCCUAGAAUUGAAUGUACACCACCUAAAUGAGGGUACUGAAUACCAGUUCCGUGUGAUGGCAUGCAAUGCUGCUGGUGUUGGACCUCCAAGUGAACCAACUGAGAGUGCAUUUGCAGCUGACCCCAAGUAUCCUCCUGGAAUGCCAUCAAGCCCAGAAGUUGCACACAAAACCGAUGAUAGUGUCACACUUACUUGGAAUCCACCAGAUAAGGAUGGCGGAAGCCCCAUUAAAGGCUACAUUAUUGAAGUUCAAGAUGAAGAUUCAUUACAAUGGAGAAGAGUCAAUGAAUCAGACAAACCACAUCCUAAUAAUAAAUUUACUGUACCUGACCUUCAAAAAAUGAAGAAAUACAAAUUUAGAAUUAUUGCAGUCAAUUCUGAAGGAGAGUCUGAACCAAGCCCUGGAACUGCUAACAUUCUUGUUAAAGAGAUAUUGGAGGAACCAAGAAUCACUUUGGAUAUCAAUGCCAAGGAGUUACUCUCCUGUCGGACUGGUUCCACAAUAAAAAUCCCUGCAAUUAUCACAGGAUGUCCUACUCCAAAUGUUACAUGGCAGUAUGAUGGCAAAGCAACAUCUGAAAAGAAGGAGGAUCUUCAUUUUCUUCCAGUGGAGUCACAGAUUCGAUCAACUGACACAACAUCAACCAUCACAAUUCCUGACAGUACAUUAUGCCAUUCUGGAAUUUAUAUCAUAUCAGCUAAAAAUAAAGCUGGACAGAAGGCUGUGAAAGUCAGAGUCAAUGUACUCGAUUUACCAGGACCUCCAAAGGAUCUCAAAGUUUCCGAUAUCACAAGAGGCAGCUGUAGACUUACAUGGAAACCUCCUGAUAACGAGGGGGGUGAGAGAGUCAAGAGUUACUAUAUUGAGAAGAAAACUGUUGAAGGAAAGGCUUGGACAAAGGUUAAUCCUGCAUGUGGCAGCCAGUUAUUUAUUGUGUGUGACCUUAUUGAGGGGCAAGAGUAUCUAUUUCGUGUGAGGGCAGAAAAUAGCCUUGGCUUGGGACCACACACUGAAAGUAUUCAGCGGACAAAGGCCAGGGAUCCCAUACACCCUCCAGAUCCUCCCAUGAAGGUCAAAAUUAAUCAAGUUACCAAGGACACUGUGACCCUUACAUGGAAGCCACCCAUUAAUGACGGUGGAGCUCCUGUGACACAUUACAUUGUUGAGCGUCUUUGCUGGGACACCGAUAUAACACAAAAGGAGUCCUGGAGGCAAUGCAAUCGACGUGAUGUUGAAGAGACGACUUUCAAGAUUGAGGAUCUUAAUGAAGGCGGAGAAUAUGAAUUUCGUGUCAAAGCUGUGAAUGAGGCUGGAGCAAGCAGGCCGUCCUCAACUGCUGGGCCAGUCACUCUCAAAGACCAGAAAUGUGCACCUAGUAUUGAACUUGACACAUUCAUGGAAGUCGAACAAGGAACUGACAUCAAAAUUGUUGCUAAAAUCAAGGGUUGCCCAUUCCCCACCCUAACAUGGCAAAGGGCUCCACCCUACAAAAAGGAUGAGAAGACCGAUGUAGAGUAUGACGAGCACAUCAAUAAGCUUGUGUCUGAUAACACCUGCACACUUCUGAUUAAGCAAGGAAAAAGAGCAGACACUGGUAUUUACACAAUCACAGCUAGCAACAGUGUGGGUAAAGUCUCAAAGGAAAUGAGGCUCAAUGUAUUAGGAUGCCCAGGACCACCUUGCCCACCCAUCAAGUUUGAAGAAGUCUCCUCAGGGAAGAUUACACUGUCUUGGCUUCCUCCUAAAGAUGAUGGAGGGUCAAAGAUUACUAAUUAUGUCAUAGAGAAACGUGUGGCUAACAGGAAGACAUGGAUACAUGUAACCAAUGAAGCCAAAGAGCGGGUUUACACAGUGGAGAAUCUGAUCGAAGGCCAUGAAUACGUGUUCCGUAUCAUGGCUCAAAACAAAUAUGGUAUUGGUGAUCCUCUUGACAGUGAACCAGAGAAAGCCAGGAAUCUUUGCACUGUUCCUGGUCAGUGUGAAAAACCAACCAUUUCAAGUGUAACGCAUAACUCCAUGACAGUUAACUGGGAAGAGCCGGAACAUGAUGGUGGAACACCAGUGAUUGGUUAUUGGCUAGAACGAAAAGAGACAACAUCCAAACGCUGGAACAGAGUAACCCGUGACCCAAUCAAAGUUAUGCCUUUCGGUGUGUCACAUAAUGUAAUUGGUCUCAUUGAAGGAUCUCAGUACCAGUUCCGUGUCACUGCCAUUAAUGCAGUAGGAUGUGGUCCUCCAAGCUUGCCAUCAGAUCCUGUUACUGCCACAGACCCAGCAGCUCCACCAGAUCCUCCUAUACCUAAAGUUACUGACUGGACAAAAUCAACCGUUGAUCUGGAAUGGGUUCCACCAUUAAAAGAUGGUGGCUCAAAGAUUAUUGGCUACAUUGUUGAAUACAAAGAGGAAGGUCAAGAAGAAUGGGGCAAAGCUAAAGAUAAAGAAGUAAGAGGAACCCGACUUGUGGUUGAUGGACUAAAAGAACUGGGACAUUACAGAUUUAGAGUAAGAGCCAUAAAUGCUGCAGGUGUUAGUCAACCGGGUGAAGUGCCAGAGGUGAUUGAACUGAAAGACAGAAUAAUUGCUCCUGAGGUGAACCUGGAUGCUACAAUGAAAGAGAGGCUGGUUGUUCACGCUGGUGGUGUGAUUCGUAUCCUGGCCUUUGUUUCUGGAAAGCCGGCACCACAGAUUACGUGGAAUACAGAUGACGGUGCAUUACCAGAGGAAGCUGAGAUUGAGACGACUGCAAUCAGUUCGUCUUUAGUAAUCAAGAAAUGCACACGGAAACACAAAGGCAUUUAUACACUCACUGCUAAGAACGACGGAGGUGAAAAAAAGAAGAGCAUUGUGGUGGAUGUGUUGGAUAUUCCUGGUCCAGUUGGUGUGCCAAUCACUGCAGAGAAUCUCACUAGUGACUCAUGCAAGUUAAACUGGUUCUAUCCUGAAGAUGAUGGUGGUUCAGCUGUUACUAAUUUCAUAAUACAAAAACGUGAAGCUGAACGUAAGGCUUGGACCCCAGUGUCUUGCACUAUCACUAGACAUGCUGCUGUUGUUCGUGGUCUUGUUGAUGGAAAGGCUUAUUUCUUCAGAAUCGCAGCUGAAAAUAUGAUUGGAAUAGGUCCAUUUACUGAAACCACUUCAGAAAUAACCAUCAAGGACCGUUUUAGUGUACCGGACCGCCCUGAAGAUCUGGAGGUCACAGCAGUCACAAAGGACUCUAUUACUUUGACUUGGAAACCACCUAAGAAUGAUGGGGGGUCUGAAAUUACCCUGUAUGUAGUAGAAGCCCGGCCAAUUGGCAAGGAAAAGUUUGUCCGACUCACAAAAGAGAAGCUGCUUGGGAGGAAAUUCACCUAUGAUGGUCUUAAGGCGGGUGACACUUAUGAAUUCCGCAUUAGUGCAGUAAAUGAAAUUGGUCAAGGAAAACCUUCCUUUAGCACCAAACCAAUUACUUGCAAGGAUGAGCUAGAACCACCAACAAUUGAGCUUGAUUUCCGUGACAAGGUCAUUAUACGUGUUGGCGAAUCUUUUGCACUACAAGGUCGCUACACUGGAAAGCCAGCACCUUCUAUUACAUGGUUCAAGGAUGAUAAAGAAUUGCAAGCUGAUGACUAUAUCAAACUGAAGAACACUCUAACCACAAUGUGCUUAGGCAUAAUGAAGGCUAAGCGUGAACAUAGUGGCAGAUAUUGUGUGCUUGUAGAGAAUUGUACAGGUUCACGCAAGGGCAUUUGCAAUGUAACUGUUGUUGAUCGUCCACUGCCACCAGAGGGACCAGUAUUGUUCAAAGAAGUUCACAGAGAUUUCAUGGUUAUUUCCUGGAAGCCCCCUCUUGAUGACGGUGGUUCUGAGAUUUCUAACUAUAUUAUUGAGAAGAGAGACACAAAGAGGGAUCUCUGGGCGACUGUGACAUCUGCCUCCACAAAGACAACAUGCAAAGUGCUCAAGUUAACCGAAGGAAGGGAGUAUAUCAUGAGAAUCUGUGCUGAGAAUAUGUAUGGAAUCAGCGAUCCACUGGAAUCUGAAGAGAUGCGAGCCAAAGAUCUCUUCAGAGUGCCUGAGGCACCUGAACAACCUGUUGUUAAAGAGGUGUACAAAGACACAGCUCUUGUUAACUGGAGUAGACCUCGCGAUGGUGGCAAACCAAUUACUAACUACAUUUUAGAGAAAAAGGAGACAACAUCAAAGAGAUGGUCACGUGCUACAAAAGAACCCAUAUACCCAGACACACAGUUCAGAGUUCAAGAUCUUACUGAGGGCUGUGAAUAUGAAUUCCGUGUCAUGGCAGAAAAUGAAAUAGGUGUUGGAGAUCCUAGUCCACCAUCAAAUCCUGUUGUAGCUAAAGAUCCAAUUGUACCACCAAGCCCACCUGUGCUCCCAGAAGCUGUAGACAAGACUAAAGAAACCGUGAGUUUAACCUGGCAGCCACCUCGUCAUGACGGAAAAGGAAAAAUUCUUGGCUAUCUAGUAGAACAUCAGAAGGUUGGUGAGGAAGAAUGGAAAAAAGCAAAUGAGACUCCAGAAUCAUGCCCAGAAACCAAGUUUAUAGUAGAGAACCUUGAACAUGGAGAAAUGUACAGGUUCAGGAUUAUGGCAGUAAACGCUGCCGGGAAAUCUGAUCCUGCAUAUGUUAAGGAUCCUGUGAAAGUACACGACAGACUUGAGCCCCCAGAGCUUCUACUUGACGCGAACAUGGUUCGUGAGCAUCUUGCCAUGGUAGGGACUGAUAUCAUUCUCAGUGCAGGAAUUAAGGGUGUGCCAUUCCCCAAAGUCACAUGGAAGAAGAAUAAUGCAGAGGUUCCACCUAGAGCUAACGUGGAGGUUACCGGUAUAGGAAGUAAACUACAAAUCCAUAACUGUCUUCGCUCUGAUUGUGGUGAUUACACAAUUUCUGUGGAAAAUCCUGCAGGUUCUAAGGCAGCUACAUGCACAGUUCUUGUUUUAGACAAGCCUAGUCCACCUCGGAAUCUGUCCGUUUCUGAGAUUACAAGAGAAUCAGCUUACCUUUCUUGGAAUGAGCCAGAGGAUGAUGGAGGUGCUGUUAUUUCCAACUACGUGAUAGAAAAAAGAGAUGUGGCUUCAGAUGAUUGGGUACCUGUUUGUUCUUCGUGCAAGAAGCCUAGCUUAAAGGCUUUGUACUUGAUGGAAGGAAACCAAUAUAUGUUUCGUGUUGCUGCUGAAAAUCAAUUUGGCAGAAGUGAAUACAUUUCAACUACCAAACCCAUAAAGGCCAGUGAUCCCCUCUACCCACCUGGUCCACCAAAGAAUUUGCAUCAUGUGGAUGCAGAUAAAACUGAAGUCUGGCUUCAGUGGAAUUUGCCAGAUCGCACAGGAGGUAGUGAUAUUACUGGAUACCUAGUAGAAUACCAGGAAGAAGAGGAAAAAGACUGGAUUACUUUUAAAACUGUCAAAAAGACCGAAUGUCACGUGACUGGACUUGAAGAGGGAAAGACCUAUAGAUUCCGUGUGAAAGCAGAGAAUGCUAUUGGUCUGAGUCGUCCUGAUACAACAAUACCUAUUCUGUGCCAGGAGAAACUCGUGGCCCCAACAAUAGAAGUCGAUGUGAAACUAAUUGAAGGAAUUGUUGUGAAAGCUGGAAGUACAAUCAAGCUUCCUGCAAUCAUGAAAGGGAUUCCUGUUCCAAAUCCUAAAUGGGUUACUGAUGGCAAGGAAAUCAAAAGUGAAGGCAAUGUGCUGAUUGAAACAGAUCACUAUUCAACUACUGUCACCAUUAAGGACUGUAAACGGCAAGACACUGGAGAGUAUCUUCUCACAGUUUCCAACCCAGCUGGAAGCAAGACAGUUGCUUUGCACGUGACAGUUAUUGAUGUCCCAGGUGCACCUACUGGCCCAGUUAACAUGCUUGAGGUUACUCCCGAUUUCAUGGUCAUCAACUGGCGUCCUCCCAAGGAUGAUGGUGGAACCCCUUUGAUGAAUUAUAUUGUUGAGAAGAAGGAUACUAAGAAGCCAUGGGAGCCUUGGGCAGUAGUAAACUCUGGAAGCAUCAAUACAAAAGCUAAGGUUCCCUAUUUGGAGAAAGGCCGUGAAUAUGUGAUACGUAUUCGUGCAGAGAACAAAGUUGGAAUAGGUGCUGCCCUUGAAAGUUCACCUACUAUUGCCAAGCGUAUGUUUGACCCACCUAGUGCACCAGGCCAACCAGUUGCUCAAGAUAUCACAGAAACUGCUGUGACUAUUCAGUGGGAAGCCCCUUUAUCCGAUGGUGGCAGUCCAAUCAUUGGUUACAUUAUCGAACGUAGAGAAAUGACAGGUAAAUGGAUUCGUCUGAACAAAACUCCUGUCUUAGAUACCAGAUACAGAGCAUCUGGACUUUUUGAGGGCAAUACCUAUGAGUUUAGAGUAUUUGCAGAAAAUAUCGCUGGCAUAAGUGAACCUUCCCCAGUGUCAGAUCCAAUUAAAACUACACGUCCUAUCACUUGCCCCGGUCCCCCAGUUAAUGUCAAACUUAAGGACUGGGGCAAAUCUUAUGCAGACUUAGUCUGGACUAAGCCUUCAAGAGAUGGGGGCAGUCCUAUAUUAGGUUAUAUUGUUGAAUGCCAGAAAUCAGGCAGUGCACAGUGGGAUAGAAUUAAUAAGGACGAACUUAUAAAGCCGUGUGCAUAUAGAGUGCCAGGAUUGAUUGAAGGCAUGGAAUACAAGAUUCGUGUAAGAGCCUGUAAUAAGAUUGGAGAAGGAGAACCAAAAGAACUUAGUGAAACAGUUAUUGCCAAAGACAUCCUUAUUCCUCCAGAGGUAAUUGUUGACGCUGCUUGCCGUGAUCUACUGACAGUCAGAGCAGGGCAGAACAUUAACUUAGUUGCUCGUGUUAAAGGAAGACCUGAUCCAGAAAUUACCUGGACUAAGGAUGCAAAAGUCUUAGUCCGAGAUAAGCGGACUGAGAUGAACAACAAUUACCCCCUUGUGGAUAUGAUCAUAAAAGAAGCAACUAGAGAAGAUUAUGGGAAAUAUGUAAUUCUAGCGAAAAACAUUAGUGGUCAAGCACAAGCUAGUAUUGUAGUUAAUGUUCUUGAUAAACCUGGGCAAUGUCAAAAUCUGAAGAUAAGUUAUGUAACUAAGGAUUCGUGUAUGGUAUCAUGGGAGAAUCCAGAAGACAAUGGAGGCACAGAAAUUACAAAUUACAUUAUUCAGUGUCGACAACCAAAUCAAAGGGGUUGGACAGUAGUGUCCUCGGAUUGCACAAAGCGUCUUGUUAAAGCACCGCUCAUGGAAAACUGUGAGUAUUUUUUCCGUGUCAGUGCAGAAAAUAAAUGUGGUCAAGGGCCACCAAUUGAAACUAAAGUGGCAAUUCUGGCUGUUGAUCCAAUUGAAAAGCCUGGUGAGCCUGAAAACUUUCAUACUGCUGAAAUUGGUAAGACAUUUGUUUUCCUUAAAUGGAAAAAACCAGAGUACACUGGUGGCAGCCACAAUCUCGUUUACCAUGUUGAAAGGAAGCUAAAAGGAGCUGAAGAAUGGGAAAGACUACACAAAGGUGCAAUCAAAGAAACAUUCUUUAUGGUGGAUAGGUGCAUUGAAAACCAAAUAUAUCAAUUCAGAGUACAAACUAAGAAUGAAGGAGGAGUGAGUAAUUGGGUAACGACUGCUGAAACACCUGUUAAAGAAGAACUGCUUGAACCAGAACUUGUCAUUAAAUUAGAUGGUGUCCUCACCGUUAAAGCUGGAAAUUCUAUUAAAAUUGAAGCAAGCCUUAAAGGAAAGCCCCAACCUGUGGUUAAAUGGCUCAAGGAAAGUGAUACUGGUGAUAUUAAUAAAAGCCCAAGAUGCCAUAUUGAAACUGGUUCAGAUUUUUCAAAGUUACUGAUAACAUCAUCUAGGCGUACUGACAGUGGAAAAUAUGUAGGCACUGCCACAAACUGUUCAGGAAGCUGUUCUGCUCACGUUAUUGUGAAUGUGCUUGAUAAACCUGGUCCUGUCCGAGACCUGAAGAUAUCUGAUAUUUCAGCGGACCGAUGUAAAUUAAUAUGGGAUCCUCCAGAGGAUGAUGGAGGUUGUGAGAUUCAGAACUACAUUCUGGAAAAAUGUGAGACGAGGAGAAUGGUAUGGUCAGUUCACUCUGCAGCUGUGAUAAGUAAUUCAGCUAAUGUGACUCGUCUUGUGGAAGGACAGGAAUAUAUCUUCAGAAUACGAGCAGAGAACAAGAUGGGAACAGGUCCUGCAGUGGAGAGCCAGGCAAUCAUUGCCAGAACACAGUUCAAUAGACCUUGUCCACCAGAUCCACCUGAAGUCACCAAAAUUGGAAAGGAAGAAAUGACGGUUUUAUGGCGUCCUCCAGAAAAAGAUGGUGGAAAGCCUGUCAGCGGUUAUAUUCUUGAAAAAAAGGAACUACAUUCCAUUAAGUGGGUUCCAGUUACAAAAGAUCCUAUCCCACAGACAUGUAUGAAUGUUACCAACUUGAUCCCUAACCAUGAAUAUCAGUUUCGUGUCAAAGCGCAAAAUGAAGUUGGAUUGGGAGAUCCUAGUAAACCCUCAAUAUCAGUAACUGCUAGAGAUCCAGUUGGACCUCCUGGACCUCCUGAGGAUUUGAAGGUUGCUGACAGCACACAGACAUCUAUCACACUCCGCUGGCAAAGGCCAGUUUGUGAUGGCGGUGCUCCAAUCAUUGGAUAUGUAGUUGAGUUUAGAAUUAAGGGUGCAAGUAAAAACGUGGAUGAAGGCUGGAAAAGAUGUAAUGUUGCUGCUCGACUGGCAGCGACAGACUUUACUGUCACUAGUCUGGAUGAAAAACUGGAGUAUGAAUUCCGUGUAUAUUCACAGAACCAGGUUGGCAUGAGUCAACCAGCAAAUCUCAAAGAUGCUGUAUCGCCCAAAGAGAUCCUAGAGGCACCUGAUAUUGAAUUGGAUGCUAAUCUGAGAAAGGGUCUUACUGUUCGUGCUGGAUGCCCCAUAAGAUUGUGUGCCACAGUUAGAGGAAGACCAGCACCAAAGGUGACAUGGAGGAGAAUGGGUAUUGACAAUGUUGUAAGAAAAGGUCAGGUGGAUUUAAUAGAUACUAUGGCAUUCCUCGUCAUCCCUGAGAGCACACGGGACGAUUCGGGAAAAUAUUCUCUUACUCUAACCAGCUCUGCGGGAGAGAAAGCUGUUUUUGUGAAUGUUCAAGUCCUGGAUACCCCUGGACCUGUACAAGUUCUGGAAGCCAAUGAUAUCACAAUGGUAUCCUGCAGUCUCUCUUGGUCUCCCCCUGAAAAUGACGGUGGAAGUGAAAUUACUCACUACAUAGUAGAAAAACGUGAAAUUGACAGAAAGACCUGGGCAACAGUCAACAAUGAUGUGAAAAAGACAAACCUGAAAAUAACAAAUCUCAUGUCAGGAACAGAAUAUUAUUUCAGAGUGACAGCAGUUAAUGAAUAUGGAGCAGGAGUGCCAAAGAUUUCUCCAAAAUCCUAUCUAGCAUCAAAUCCCAUAAGUAAACCAGACCCACCAAUAAAGAUUGAUGUAUUGGAAAUCACAAAGAAUAGCACGACUCUGGCAUGGGUGAAACCACUGAGAGAUGGGGGAGCGAAAAUUGAUGGGUAUGUAGUUGAUUACAUGUUGGUGAUUCCACCUCAAGAAAUCAAAGAUGGACAACUUGUGGUCCAAGAGCAAAAUAAACCCGAGGAACAAUGGACGCCAUAUUCUAUUGUGAAAGACCUGAGUAUUGCUGUUGUUGGACUGAAAGAAAACAUGAAAUACAAAUUCAGAGUGUCAGCAAGAAAUAUAAUGGGUUGCAGUCUACCCACAGAAACCAAAGGAGAAGUUGAGAUCAAGGAGCAGAUGUUGCCACCAAAAAUUAUUAUGAUUGAUACUGUGACGGCAAAGGCAGGAGAAAAACUCAGGGUGGAAGCUCUUGUUUCUGGAAAACCAACACCGGUCUGUAAAUGGAACAGACAUGAAGAGGAGGUCAUCCCAUCUAGUCGUCUAACUGUGCACAAAUCUCAGAACAGUUGUGUGCUCAUCAUCAAAGAUGUAUCAAGACUGGACAGUGGUCAGUACAGUCUUUCAGCUGAGAACAGUAUUGGACAAGUGGAGCAGAGUUUGAAAGUGAUCAUCAAGGAUAUCCCUGGUCCCCCAGAACCACCAUUUCUAAUCAGUGAUAUCAAUGCUGAUACUUGCACACUAUCUUGGCAAUCACCACUUGAGGAUGGUGGUAGUACUAUCACUAACUAUGUAGUGGAAAAAUGUGACAUGAGCAGAAAUGAUUGGGUCAUUGCUGUAUCAUCAUGCACUAAGACUACGUGCACAGUAGGGAAGCUUAUUCCUGGAAAGGAGUAUAUAUUUCGUGUUCGAGCUGAGAACCGUUUUGGUCUUGGAGAGCCCAUUGUUUCGGAGCAGAUGAUCGCCAAAUUCCCCUUUGAUUUACCGAGUGAACCUUUGAAUUGCCAUAUCAUAAAAGUCAAUAAAGACUGCAUGUUUGUCGCCUGGGAGAAACCAGCCAAUGAUGGUGGCAGUCCGAUAACUGGAUACUACAUUGAACGUAAAGAACGGAAUAGUCUUCUCUGGGUAAAGGCUAAUGACACAGUUGUUCGAACAACUGAAUAUCCUUGCAGCGGACUUAUUGAAGGUUUGGAAUAUACCUUCAGGGUAUCAGCCAUUAAUCGUGCUGGACAAGGAAAACCAAGCAAAAAUACUGAAUUUGCCACAGCAAGAACACCAGUUGAUCCACCAAGCAAGCCUGAAGUGCUUGAUGUGACUAAGAAUUCAGUUACCCUGUUAUGGAACAGACCAAAACAUGAUGGUGGCAGUAAGAUCAUUGGAUAUUACAUUGAAGCUCUAAAGAUUCCUGAAGACAAAUGGGUGCGCUACAACAUAAUCAGCCAAAAUUUACCCAAAGAAGAAUACACUGUAACAGGACUGGAGGAAGGCAGAAAAUACCAGUUCAGAAUACUUGCAAAAACUGCAGUGAACAUCAGUAGACCAUCUGAAAUGUCUGAUCCAGUUCUAAUAUCUUCUGAAAGUGUGCCACCAACUAUAGAAAUUGGACUUCAAAUGAAGGCACUGCAACCGGUUAAAGCUGGGAAAGAUGUGUGUCUUGAAGCUCAAGUAUUUGGAAAGCCAAUGCCAAAAAUUACCUGGAAGAGGAAUGGAGAGAUACUGAAACCUUCUGAAGUCUUGAAGAUGUCACAGAAAAGAAAUCUGUUCUUCCUAGAGCUAUUGUCAGUAACAAGAAAUGAGACCGGAGAGUACACUAUUUUAGCAGAAAAUGCAAGUGGCUCUAAAUCAGGUGAAAUGAAACUCACAGUAUUAGAUGUACCUGGCCCACCAGUUUCUGUCAAGUUUGGAGAUGUGUAUGCGGAUCACAUCAAGCUGAGCUGGGAGCCACCCAUUACAGAUGGUGGCUCCGCAAUUACCAACUACAUUGUUGAUAAGCGGGAAACAUGCAGAGCAAACUGGGCUCAAGUCACAUCCAAAAUCAGUGCUCAGCAGACUGACUAUUCUGUCGAAAAACUGAUUGAGGGUCGUGAGUACCAGUUCCGCAUUCAUGCUGAGAACAAGUACGGUGUGGGUGAUCCUAUCCUGACAAACCCUAUUGUUGCAAAGAACCCAUUUGAUGUCCCUGGUGCUUGUGAUCCUCCGAUUAUUACUAACAUAACGAAGGACCAUAUGACUAUAAGUUGGAAAGAACCUACAAGUGAUGGUGGGUCCACUAUUCUUGGUUACAUGGUUGAAAAGCAGGAAACCAAAGAUGUAAAGUGGGAUAAAGUCAACAGGAAACCAAUAACAGAGAGAUCUGUUGAAGCUACUGGUCUUUCCGAAGGAAACGAAUAUAAAUUCAGAGUUAUUGCUCUUAAUAAAGCUGGCCUUGGCAAACCAAGUGAUCCAUCCAAAGCCGCUAUUGCUCAGGAUCCUUUAUAUCCUCCUGGACCACCAAUCUCACCAAAGGUUGUUGACACAACUAAUUGCACUGUCAGUUUAUGCUGGACAGAGCCAGCUAAUAAUGGUGGAUGUGAAAUAUUAGGCUACCUCGUAGAAAGCAAGAGAGCCGAUGCUUCCGACUGGACACGGUGCAAUGUACCAAGGAACCUUCAAGAGACAAAUUACAUUGUUACUGGACUUAUUGAGAAUACUGAAUACAUGUUUCGUGUCACAGCUGUGAACAAGGUUGGAUUUGGUGAACCAAGUGAAGUUCCAGGCAAACAUACUGCCAAGGACAUUUUAGUUCCUCCCGAAGCAGAACUUGAUGAAGAGUUAAAGAAAACUGUAGAGUUGCGUGCUGGAACCCCAAUGAGGUUAUACAUUCUACUACGGGGUCGUCCUGUUCCCAAGGCGACAUGGGCCAAGAUGAAUACCAAUAUUAAAGACAGACCAGGAAUUGUGAUCAAGACGACAAAAUUUGAUACUCUUGUUUAUAUUGAGAAAGUGAACAGAUAUGAUGCAGGAAAAUAUAUUCUGAAUCUGGAAAACAGCAGUGGAGUGAAAAUGUACACAAUUACUGUCAAGGUUUUUGAUACCCCUGGACCACCACUUAAUCUAAUGGUAAAGGAAACAUCGAAGAAUAGUGCUUCACUUCUUUGGGAUGCUCCGUUAAUCGAUGGAGGAAGCCCAGUAAAGAAUUACAUAAUUGAAAAACGUGAUGCCGAGCGAAAGUCUUGGUCUACAGUUGCAUGUGACUGCACUAAAACAUCUUUCCUGAUUCAAGACUUGGAACCAGGAAGAUCUUAUUUUUUCAGAGUAUUAGCUGAAAAUGAAUAUGGAGUUGGGGAGCCAUGUGAAAUUACAGAUGCUGUAAGAGCUUCAGAACAACCAGGACCAGUUUUGGACUUCAAGGCUUUACUGGUAACAAAAGAUUCAUGUACACUUGCUUGGAAGAAACCGAUUAGUGAUGGAGGAAGUCGUAUAAUAGCAUAUGUGCUGGAAGUGAAAAAUGGAAAAGAUAAUUGGAAGAACCUCAUGAAGUCAAAGAAUAUGCAAUACAGUGCCAAAGACCUUAUAGAAGGAAAGGAGUAUACUUAUAGAGUGAGAGCAGUAAAUGAUGCUGGAGAUGGUGUUGCAGAGGAACUUAAUGUUCUGGCUAAAGACCAUACAGUUCCACCUGGAUGUGACUUAAGAGAUUUGCCAAAUUUAUGUUAUACUGCUAAAGAGGGAAGUACUGUUUGCCUGAAAAUACCCAUAAGUGGCAAACCUGCUCCUACUGUAACAUGGAAAAAAGGUGACGAUGUUACUUUAACUGAUAGUGGCCGAGUAUCUGUUGAAUCCACAGCUGUCCACACAACCUUGCUGAUCCAUGACUGCCAAAGAGGUGAUGCCUCAAAAUACACAAUAACUCUAAGAAAUAGUGCUGGCACCAAAGAAUCUGCCAUAUUUCUGAAAGUGGUUGGAAAACCAGGAAUACCCACAGGACCAAUCAAGUUUGAUGAAAUCACAGCUGAAGGAAUCUCCUUAAAAUGGGGUUCGCCAAAGGAUGACGGAGGAUCAGAAAUAACCAAUUACAUUCUCGAAAAGCGGGAUUCAGUAACCAAUAUGUGGGUUACCUGUUCUUCUGCUGUGCAGACAAACAGUUUAAGAGUAACUGGUCUUCAUGAAGGAACUAAAUACACAUUCAGAGUUUCUGCAGAAAACAAGUAUGGAAUUGGAGAAAGCCUCAAGUCUGAUUCAGUUGUGGCCAAGCAUCCAUUCAAUGUACCGGAUGCACCACCACCACCCCAAAUCAUGAGUGUGCACCAUGAUUCAGCACAAUUGGAAUGGUCUGAUCCAAGGAAGACUGGAGGUUCCCCUGUUACAGGAUAUCAUGUGGAAUAUAAGGAAAGAAAUAGCUUGCUGUGGAAGAGAGCCAACAGUACUCCAGUGAAAAUGAAGGAAUAUAAAGUAACAGAAUUAACAGAAGGCCUUGAGUAUCAAUUCAGGAUCAUGGCUAUAAAUAUGGCGGGUGUUGGAAAGCCAAGUCUGCCAUCAGAGCCAGUGGUUGCCUUAGAUCAGAUUGAUCCUCCUGGCAAACCAGAUGUGGUCAGCAUUACACACAGUAGUGUAACACUUCAAUGGACUGAACCCAAGUAUGAUGGUGGACACAAGCUGACAGGCUACAUUAUUGAAAAACGUGAUUUGCCCUCAAAAGUCUGGAUGAAGGCCAACAGUACUAAUGUUUUGGAUUGUGCAUUUACCGUAACUGGCCUCCAAGAGGGAUGCAAGUUUGAAUUUAGAGUAAGAGCUAAGAAUGCAGCUGGGGCCAUAAGUGCUCCAUCAGAGCAGACUGAUACAAUUGUCUGCAAAGAUGAAUACGAGGCACCAAACAUAAUUAUUGAUCCAACGGUGAAAGAGGGACUUACGCUUAGAGCUGGUGAUGCAAUCGUAAUAACUGCAACAAGCAUAACCGGAAAACCUCCUCCGACAUCCCUGUGGUCUAAAGCAGGGAGAGACCUCAAACCGUCGGACUUAUGCCAAAUUGAAUCUACCCCAACGUCUUCGACGUUAUCAAAAAAGUGUGCCACCCGAAAAGAUUCUGGAGAAUACACUAUCUCAGCCAGCAAUCCAUUUGGUGUUCGAGAGGAAAAUGUUAAAGUGACAGUUCUGGAUGUUCCAGGUCCACCUGGGCCCCUUAUAGCCAGCAAUGUUUCUGCUGAGAAGGUUACAUUAACAUGGUCACCACCUCUUGAUGAUGGGGGGUCUGCAAUUAAAUCAUACACUCUAGAAAAAAGGGAAACAAGUCGCCUUCUGUGGACCAUUUUGGCUGAAAAUGUAACAGAUUGUCAUUUAGUUACCAGCAAACUAAUCCAAGGCAAUGAGUACAUCUUCCGAGUUUCAGCACUAAACCAUUAUGGCGUUGGAGAAUCAACACAGUCCGAGCCAGUGAAAAUGGAGGACAGCUUUGGUCCGCCUGGUCCUCCAUCCAAACCAGACAUUAGAAAUGUCGAUAAAAACUCAGUUACCAUUUCUUGGAAGAGACCAGUUGAAGAUGGAGGCAGUAACAUUUUCGGGUAUAAUGUUGAAAGAAAAGAAAGAAAUGGGAUGCGAUGGAUUCGAGCAUCAAAGAAAUUGGUAUCUGAUUUAACUUUUGAAGUUGUUGGGCUCACAGAAGGAAAUGAAUAUGAAUUCAGAGUGAUUGCAGAAAAUAAAGCUGGUUUUGGAGAACCCAGUGAGCCUUCACAACCUGUGAUGACUAAGAGUCUAGCAUAUGUACCUGGGCCUCCAUCCAACCCAAGAAUUACUGAUAUAACUAAAUCUACAGCUACCUUCAACUGGGGACGGCCAAAAUAUGAUGGUGGACUUGACAUCACUGGAUAUAUAGUUGAGCACAAAAGAGAAGAAGAGAAUAGCUGGAUUAAAGACACAACAGGCAGUUCGCUAAGAAUUUCUGAAUUUGUUAUUUCAAACCUGCAACAAGGAGAAAAGUACAAUUUUAGGGUGAGUGCAAUGAAUGAGAUGGGUAUUGGAGAACCAGCUCAAAUUGAGGAAUCUGUUGAAAUUGUGGAACGUCAAGAAACUCCUGACUUUGAGCUUGAUGCAGAACUGAGGCGGACUCUUGUUGUCAGAGCUGGAGGAUCCAUACGGAUUUUUGUUCCAAUCAAAGGGCGCCCAACACCUGAGGUGACUUGGUUGAAAGAAGACAUAUCCCUUAAGGGUCAUGCAAAUAUUGAUACCACUGAAUCAUAUACUCUGCUGGUUAUAUCCCAUUGUACAAAACAUGACACUGGAAAAUAUAACUUAACCCUAGAGAGUGUUGCUGGGAAAAAGUCUGGAUAUGUAAAUGUCAGAGUUUUGGAUUCACCAGGUCCUCCCAUCAACCUGAGACCUCGGGAGAUUACUAAUGAAGGUAUCACUCUCCAGUGGGAAAUGCCUCUCAUUGAUGGUGGUUCAAAGAUAAUCAAUUAUAUAAUUGAAAAGCGGGAAGCUACACGAAAGGCAUAUGCAGCUGUAAUAACUAACUGUCAGAAAUGUUCAGUUAGAGUUCCAAAUUUGGCUGAAGGAUCGGAAUAUUUCUUCAGAGUACGUGCUGAAAAUGAAUUUGGAAUUGGGGAGCCUGCUGAAACUUCUGAUGCAAUUCGGGUGUCUCAAGCGCCUACAGCUCCUGAAAAGGUUAACAUUGUAGCCAUUACUAGGAAUUCUGCAGGUCUGAUUUGGACAAAACCGAAACAUGAUGGUGGAAGUAGAAUUACUGGAUAUGUAAUAGAAGCUCAAAAGAAAGGCUCAGAGAAUUGGUCUCAUGUCACAACAGCGAAGACUCUAGACUAUACAGUGAAGAAUUUAAAUGAAAAUGAGGAGUAUAUAUUUCAAGUAAUGGCUGUGAACAACUCAGGUAGAAGUGACCCUCGUCAAAGUAGUCCUGUUAUUAUCAAGGAACAAACAAAAGGACCACAGUUUGAUCUACGUGGAAUAUGUCAAAAACUUGUUAUUGCCAAGGCAGGAGAUGAUAUAAAAAUUGAGAUACCUGUUCUGGGAUGUCCACAGCCCACAAUUUCCUGGAUGAAGGAGGACAAGGCCCUUAAUCAAACACAGAGAGUAUACAUUGAAAAUACUCCUAUGUCAACUCUCCUUUGUAUUACAGAAUGUACUAGGAAUGACAGUGGACAGUAUGCUGUGACAGGAAAAAAUAUACUUGGCACACUGACAGAAAUAAUCACUGUUAAAGUACAUGACAUCCCUGGGCCUCCAAAGGGGCCAAUUCAUUUUGACAGAAUUUCCAAUGAAAGUAUUACAAUAUCUUGGGAUUCCCCUGAAAAUGAUGGGGGAGUACCAAUUAACAAUUAUGUUGUUGAAUUUCGAGACACAACAAGUACAUCAUGGUUGGUGUUAUCAACAACAAUAAUCCGUACAGUUUUUAAAGCUGAACGUCUUACCCCUAGAGCUGAGUAUCAAUUCCGUGUUAAAGCUAAAAACAGAUAUGGUGUUGGCCCUCCAAUAACCUCUGAAUCAGUUGUUGCUGCAUACCCAUUUAAGGUUCCAGGGCCUCCUGGCACUCCACAAGUAAUAGGCUUCACUAAAAAUACCAUGACAAUUAGUUGGAAUGAACCUGUGAAUGAUGGUGGAAGUGAAGUAAUUGGAUACCAUAUCGAAAGGAAAGAGAGGAAUAGUAUCUUGUGGCAAAAAGUAAGCAGUGUCCUAAUAGUUGGAAACAUUUUCAAAUCAAUAGGGCUAGAAGCUGGAAUUGCCUAUGAGUUUCGUGUUGCAGCUGAAAAUAUAGCUGGUGUGGGAAAGCCAAGCAAACCAUCAGAGCCGGCUCUUGCCCUUGAUCCCGUGGAUCCUCCGGGAAAGCCAGUUGCCAUUAACAUCUCUAAGAAUUUUGUGAAUAUUAAGUGGACAAAGCCUAAUUAUGAUGGUGGAUUCAAAAUAACUGGCUAUACAGUGGAAAAGAAAGACUUACCAAAUGGACGCUGGAUCAAAGUUAAUUAUAGUAACAUACUGGAGACUACGUUUACUGUUAGUGGGCUGACAGAAGGUGCCUCCUAUGAAUUCCGCGUUCUUGCCCGAAAUUCAGCUGGUGCUGUAAGUAGCCCAUCUGAACCAUCAGAUCCAAUUGUCUGUAAAGAUGAUGUUGAGGAACCAAAGAUUAGGGUUGAUGCUAGGUAUAAAGAUGUUUUACUUGUAAAAGCUGGGGAAGUGUUCAAACUUGAGGCUGAUAUUACAGGUCUCCCAUUACCAUCUAUGAUUUGGACUAUGGAUGGAAAGGAAAUAGAAAAAACAACAAAACUAGAUAUAAAAAUGGCUGAUUUUUCAACAAUAUUGAUUAACAAAGAUUCUACAAGAAGAGAUGGAGGCGCAUUUACAUUAACUGCUAGCAAUACUGGUGGAUUUGCUAAACAUGUCUUUAAUGUGAAAGUGCUUGACAGGCCAGGUCCACCAGAUGGUCCAUUACUUGUUACUUGCGUUACAGCUGAGAACUGUGUGUUGUCUUGGUCGCCACCAUCAGAUGAUGGUGGAGCAAAUAUUGAAUAUUACAUAAUUGAGAAGCGUGAAACCAGCAGGCUUGCCUGGACAAAUGUGGCUUCAGACUUACAAGUAAAACAGUUUAAAGUAACAAAGCUAUUAAAGGGAAAUGAGUAUAUCUUCAGAGUGAUGGCAGUUAAUAAGUAUGGGAUUGGUGAGCCCUUAGAAUCUGAGCAAAUUAUUGCAGAAAAUCCAUAUAUGCCUUCCGAUCCUCCUCAAAAUCCCGAAGUAAGAAAUAUCACUAAGGACUCAAUGGGUAUUUAUUGGGAAGAGCCAGUGAACAAUGGUGGAACUGAAAUUUCUAAUUACAUUAUUGAAAGGCGAGAUAAGACAAUUCUGCACUGGAUUAGAUGUAACAAGAAGGUUAUUACUGAUUUAAAAUACAAAGUAUCAGGACUGACACCAGGGCAUGAAUAUGAAUUUAGGAUUACUGCAGAAAAUGCUGCAGGUUUAAGUUUGCCAAGUGCAUCAACUCCAUUUUACAAGGCUAGUGACCCUCUUUACAAGCCGGGUCCUCCUGGAAAUCCAAGGGUUUUAGAUACAACUAACUCAUCAAUUACUGUCGCAUGGAACAAACCAGUUUAUGAUGGUGGAUCUGACAUUACAGGAUACAUUGUUGAGACUUGCCUUCCUCAGGAUGAUGAAUGGACAAAUGUUACCCCCAAAGAUGAUAUAGUGACCACAUCAUUUACAAUCACUAACUUAAAAGGAAAUCAAGAAUAUAAAAUAAAUAUUUUUGCCGUUAACUGUGAAGGAAUUGGAGAGCAAGCCUCUGUCCCUGGAUUACCAAAAACAGAAGAGAGACAGAUUCCACCUGAUUUCGAACUUGAUGCAGAGCUUCGCAAAGUUGUUACCAUCAGAGCCUGUGGCACAUUGAGAUUGUUUGUACCUAUAAAAGGAAGACCUGCUCCUGAAGUGAAAUGGUCAAGAGAAAAUGGAGAGUCAAUUGAAAGAGCUACAAUUGAAAGUACAUCAUCGUUCACUUGGCUAUUAAUUGAAAAUGUAAAUAGAUUUGAUAGUGGAAAGUAUGUUUUGUCAGUAGAAAAUAGUUCGGGGCUAAAGACAGCUUUUGUAAAUGUAAGGGUACUGGAUACUCCUGGAGCACCACAAAAUAUCAAGAUCGAUGAAAUAACCAAAGAAUCAGUUUCACUCAGUUGGGACCCUCCUAUUCUUGAUGGUGGUAGUACGAUUAAGAACUACAUUGUAGAGAAACGUGAAUCAACAAGAAAAGCAUAUGCAACUGUGAAUGCUAACUGCCACCAAACAAGAUCGACUAUUAACAAUUUACUUGAAGGAUGCAAUUAUUAUUUUAGGGUGUUGGCUGAAAAUGAAUAUGGAGUUGGGCUUCCCAUUGAAACUAGAGAAUCAGUCAAAGUGUCUGAAAAACCACUUCCUCCAGGUAAAAUCACAUUGCAAGAUGUGACAAAGAAUAGUGUUACACUGUCAUGGGAAAAGCCAGAUCAUGAUGGAGGAAGCAGAAUAAUUGCAUAUGUUGUGGAGCUGCAGAGCAAAGGCAGUGAUACCUGGAACCAAUGCAUGAUUGUAAAAGUCACAGAAGCCAUUAUUACUGGAUUAACACAAGGUGAAGAAUAUAUAUUUCGAGUAUCAGCAAGAAAUGAAAAAGGAACAAGCGAUCCACGCCAAAUUGGUGUACCAGUUAUUGUUAAAGAUCUUGUAAUUACUCCAGCAGUAAAACUGUUGUUCUCCACGUUUAGUGUGCUGGCAGGAGAAGACUUAAAGACAGAGAUAUCAUACGUUUCCCGACCUAAAGCAGCUAUGUCUUGGUACAAAGAUGGUGUUCCUGUCAAGCAAACCUCAAGAGUUAAUUUUGAAAUGGCUGACACCCAUUUGUAUUUAAAUAUCAAGGAAGUCUGCAGAGAUGAUGUUGGUCGGUAUACUGUCAAACUUUCAAACACUGUGGGUGAAACAACUGCAGAAAUUUGUGUUGUUGUUCUCGACAAACCUGGGCCACCAGCUGGUCCAGUAAAUGUUGCUGAAGUUACAGCUAAUAGUAUUACAUUGUCUUGGAAACCCCCAGAAUAUGAUGGUGGCUGUACUAUUAAGAACUACAUUGUAGAAAAGAGAGAUGCUUCCACUACAGACUGGCAGGUUGUGGCAACAAAUUUACCAAGAACCACAAUUAAGGCAGGACGACUGAAAACUGGAUCUGAAUAUCAGUUCAGGAUUGCUGCUGAAAACCGAUAUGGGAAGAGUCCAGUUCUAAUGUCAGAUACUGUAGUUGCCAACUAUCCCUUUAAAAUUCCAGGACCCCCCGGAACGCCAUAUGUCCAUGCUGCCACAAAAGAUAAUAUGGAUGUAAUUUGGAAUGAACCUGUAAUUGAUGGAGGAAGCCAAAUAUUAGGAUACCACAUUGAACGCAAAGAAAGAAACAGUAUUCUCUGGAUAAAGCUAAAUAAGACACUUAUUCAAGACACGCAGUUCAAAAGCAUAGGUCUUGAAGAGGGAAUUGAAUAUGAAUACAGAGUUUAUGCGGAAAAUAUUGUGGGAAUUGGUAAAGUAAGCAAACUGUCUGAAUGUUAUGUAGCAAGAGAUCCUUGUGAUCCUCCAGGAACCCCCGAAGUUGUUACUGUCACAAAAAAAUCAGUCUUUCUUAGAUGGGCAAAGCCAGAAUAUGAUGGUGGAAGCAAAGUUGCUGGCUAUAUUGUGGAAAAGAAAGAAUUGCCUGAAGGACGCUGGGCAAGAACCAACUUUACUAAUGUUACUGAGACUGAGUAUGUAGCAACUGGCUUAACAGAGAAUCAGCAGUAUGAGUUCCGUAUCAUUGCAAGAAAUGCAGCAGGUAUCUUCAGUAGUCCCUCACUCAGCACUGGUCCUAUAACUGCAAAGGAUGAAGUUGAACCACCUAAAAUUAGCAUAGAUCCACGAUAUACCCAGACUAUUAUAAUAAAUUCUGGGGAGAACUUCAAAAUUGAUGUGGAUAUUUUUGGAAAACCAAUGCCAACAAUUAGCUGGAUGAAGGGAAAACAAAUUCUUUCAAAUACUAAACACUGUAAAAUAAAAAAUACUCAAUACAGUACUUGUCUCAGUGUAAAGGAAGCCACAUCAAAUGAUUCAGGCCAGUAUAGAUUGCUUUUGAAAAAUAUUGGAGGAGAGAAGUCAGUUCUGGUCACUAUCAAAGUGUUAGAUAGACCAAGUCCACCCGAGGGUCCUAUUUCUGUCAGCAAUUUGACAAAAGAGCAAUGUUUAAUUAGCUGGAAACCUCCAAAGGAAGAUGGUGGCGAUGAAAUAUCUCACUACAUCAUUGAAAAAAGAGAAACCAGUAGAUUGGUUUGGACUGUUGUUGAACCUGAAACAAAGGAACUUAAUUUGAAAAUAACCAAACUUCUGGAAGGAAAUGAGUACAUCUUUCGUGUUUCAGCAGCAAACAAAUAUGGAGUUAGUGAGCCAUUAGAAUCUGAAGCUAUUAUUGCAAAAAAUCAGUUUGUGAGUCCUGAUGCUCCUAAGUGUGUGGAAGUUAUCAGUAUCACAAAAGAUUCAAUGGUGGUAAUUUGGGAAGCACCUGACAAUGAUGGUGGUAGUUCUAUUACAGGAUAUGUUAUUGAAAAGCACGACAAAGAAGGGAUAAGAUGGACUAAAUGCAAUAAGCACACAGGAACUGAACUAUCCUUUAAAGUUACAGGGCUUUUUGAAGGCCAUAGUUAUGAAUUUAGAGUCUCAGCUGAGAAUGAUGCUGGAGUUGGAAAACCAAGCUCACCAUCUGUUUACUACAUGGCUAUCGAUCCUGUAUUCAGACCAGGUCCCCCAAAUAGUCCCAAAGUGACUAACAUUUCACGGACAUCUGUUUUCCUUUCCUGGGAGAAGCCGAUUUAUGAUGGUGGCUGUGAUAUUCAGGGAUAUAUCAUUGAAGCAUGUGAAGCAACAUCUGAAGAAUGGAAAAUGUGUACUCUUCCCACAGGCAUAAAACAAACACAAUACGAAGUCGAAAAACUUAAAGAAAACCAAAGUUAUACAUUCAGAGUGUUUGCUAUUAAUAAGGUUGGUGUUGGAGAGCAUACAGAUUUCCCUGGCAUAAUCCUUGUUGAAGAAAAGACACAAGAACCAGAUCUUGGUCUUGAAAUGGAACUCAGGAAAACCAUCAAUAUUAAAGCUGGAGAUUCCUUGAGAGUGUUCAUACCUAUCAGAGGUCGACCAGCUCCUGAAAUCAGAUGGGAAAAAGUCGAUGGCAAAAUUAAAGAUACAGCUCAGAUAGAGAUGACAAGUAGUUUUACCUCCCUUGUCAUUGAUAAUGUUAACAGACUGGAUAGUGGGAAGUACACUGUUACAGCUGAAAAUAUUUGUGGUGUCAAGACUGCUAUAAUCAGUGUCAAAGUACUUGACACACCAAGUGCACCUUUAAACCUUAAAGUAAAUGAAAUUACUAAGGAGUCUGUAACACUUAUGUGGGAACCUCCAGCAUUGGAUGGUGGUGCAAAAAUAAAAAACUAUAUUAUUGAGAAACGCGAAAGCACAAGAAAGGCUUAUGCAGCUGUUGUCACCAAUUGCCACAGAACUACCUGGAAGAUUGAACCACUUCAAGAGGGGUGCAAUUAUUAUUUUAGAGUGCAUGCUGAGAAUGAAUAUGGUGUUGGAUUACCUGCAGAAACUGUUGAUUCUGUAAAAGUAUCAGAGGUACCUCAAGCGCCUAAGAAAUUUACUGUUGUUGAUGUCACAUGCAAAAGUGUUUCUCUUGCAUGGGAAAAGCCUGAUCAUGAUGGUGGCAGCAAAAUUGUACAGUAUCUUGUGGAAAUGCAAGUCAAAGGCAAUGAAAAAUGGUCUGGGUGUGCAACUGUGAAAACAUUGGACACUGUUGUCACUAAUUUAAUUCAGGGAGAGGAGUAUAUGUUCAGAGUUAUUGCUAUCAAUGAAAAAGGAAAAAGUGACCCAACAUCUCUUGCUGUCCCAGUGCAGGCUAAGGACCUUGUUAUUGAUCCAGAUGUAAGGCCUGCAUAUAGCAAUUAUAGUGUACUAACUGGAAAAGACCUCAAAGUAGAAAUACCUAUUUCUGGACGUCCAAAACCAAAAAUUAUUUGGACUAAGGGUGGGUUAGCUCUUAAAGAAACAACAAGAGUUAAUGUUAUCAAUACUGCACACCACACAACUCUUAACAUAAAAGAAAUAACAAAGGAUGAUGGUGGGAUAUAUGGAAUUACUGCUUCUAAUGUUGUUGGGCAGAAAGAUGCAACUAUACUAAUUAUUACUCUGGAUAAGCCAGACCCACCAGCUGGGCCUGUUAGAUUUGAUGAGAUCAGUUCACAAAGUGUUACAAUUUCCUGGGAUCCACCAAAGUACUUUGGUGGCUGCCAUAUUUCAAACUACAUCGUGAAAAAACGGGACAUAACCACUACUGAUUGGGAGAAUGUGUCAACGACUGUACCAAGAACCACCUUGAAAGUUACCAGAUUAAAGACUGGGGCGGAAUAUCAGUUUAGAAUCAUUGCUGAAAAUCGGUAUGGUAAAAGUCACGCAUUGGACUCUGCUUCUGUGACUGUCCAGUAUCCUUUCAAAGUACCUGGUCCACCUGGGACUCCAUUUGUCUCCUCAUUAUCAAGGAAUCACAUGAUUGUGGAGUGGCAUGAACCAAUUACGGAUGGAGGUACUAGUAUUAUAGGCUACCAUCUUGAAAGAAAAGAGAGAAAUAGCAUUUUGUGGACAAAAAUUAGUAAGACACUAAUUCAAGACACUUAUUUUAAAACUAGUCCUCUAGACGAAGGUGUUGUGUAUGAGUUCAGAGUUUUUGCUGAGAAUGUUGUAGGCAUUGGCAGAUGCAGUAAAAUUUCUGAGGGAUAUGUAGCAUGUGACCCGUGUGACCCUCCUGGAACCCCAGAGGCUAUUAUUGUGAAUAAGAACUCAAUCACAAUUCAGUGGGCAAAACCAGAGUAUGAUGGAGGCAGCAUAAUUACUGGCUACAUAGUGGAGAAGCGCGAUUUACCAGAUGGACGCUGGAUGAAGGCUAACUUUACAAAUGUAACUGAAACUCAAUUUACAGUAUCUGGACUAACUGAAGACUCCAAGUAUGAUUUCAGAGUAAUUGCAAAGAAUGCUGCUGGUACUAUUAGUAAACCAUCUUAUAACACUGGACCUAUCACUGCAAGGGAUGAAGUUGAGCCUCCAAGACUUUCACUUGAUCCAGAAUACAGUCAAGCUGUUGUUGUCAGUGCAGGCGGUACAUUUAAGCUUGAUGCUGAUGUCUAUGGAAAGCCCACACCAAUGGUCCAGUGGUUCAAGGGUGACAAGGGGAUUGAAAAUACGCUGAGAUGUGAGAUCAAAAAAACGGACCUUAGAACAAUACUUACUGUUAAAGAUGCUAUCAAAACAGAUAGUGGUCACUAUUAUUUGCAGGUCACUAAUGUAGCUGGCACUAAAAUUUUUAAAUUUUUUGUAAAAGUAUUAGACAGCCCUGGACCUUGUGGAGGGAUGCUAAAUGUAUCUGCUGUGACUUCUGAAACAUGUACAUUGUCAUGGCUUCCUCCAGAACAUGAUGGAAACAGCAAUAUUUCUCACUACAUCAUUGAAAGGAGGGAGACAAGCCGCCUUGCAUGGACUGUAGUUGCUAGUAAAUGUGAUGUCACAUCAUUUAAAGUAAGCAAUCUUCUGGAAGGAAAUGAAUAUAUAUUUCGUGUUAUAGCUGUAAAUAGCUAUGGUGUUGGUGAACCGCUAGAAUCAUCACCUGUGAUAAUCAAGAAUCCAUUUUUACUUCCUGGAUCACCACAAGUUGUAGAAGUAACUAAUAUAGCAAAAGAUUCUAUGACUGUUUCCUGGAGUAGCCCAGAAUCUGAUGGUGGAAGUGAAAUUACUGGAUACAUCAUAGAGAAGAAAGAUAAGACUGGAAUCAGGUGGACAAAAUGUAAUCGACAAACUAUCACAGAUUUAUCAUUCAGAGUGACAGGAUUGACCGAAGAUCAUGAGUAUGAGUUUAGAAUUUCUGCUGAAAACAUGGCAGGACUUGGAGAACCAAGUUUACCAACAUCGUACUACAAAGCCUGCAAUCCAAAAUUCAAGCCUGGUCCACCAACCCAUGUCCAUUUGACUGACACUACAAAGAACUCAGUUUCAUUAGCAUGGGGGAAACCAAUUUAUGAUGGUGGAUGUGUUAUUCAGGGAUACAUUGUGGAGAUCUGCAAAGCUGAUGAAGAGGAAUGGAUAAUGUGCACACCAGCAACUGGCCUUCCCUAUAAUAAACUUGAAAUCACAAAGCUUACAGAAAAUAUAGAAUACAAAAUUCAGGUUUGUGCUAUUAACAAACUAGGUGUUGGUGAACCAGCUGCUAUUCCUGGAACUGUUAAAGUGCAGGACAAAAUAGAGCCCCCAGGACUUACAAUUGACUCUGAACUGAGGAAAGGAAUUAUAGUGCGUGCAGGAGAGUCAAUAAGAAUAAAUAUACCAUUCAGAGGAAGACCCACUCCCAAGAUUAACUGGACAAAGGAUGAAAAAGAAUUGACAGAUAAGGUCCACAUUGAGAAGCGGCUUGAUUAUACCCAACUCUCAAUUGAUAAAUGUGACAGAAAUGACACUGGAAAAUACACUUUGAGACUGGAAAAUAGCAGUGGCAUUAUAUCAGAACUUUUGUCUGUGAAAGUACUGGAUACACCUGGGGCACCAAUGAAUUUGGCUGUGAAAGAUAUAAAGAAAGAUUCUGUCAUUCUCGAAUGGGAACCACCGCUUAUUGAUGGAGGAGCUAAAAUAAAACAUUUUAUUGUUGAAAAGCGUGAAUCAACAAGGAGAGUAUAUGUCAAUGUCACUGCAAAGUGUGACAAGACGUUUUAUAAAGUAGAUAACCUCACUGAAGGAGCCAUGUAUUACUUUAGAGUUAUGGCUGAAAAUGAAAAUGGAAUUAGCCAUCCAGUUGAAACAAAAAAUCCAGUUAAAGUGUCUGAGGUCCCGCUUUCAGUAGGAAAAGUCAUUUUGACAAAUGUAACUAAAGUUUCUGCUUCUUUAGCAUGGGAAAAACCUGAACAUGAUGGAGGUAGCAGGAUCAUAGGCUAUCUAAUUGAAAUGCAGCCAAAAGGAUCAGACAAAUGGAGUGUAGCAGCAUCAACUAAAACAUGUGAAGGUACUGCUGAAGGAUUAGUAUCUGGUCAGGAAUACUUCUUUCGUGUUUUAGCAUACAAUGAGAAAGGAAAGAGCAUUCCUAUGCUAUUAGCUGCUCCAGUUAUCGCCAAGGAUUUGAGUACUGAACCCAUGUUAAAAUUAAUGUUCAAUACCUACAGCAUCCGGUCUGGAGAUGAUCUUGCAAUAGAAUUACAUAUUAUUGGAUGCCCCAAACCUAAAAUUCUUUGGAAGAAAGAUGGACAAUCACUAAAACAGACAUCAAGAGUAAGUUUCUUAAACACACCUAAUACUACAACCCUUAAAAUAAAGGAGGCUAACAAAGAUGAUUUGGGCAAGUACACAGUUACAGCAACCAAUGAUGCUGGUGUUGCAACAGAAGAAAUUGGGCUCAUUAUACUUGACAAGCCUGGUCCACCGACAGGACCCAUUAAAAUCAAUGAUGUUAGUAAUAAUUCUGUUACAAUAUCAUGGGAACCUCCAGUGUACACAGGUGGUUGUCAAAUAAAAAAUUACAUUGUUGAAAAACGGGACACAACUACCACAGCCUGGCAAGUUGUGUCAGCAACUGUAUCAAGAGCAACUAUGAAAAUUACUAAACUUGCAACAGGUUCAGAAUUCCAGUUUAGAGUUUCUGCAGAAAACAGAUAUGGAAAGGGUUCUUCAUUGGACUCAAAAGCAAUUGUUGUACAGUAUCCUUACAAGCCCCCAGGACCACCUGGUACUCCCUUUGUCACAUCAGUGACAAAGGAUGACAUGGUUGUUCAAUGGAAUGAACCAGUUAAUGAUGGUGGGAGUAGAGUUACUGGCUAUCACCUUGAAUGUAAAGAAAGAAACAGCAUUCUCUGGACUAAAUUGAACAAAAUAUUAAUUGUUGAUACAAUCUUCAAAGUAAACAAUCUUGAAAAAGGCUGUGGAUAUGAAUACAGAGUUUUUGCUGAAAAUAUUGUUGGUAUUGGUAGAUCAAGUAAGGUUUCUGAAUGCUUUGUGGCCCUUGAUCCAUGUGAUCCGCCUGGAACACCCGAGCCAAUAUUCAUCUCAAAAAAUCAAGUGACACUUCAAUGGACAAAGCCACAAUAUGAUGGUGGCAGCAAAGUGACUGGUUACGUUGUAGAAAAGAAAGAUUUACCUGAAGGUCGCUGGAUGAAGGCCAGCUUUACAAAUAUCAUUGAGACUGAGUUCACUAUAACAGGAUUAACAGAAAAUGAAAAAUUUGAAUUUAGAAUAAUUGCAAAAAAUGCAGCUGGUAAUUUCAGUGAGCCCUCUGACAGCAGUGGACCGAUUACUGUUACAGAUGAAAUCGAAUCCCCGAGAGCAUCAAUGGAUCCAAAAUACAAGGAUGUCAUUUUUGUUAAUGCUGGGGAAACUCUUGUUAUUGAGGCUGACAUCUAUGGAAAACCAGCACCUGAAGUUUUAUGGAAAAAAGAUGGAAAUAAAAUAGAUAAGAGUACUCGAAGAAAUGACAUAAAGCAUGCAAUCAAAAACACAUCACUCACAGUUAAGGACUGUAUUAGAGAGGACAGUGGUAAUUAUACCCUCACUCUAAGUAAUGCUGGUGGAAUAAAAACAAUACCUAUCACAGUUAAGAUUCUUGAUAGACCUGGACCACCAGAAGGUGUUCUCAAGGUGACUGAUGUAACUGCAGAUUCAUGUCUACUGUCAUGGAAUGAUCCUUUACAAGAUGGUGGUGCAAGUGUUAUUCAUUACAUUAUUGAGAAAAGGGAAACUAGUAGGUUGUCAUGGACUAUAGUUGAAUCAGAUAUUCAAGCAUUUAGUUAUAAAGUGACUAAUCUUUUGGCUGGUAAUGAAUAUGUCUUUCGAAUUAAGGCAGUUAACAAAUAUGGAGUAGGUGAGCCACUUGAGUCUGAACCAGUAACAGCCUGCAAUCCCUUCAAACCACCCAGUGCACCAUCCAUACCUGAAAUAACUGCUAUAACAAAGGAUUCUAUGGUUAUUAAAUGGAAUCAACCGGAGAAUAAUGGUGGAUCAGAAAUUUACGGAUACCAUCUUGAGAAACGAGACAAAGAUGGUGUUAGAUGGACAAAAUGUAAUAGAAGUAAACUCAGUGACUUACAUUUCAAAGUAAAUGGACUCACUGAAGGACAUUUUUAUGAGUUUAGAGUCUCUGCUGAAAAUGAGGCUGGUGUGGGACAGUUAAGUGAACCAUCAAUGUUCUAUAGGGCAUGUAAUGCUGCAUGUGCACCUGGUCCACCAACGCAUCCAAAAGUGACUGACCACACAAGUACAACUGUAUCCCUAGCUUGGAGCAAACCUGAUGAUGAUGGUGGUGCAUACAUUAAGGGAUACCUCGUUGAAAUGAAGGAGGUUACACGGGGAGAAUGGACGAUCUGUACACCUUCAACUGGCAUACAAGCAACAAAGUUUACUGUAGAUAAACUAAAAGAAAACCAUGAAUACAACUUCCGUAUCUGUGCAUUUAAUGCUGAAGGAGUUGGAGAACAUGCUGAUAUCCAUAGCUGUGUUGCUGCUGUUGAAAAGCAUGAAGCCCCAGAGAUUGAACUUGAUGCAGACCUAAGAAAAGUAGUUUCUAUACAUGCAAGUGGAACACUUCGCCUUUUUGUCACAAUUAGAGGAAGACCUGAACCUAAAAUCAAAUGGGAAAGAGCAGAAGGAUUGUUGACUGAACGAGCACAAAUUGAAACCACAAGUUCAUACACUAUGCUUGUAAUUGACAAUGUAAACAGAUUUGACAGUGGCAGAUACAUCUUAAGUCUUGAAAAUGAAAGUGGCACAAAGUCAGCCUUUGUCAAUGUCAGAGUACUCGACUCCCCAAGUGAACCUCUUAAAUUUGAAAUUAAAGAUAUAAUGAGAAAUUCAGUAACUAUCUCUUGGGAGCCUCCUCUUAGUGAUGGAGGAGCUAAGAUAACUAAUUAUAUUGUAGAGAAACGUGAAUCUUCAAGAAUGGCCUACACUACUGUUACAAGUAACUGCACUAGGAAUUCAUUCAGAGUUGAUGAGUUGCAAGAGGGAUGUCUUUACUACUUCCGUGUUUUAGCUGUCAAUGAACAUGGUGUUGGUUUGGCUGCAGAAACUAAAGACCCAGUUAAGAUUGCUGAAGUACCUAUGCCACCUAGUAAAGUUUCACUGCUUGAUGUAACGCGCAACAGUGUAAUUCUCUCUUGGAAGAAACCUGAUCAUGAUGGUGGUAGCAAAAUUUUAUGCUACAAUGUAGAAAUGCAAACUAAGGGUAGUGAAAAAUGGACUGUAAGCACUACUGUUAAGGUGUUGGAAGCAACAAUAACUGGUCUCGUGUCAGGUGAAGAGUAUUCUUUCCGGGUCAUUGCUUUGAAUGAGAAGGGAAAGAGCAAUCCCAAAGAAUUAGGUGUUCCUGUGAUUGCAAAGGACAUUGAAAAUGAACCUACUAUUGAUUUGAUCUUCAACACAUACAGUGUGAAAGCUGGAAAGGAUCUCGCAAUUGAAAUUCCAUUCAACGGCAGGCCUAAACCCAUUGUUUCAUGGAAAAAGGAUGGUCUUCCUCUAAAGCAGACAACUUCACUAACAAUUCUCACUUCUGUAACAUCUGCAAAACUUUUAUUCAAGGAAGCUACCAGAGAGCAUGUUGGAAAAUAUGACCUCACUAUAGCUAAUGCCGCUGGCACUAAGACAGCUGAAAUUGCUGUCUUUGUCCUUGAUAAGCCUGGCCCACCAGCUGCAAUUAGAAUAGAUGAUGUGAGUGCUGAAAGUAUAUCAUUAUCUUGGGACCCACCUGCGUAUGAUGGUGGAUGUCACAUCAGUAACUACAUUGUAGAAAAGAGAGAUACUAACACAAAUGUAUGGCAAAUUGUGUCAUCAACAGUUGCAAGAACAUCUAUCAAAAUAUCUCAAUUAAUUAAUGGUUCUGAAUACCAGUUCCGUGUUUAUGCUGUGAACCGUUAUGGAAGGAGCCAUUCCAUAGAUUCUUCAAGUAUUACUGCAGAGUAUCUAUUUAAGCAGCCUGGACCCCCUUCUACACCACAGGUUGCCCAAGCAAGUAAAACUUUUAUGCUGGUCAAAUGGAAUGAACCAGUGAAUGAUGGUGGUAGUGAAGUCCUUGGAUAUCACAUAGAAGUCAAAGAAAGAAGUAGCAUUCUCUGGACAAAGUUAAACAGAAGUCUCAUUAGGGAUACAGAAUUUAGAGUUACUGGCAUAGAAGAGGGUUCGUUUUAUGAAUAUCGUGUUUAUGCUGAAAAUAUUGCUGGCAUUGGCAAAUGCAGUAAAAUCUCAGAACCUGUGGCUGCAAGAGAUCCAUGUGAUCCUCCAGGCCAACCUACAGUUACAAAUAUAACUAGAACAUCGGUUUCACUGUCUUGGACAAAACCAGAAUAUGAUGGUGGGGCAAAAGUUACGGGUUACAUAAUUGAACGCAAGGAAGAGGAACGAUGGCUGAGGUGCAAUUUCACUAAUAUCCAGGAAACAUACUUUGUUGUUACAGGCCUUACCGAAAACCAGAAAUAUGAUUUUCGGGUUAUUGCUAAAAAUGCUGCUGGAUUAUUCAGUGAGCCAUCAAAUUGCACAGGUCCUGUAACGAUUAAAGAUGAUGUAGAGCCACCACGGAUUAUGAUAGAUGCCAAGUUUAAAGAAGUAGUUGCUGUGAAAGCUGGUGAGAACUUGAAAAUUACUGCAGAUUUUUCUGGGCGCCCUCUCCCAGUUAUUUCUUGGGCGAAAGAUGGGAAAGAGAUUGAGGUUAGAGCUAGAGUUAAUAUUGUUUCAACAGACGCUUGUACAUCAGUUAUUAUUAAAGACUGCAUCAGAAGUGACUCAGGACAGUAUGUGUUGACAUUACAGAAUGUGGCAGGAAUUAAAUCAUUCCCUGUGAACUGCAAGGUGCUUGACAGGCCUGGACCAUCAGCAGGGCCAUUAGAGGUAACUGAUGUAACUGCCGAAAAAUGUAUGCUGGCCUGGGGGCCACCUCAAGAAAAAGGUGGUUCAGAAAUUUCCCACUUCAUUGUUCAAAAACGAGAAACAAGCCACCUUGCUUGGACUUUGGUACAUGGAGACCUGAAAGCAACUACAUGUAGAGUUACUAACCUACAAGAAGGAAAUGAAUAUAUCUUUAGAGUUUUAGGUGUGAACAAGUUUGGAAUUGGUGAAGCUUUAGAGAGUGAUCCGAUAAAACCUACAGAUCCAUUUACUGCCCCAUCUCCGCCCACACAUGUUAAGAUUACAGAUGUAAGCAGUGAGGCAAUGACAAUCUGCUGGGAAAAACCAGUCACAGAUGGAGGCAGUGCAGUUUGUAACUAUGUUAUUGAAAAACGUGAGAAGUCAGGUCUGCAUUGGGUUCGUGUGAACAGAGAAUGUGUUUGUGACCUCACUUUCCAAGCAACCAAACUACAUAAAGGAUGCCAGUAUGAGUUCCGUGUUUAUGCAGAAAAUGCUGCUGGUUUAAGUCUCCCAAGUGACCCAAGUCCAUUAACUAAGGCAGAGGACCCACAAUGUGUGCCAUCCCCACCUUCUAAGCCAAAAGUUAUUGAUUCAACAAAGAAUUCUAUCACGAUAAUAUGGAACAAGCCACUGAAGGAUGGGGGAAGCCCUGUCACUGGAUACAAUGUGGAAUAUAAGAAAACAGGAGAAGAAGACUGGAUAGUGGCUGCUGAAAAUACGAAAAACACUGAAUAUACUGUUGCUGGACUUACAUCUGGAGCAGAAUAUGUGUUUGUUGUCAAAUCUGCAAACAAGAUCGGUGUAAGUGACCCUAGCUCACACUCCGUUCCUCAAGUUGCAAAGGAAAGAGUAGAAGAGCCAACUUUUCAAGUUGAUAAAGAAAUGCAAAGGACAUUGCUUGUGAAGCAUAGUACUUCAUUUACUCUGAAAGUACAAUUCAAAGGAAAACCAGUUCCGAGCGUAAUGUGGCAAAAAGAAGAUGUCAAUCUGAAAGAGAGUGCGACCAUCUAUACAAAUGAUAAUUCUACAUCAAUCACAGUAGAAAAAGCAACAAGAAAUGAUUCUGGAAAGUACACUGUAACACUGGAGAACAGUAUUGGCACUGCUGCAUUGACUCUGGAUGUAAAAGUUCUCGAUUCCCCUGGGCCUCCUUCAAAACUUGUCAUUAAAGAGGUGACUAAAGACUCUGUAAUACUGACAUGGGAUGCUCCAGACAAUGAUGGAGGUGACCCUGUUAAAAACUACCAUGUAGAGAAACAUGAAGCAAGCAAAAAGGCAUGGGUUAGUGUCACGAACAACUGCCACCAUCUAACCUAUGAAGUGACAAACCUGCAAGAAGGAGCCUUUUACUACUUCAGAGUCACUGGAGAGAAUGAGUUUGGAGUUGGUGUGCCAUGUGAGACAAAGGAUGGAAUUAAAGUUACAGAAAAACCCAGCACACCCACAAAGUUUGGAGUCACUGAAGUAACAAAGGAUAGUGUUUCACUGGCUUGGAAUAAACCAGAGCAUGACGGAGGUAGCAGGAUAAGCAGUUAUGUAAUUGAUGCUCUUGAAAAAGGACAGAAAAAGUGGGUGAAGUGUGCUGUGGUCAAGACAACCCACUAUGUUGUUCAAGGUUUAAGGGAAAAUGCUGAAUAUUUCUUCAGAGUCUGUGCUGAAAAUUAUGCUGGCCUAAGUGAGCCAAAAGAGUUGAUUACACCUGUGAUUGUUAAAGAUAAACUUGAAUCCCCUGAGUUCGACCUAAAGAACUUCCCUCAUAAUACUGUUUAUGUCAGAGCUGGAUCAAAUCUCACAUUUGAAAUCCCUCUUACUGGAAAGCCUCUACCAAAGGUUACUAUUUCAAAAGAUAAUGUUGCAAUGAAAGUAACAAAGAGAUUUAACUUUGAAGUAACUUUUGAAAGUUUAAUAGUUAAUCUUAAAGAAAGUAUUGCAAAUGAUGCUGGAAGGUACGACAUCAUUGCAUCCAACAAGGGGGGAAUUACUAAGACUUUUGUGAAUAUUUUGGUCCUGGAUAGACCUGGUCCUCCAGUUGGACCUGUUGAAAUCAUUGAUGUCUCUGAAGACAGUGUGAGUCUCCAGUGGCUUUCCCCAGUCUAUAAUGGUGGUAGCCCAGUUACCAACUACGUAAUAUUGAAACGUGAAACAAGUACUUCUGCUUGGACAGAGGUAUCAUCUACAGCUGCAAGAAGUGCAAUAAAUAUAACUAAGCUGACCAAAGGGGAGGAGUAUCAGUUCAGAAUCAAGGCAGAAAAUCGCUUUGGCAUCAGUGAUCAUAUUGACUCCAAAGCUGUGACAGUCAAACUUCCAUACAAGAUUCCUGGGCCUCCUUCAACUCCAUGGGUAACAAUGGUGUCAAGGGAGAGUCUCACUGUCUGCUGGCAUGAACCUGUCUCGGAUGGAGGGAACCCUGUUUUUGGAUACCAUUUACAUAUGAAAGAGAGAAGCAGCACCGUGUGGCAGAAGGUUAACAAAACACCCAUCCAUGCCACACAGUUCAGAGUGACAAGCAUUUGUCCUGGCUUGAUCUACGAGUUCAAGGUUGCAGCAGAAAAUGCUGCCGGCAUUGGCAAAAUCAGCAAGACCUCAGAUGAAGUCCUUGCAAUUGAUGCUUGUGAGCCUCCAGCUAAUGUGCGCAUCUCUGACAUAACAAAGAGCUCCAUCACUCUUGUCUGGCAGAAGCCUCCAUAUGAUGGUGGAAGCAAAAUUACAGGAUACAUUGUUGAGAGGAGAGAUGCUCCAAAAGGCAGAUGGACAAAGGCUAACUUCACUAAUGUCACUGAGACUAAUUUUACAAUAUCAGGCUUGUCUACUGAUGAGCUCUAUGAAUUCAGAGUCUUUGCAAAGAAUUCACUGGGUUCCAUAAGCAAUCCAUCUCUUACUGCAGGACCAGUCAAAUGUGUUGAUGCACAUGGGGCUCCUGAGAUUGACCUACCGCCAGAAUAUUUGGAUGUCAUCAAAUACAUGGCUGGAAACAUUGUCAAGAUUCAAGUUGGAAUUAUUUCUAAGCCAUUACCAGUAAUUGAGUGGUAUAAGGACGGAAAAGAAUUGGUAUCAAGUUCUCAGCUCUCAAUUGAAACCACAACAGAUGCAUCUGGAAUUGUCAUCAAGGAUGCCAAUCGUCUAGACAGUGGAACCUAUGAAAUAAAAAUAAAAAAUGUUGCAGGCUCUACAUCAGCUUCAGUCAGAGUACAGAUUCUUGAUAAACCUGGACCUCCUGGCAGAACCAUUCAGUUCAAGACAAUCACAGCUGAUAAGAUCACCUUCACAUGGGAUCCUCCAGUAGACGAAGGUGGUGCCAUAGUUACCCACUAUGUUGUUGAAAAACGUGAAACAAGCAGAGUUGCAUGGUCAGUAAUAUCUGAGGAGUUGGAGGAAUGCUAUAUAUCAGUUGAAAAACUCAUCAGAAACAAUGAGUACAUCUUUCGUGUCCGAGGUGUCAAUAAGUAUGGAAUUGGUGACCCUCUAGAAUCUGAGCCAGUUAUUGCUAAAGAUGCCUUCGUUGCACCGGGACAACCCGCUAUGCCAUAUGCAGCUAGCAUUACCAGGUCAUCAAUGACAGUUGUCUGGGAGAAACCAAGCGUGGAUGGUGGCAUUGAAAUAAUUGGAUAUUUCUUGGAAAAACGAGACAAAAAGUGUUUACGUUGGCAAAAAGUGUUCAAAGACCCUAUAUGUGCCAUGACACAAAAAGUACAGGAUCUUACAGAAGGCAAGGAAUAUCAAUAUCGUGUCUGUGCACUGAAUCAGGCUGGAGAAGGACCAUACUCUGAUGUAUCUGAUUUUUACAGAGCUGCUGAUCCAAUUGAUCCACCAGAUGAACCAACCAAAAUUAAAGUCCUUGACUCAACGAAAACAUCAAUCAUACUCGGCUGGGGAAAGCCACAAUAUAAUGGCGGUAGUGAGAUCACUAGUUAUGUUAUUGAAAAGAGAUUGGCUGAGGAAAAUGAAUGGGUCAUAAUUAGCUCCAAGGGUGAAGUUAGAACAACAGAGUAUGUGGUGUCACACUUGAAACCUGGAAUUGACUACUUCUUCCGUGUAGCUGCUGUUAACUGUGCUGGACGUGGAAAACCACUUGAGAUGACUGAGCCAGUGCAAGCUAAAGAUAUUCUUGCGGAAGCUGAGGUAGACGUUGAUGUUACUAUGAGAACUCAAUAUACAGUGAAAGCUGGGACUGAUGUGGAAAUCAUGGUUCCACUCAAAGGCAGGCCUGCCCCAAGCAUCACCUGGAAAAUAGGAGACAAGGACAUAAGCUGUGAUCCAAGAUAUGACAUCCACAACAGUGAAUCUUCAACUGUACUUUUCAUUCAACAAGUUACUCGCAAUGACACAAACAAAUAUCGUCUUGAAUUUGAAAAUGGUGUUGGAACGCCGAAGACGGUAACAAUAUCUGUUAAAGUACUUGCCACUCCAUCAGCUUGCCAGAAACUGACAGUAAAAAAGGUCACUCGUGGGAAAGUCACACUCAGUUGGGAGCAACCCCUUCUUCAUGGUGGUGCACCAGUUGCUAAUUACAUAAUAGAGAAGAGAGACUCUACAAAGCGGUCAUAUUCAAGCGUAACUACAAAGUGUCCCAGUACAACAUAUGAUAUUGAAGAUCUCUCUGAGAAAUCACUAUAUUUCUUCCGUGUGUCAGCAGAGAAUGAACAUGGAGUAGGUGAUCUUUGUGAAACAACAGAACCUGUUAGGGCCACUGAAACACCUGGACCAGUUAAAGAUAUAUUAAUGAAAGACUCCACUAAAGCAUCAGUAGUUUUACAGUGGAGUAAGCCUGAUCAUGACGGUGGCAGCAUCAUAUCUGACUAUGUAAUUGAAAAGAGAUUAAAGGAUGAAGAAGAAUGGACAUUUGCUGGUACCAGCAAAAUAUGUGAAUAUGAGGUCAAAAAUCUUAAAGAAUUAGCAGUGAUGGAGUUCAGAGUAUGCUCCAAGAAUGAGAAAGGGCAAAGUGACUUCACUGAAUUUGGACCUAUCACUGUUAAGGAGUUUAUUAUUCCACCUGAGGUAGACCUAUCAGGUUGCCCAAAAGGAGAAAUCCAUGUGCGCAUUGGACAUAAUGUACAUAUUGAGUUACCAUACAAAGGUAAACCAAGACCAGGCAUGGAGUGGCUAAAGGACAACUUACCCCUGAAAGAAAGUCAACAGGUUCGCUUCAGAAGAACAGCUGACAAAAUUACUCUUAUGAUAAAAAAUUUAACAAAGCAUAAUGCUGGAAAGUAUACUCUAGUUCUCGACAACAAAGUGUGUAGGAAGCUCUUCCACAUAAAAGUCAUUACUCUUGGACCACCUUCAAAGCCUACUGGCCCAGUUCGAUUGGAUGAAAUUAGAGCAGAGAGCAUAAUAAUAUCUUGGGAUGAACCAAAUGAUGACGGGGGUGGAGAAAUCACUUCCUACACAGUGGAGAAAUGUGAUAUUUCCCAAACUGAUUGGAAGAUGGCUUGUUCAAAUGUAACUGGAACAACAUUUAAGAUACCCAACUUGAUUGCAGGAGUGGCAUAUCAAUUCAGAGUUUGUGCAGAAAAUAGAUAUGGUGUGAGUGAGCCCCUCUUUUCGCAAAAUGUGAUUGCUAAACACCAGUACAGACCACCAGGUGCCCCAGGAAAGCCAGUUGUUUACAAUGUUACAAAUGAUGGCAUGAACAUUCGGUGGGAUGCACCAGUUUUUGAUGGUGGCUCCCCAAUAAUGGGCUUCCAUAUUGAAAAGAAAGAGAAGAACAGUAUUAUGUGGCAGAAAGUAAACCUAACAAUAAUAAAAGAACAAGAUUACAGAAUUAUUGGCCUCAUUGAAGGACUUGAGUAUCAAUUCAGGGUCUCUGCACAGAAUGACUGUGGCAUCAGUCGGGUCAGUGAAGCCAGCAAACUCACUAUGGCUGCAUCUCCAGUCGAUCCACCAGGAACUCCUGACUACAGCGAUGUAACAAGUGAAUCUGUCACACUGAAGUGGGAUGCUCCUAAGCAUGAUGGAGGCAACAAAAUUGUUGCUUAUAGUGUUGAGAAACGGCAAGACAAAGAUCGUUGGCUGAAAUGCAGCUUCAUAGAUGUUGCUGAGUGCCAGUUUACAGUGACUGGCCUUACAUGUGGAGAACGCUAUGAGUUUAGAGUGUUUGCCAGAAAUGCAAUUGGAACAACCAGUCCACCUUCCCAGUCUUCUGGCUAUAUUGUAGUUAGAGAUGAAAGCGUUGCUCCCAACAUUGAUAUUGGAAAGGAGUAUUUUGAGGGUCUCACAGUCAAAGCAGGAGAUAAUAUCAGACUUAAGGUUAAUGUCACUGGGCGCCCUGCACCUCAUGUCAAGUGGUUUAAGGAUGGAAAAGAAAUUGGCAGGAGAAUGAUGAUUGAAAUCACAACAAGCAAUGGGUCAAGCAUGCUUUUCAUCCGAGAUGCUGACCGUAACCAUUGUGGAGUGUAUAGCGUAGAGGCCAAGAAUGCCUCGGGAAGUAAAAAAGAGGAUAUUCACGUACAAGUCUUAGAUUCACCUGGAGAACCAGCAGGAACUAUUGUUUUUACAAAUAUCUCAGAGGAAAGCGUAACACUCUCAUGGAAUCCCCCUAAAAAUGAUGGUUGUUCUGCUAUCACUAAUUACAUUAUUGAGAAACGUGAGACGUCAAAGGUUUCUUGGACUCUUGUUGCAGACCAUUGUGAAAACUGCUCAUAUACAGUCUCUAAGUUGAUCAAGGGCAAUGAAUAUCAAUUUCGGGUUUCUGCAGUCAACAAGUUUGGUGCUAGCAGAUCAUUGGAAUCAGAUCCCAUCACUAUACAAAUGCAAUUUGCUGUUCCAGAAGCUCCAGGAACCCCUGAUCCUACCAGUAUCACUGGAGAUAGCAUAAUGCUCGCUUGGACAAUACCAAAAUAUGAUGGUGGAAAUGAAAUAAAGUACUACAUUCUUGAAAUGCGUGAGAAAAAGAAAAUGCAUUGGAUGAAGGUUUUAUCAAAAAUACCUAUCACUGAGCCAUUACACAAAGUAACAAAUCUCACUGAAGGCAGUGAAUAUCAAUUCCGUGUAUCAGCUGUCAAUGAUGCUGGGAUCGGACCACCUUGCAACACAUCAGAAUUUAUAAGAUGUAGUAAGCCAAUAAGCACUCCUAGUGCUCCAACUGUCAUGAAUGUAACUGAUUCCUCAAAGACCUCUGUCAGCCUAGAAUGGACCAAACCUCUGUUUGAUGGUGGUAUGGAGAUCAGUGGUUAUAUUAUUGAGAUGUGUAAAGUAAGCACUGGUGACUGGCGUAAAAUAAAUGCUGAAAAUUGCACCAAUACUAAAUACACUGCAACUGAUUUGGAGCCUGGCGAAGAAUAUAAUUUCCGCGUCUGUGCAGUAAAUGGAGCUGGAAGGGGAGAAACUCGUGAAAUACUUCAACCAACAAAAGCCCUGGACAGACUUGCAUCACCAGAAAUAGACAUUGAUGCCAGCUUCAAACAGACACAUAUUGUGAAGAAGGGCACCACCAUCCGUCUUCAUGUAGGAUUUAAAGGAAAUCCUGCCCCUGUGUCUACAUGGAAAAAAGAGGUUGGGGAGUUUAGUGUAAUGGCAGAUAUUAAUACUACAGAAAAUUGUAGCACCUUAACAAUUGACAACUGUAACAAAUAUGAUUCUGGAAAGUACUCUCUUUCUCUUGAAAACAGUAGUGGAAGCAAAUCAAUUACAUUUACAGUGAAGGUGCUGGAUACACCUGGACCCCCAGGACCAAUUACUUUGAAAGAUGUUACAAGAGGAGCUCUGACACUUAUGUGGGAUGCCCCAAUUAAUGAUGGUGGAUCCCGCGUUCUUCAUUACAUUGUAGAAAAGCGAGAAGCUAGUCGUCGUACCUGGCAACAAGUCAGUAGUAAAUGUGUUCCACAACAUUUGAGGGUUAGUGAUCUCUUAGAAGGUGUGCCGUACUUUUUCAAGGUGCUUGCUGAAAAUCAGCAUGGAUCAGGUGAAGCAUAUGAAAUGCCAGAUCCAGUUAUUGCCACUGCAGAACCAGCUCCACCUAAACGACUGGAAAUUACUGAUACAACAGAUUCUUCUGCAACUUUGACUUGGUUGAAACCUGAACAUGAUGGUGGAAGUCGCAUUACAGGCUAUAUCGUUGAAACCAAAAUAAAGGGCUCUGACAAAUGGGCUAUUGGUGGUCACACUAAAUCCUUAACCAUGGUAGUUGAUGGUCUUACGGAAAAUGCAGAAUAUGAAUUUCGUGUGAAGGCUAAGAAUGAUGCAGGCAUCAGUGACACACGAGAAGCAUUUAGCUCUGUGAUUAUAAAAGAACCCCGCAUUGCACCAACUGCUGAUCUUAGUAGCAUCACAAAUCAGCUCAUCACAUGUAAGACUGGAGGAACUUUCACCAUUGAUGUUCCCAUUAGUGGUAGACCGACUCCUAGUGUAAUUUGGAAACUUGAGGAGAUGAGACUGAAAAAAACAGACAGAGUCUCAAUAAAGACAGUGAAAAACAGGACCACCUUAUCAGUGAAAGACUGUAUGAGAGGAGAUGGAGGAAAAUACUACCUUACCCUCGAAAACAUUGCAGGAACUAAGACAUUUACUAUCACAGUAAAUGUCAUUGGACGACCUAGUGCACCAUGUAGACCAAUUGAAGUUUCAUCAAUCACAUCAGAAUCCUGUGUACUGUCAUGGGAAGAACCUGAAGAUAAUGGUGGAAGUGAUAUCACUAACUAUAUUGUUGAAAAGCGUGAAUCUGGCUCAACUGCUUGGCAGCUUGUGAACUCCAGCGUAAAGUAUAGAACAAUUAAAAUCACACAUCUUAUUAAAUACAUGGAGUACACGUUCCGUGUCUCUGCUGAAAACAGAUUUGGUGUCAGCAAACCUACUGAAACCGAAACUAUUGUAGCUGAAAAUCCAUUUGUUCCUCCAAGUGCACCAACACGACCAGAAGUACUCUCUGUUACUGCAAACAGUAUAAGCAUUCGCUGGGAAGAACCAUAUCAUGAUGGUGGCAGUAAGGUUACUGGAUACUGGAUUGAGAGGAAAGAACGCAACACCAUCCUUUGGGUGAGAGACAACAAGGUCCCAUGUUUUGAAUGCUGCUACAAAGUAAAUGAUCUUGUUGAAGGUCUUGAAUACCAAUUCAGAGUAUAUGCAAUGAAUGCUUCUGGUCUGAGUAAAGCUAGUGAAGCAUCAAGAAGGAUGGUGGCUCAGAAUCCAGUGGACCCCCCAGGAAAACCAGAAGCGACUGACCUGACAAAAUCAACUGUGUCGAUCAAAUGGUCUGUGCCACUGAAUGAUGGUGGCAGAGAAAUAGUAGGUUAUAUUGUGGAACGCAAGCCAUACAGUGCUACUGGAGAUGGCCGCUGGCUCAAGUGUAACUACACAAACAUUACAGACACCAGUUUUACUAUAACAGCACUAAGUGAAGGAGAAGUGUAUGAGUUUCGAGUUAUUGCCAAGAAUGCAGAUGGAGUCUACAGUUUGCCUUCAGAAUCAACGGGGCCAGUGACAUGCAAGGCUGAAUAUCAGCCUCCUGUGGCAGAGCUUGACAGUAAACUUCUCAAAGACACUGUCACUAUCAGAGCUGGGUCAGACCUUGUUCUUGAUGCAGCCAUUGGUGGUAAACCUGAACCUAAAGUCUUCUGGGCAAAGGGAGACAAAGAUCUGGAGCUUUGUGAAAAGUAUACCCUGCAGUAUACAAAGAGCCGUGCCAUGGCUAUCAUCAAGUUCUGUGAUAGAAAUGAUUCUGGAAAAUACAUUCUGACUGUAAAGAAUGCCAGUGGAGUCAAGACAGCUGCUGUCAAUGUUAAAGUGCUUGACACUCCUGGGCCUUGCAAGAAGAUUACAAUUACAGGAGUGACUGAGCGAAAAUGCACAGUUUCCUGGGAAAUACCCCUGGAGGAUGGUGGAGACCCAAUCUCCCACUAUAUUGUUGAACGACGUGAUACCAAUAGACUUAACUGGGUAAUAGUGGAAGCUGAGUGCAAGACUCUUUCUUGUAUUAUUACAAAUAUGAUCAAGAACCUUGAAUACGUCUUUCGUGUCCGAGGUGUGAACAAGUAUGGCCCAGGUGUUCCACUGCAAUCUGAAUCAAUUGUUGCCCGGAACUUGUUCACAAUCCCUUUACCUCCUGGAGUACCUGAAAUCACUGACGUUGGAAAAGAUUUUGCCAUUAUUCAGUGGUCAAAACCUGAAUCUGAUGGAGGCAGUGAAAUCAGUAACUAUCUUGUGGAAAAACGUGAACGAAAAAGUGUGAGGUGGAUCAAAGUUAAAGAUUUCACAAUCACAGACACAAGUUUUAAGAUUUAUGGUCUUCUAGAGGGCAACAUUUACCAGUUCCGUGUUACAGCUGUAAAUGCAGCUGGUGAAAGUGAACCCAGUGCAGUUUCACUCUAUGCUUCUUGUAGGGAACCAACAUAUACUCCAGCUCCCCCAUCUAUUCCACGUGUGGUAGAUACCACUAUAGACAGUAUAAGUCUUGUUUGGACAAGACCAGUGCAGGAUGGAGGUGCUGAUAUUCUUGGAUACAUUUUAGAGGUUCGAGAAGAUGGAAGGGAGCAGUGGAGCAAAGUUGAUGAAAAACUGAUGAGAAUCUCAGAAUACACUGCAACUGGCCUCGCUUAUAACAUGAAGUAUAGCUUUAGAGUAGCUGCAGUUAAUAUUAAUGGUGUCGGUGAGUUCAGUGAUGCUUGUACAGCCAGUGAACCUUUGGAAAGAACUGAAAUACCAGAUCUUGAGAUUGAUGAUGAAUUGAAGAAGACCAUCUGUUUGAGAGCUGGUGGUUCCCUUCGCCUUUUUGUAACUGUAACUGGAAGGCCUAUCCCUGAAGUCAAAUGGAGUAAAUCUGGUGUAGAUCUCCAGAGCCGAGGAUUCAUUGAAGUAACCGACACUCAUACAACUCUGACAAUUAAUAAAGUAAAUCGAUAUGAUGCUGGCCAAUACACCGUCGAGGCUGAGAAUCCAUCAGGCAAGAAAACAGCAACCAUCCUUGUGAAGAUUUACGAUACACCGGGACCACCAGGUCCACUUAAUAUUAAGGAUAUAACAGACAGUUCUGCUGUCAUUACAUGGGAAGCCCCAAGUGUUGAUGGUGGUGCUCCAGUAAAUAAUUAUAUUGUUGAGAGACGAGAAGCAUCAAUGAGAGCCUACAAGACAGUAACAUCUAAGUGCCAUAAGACAUCAUAUAAAGUCACUGGACUGUCAGAAGGAAUGUUUUAUUAUUUCAGAGUCUUGCCAGAAAAUAUUUAUGGCAUUGGUGAGCCACGUGAAACCAGUGAUGUUGUUCUGGCAUGUGAGGUGCCAAUGGUUCCACAAAAACUUGAAGUUAUGGAUGUAACAAAAUCCACUGUAACACUCGCAUGGGACAAACCACUUCAUGAUGGGGGCAGCAGGCUUACUGGAUAUGUCAUUGAGGCUUGCAGGUUUGGAACGGAGAAAUGGAUGAAGGUGGCUACUUUAAAAACAACUGAUUUUCAGCAUACUGUUGUAUCACUUAAUGAGAAUGAUCAGUACCUCUUCAGGGUAAGGGCCAUAAACUGCAGAGGCAUUAGUGAACCAAGAGAGACUGUGACAGCAGUAACUGUCCAGGAACAAAAAGUUUUACCUAAGAUUGAUCUCUCUGGAAUUCCUCAGAAGAUUGUCAAUGUACUAUCUGGAAAAUCAGUCGAGCUACAUAUACCGAUUGCUGGGAGUCCUGCUCCAGUUUGUUCAUGGUACUUUGGCGAUGUAAAGAUGAGGGUACGUGACCGGGUCAAAAUUGCGACCACAAAAACUUACUCGGAACUGACAGUUCGUGACGCCACAGUUGACGACACAGGCGAUUACACCCUUGAAGCGAAGAAUGCUGUAGGCACUGUUGCAGAGAUCAUCAAAGUCAUCAUUCUUGCCAAACCUGAUGAACCAAGAGGCCCCAUUAGCAUUGUUGAAUGUGAUACUACAUCGAUUACUAUAAGCUGGGAUCCACCUGAGAGGGAUGGAGGUGCCCCAGUUUGUGGCUAUGUUGUUGAGCAAAGGGAUGCUCAUCGCCCAGGAUGGUUGCCUGUGUCUGAAUCUGUCAGCAGAACUACGUUUAAGUUUAACAGAUUAACGGAGGGCAAUGAAUAUGCGUUCCGAGUUGCUGCAACUAAUCGCUUUGGAACAGGAUCUUUCUUACAAUCUGAUAUUGUGAUCUGCAAGAGCAAUAAAACAAUACCUGGGCCACCAGGAAGACCUGAAGUAUUUGAUGUUUCUCGGGAUGGCAUGACAAUUGCGUGGCACCCACCCGAGGAAGAUGGUGGAUUUGAAAUAUCUGGAUAUAUUGUUGAGCGUAAGGAAAUUAGGUCUGACAGAUGGAUACGUGCCAACAAGAAUCCAGUGACAAAGACAAGAUACAGAUCCAGUGGCCUAAUUGAAAGCCUUGAAUAUGAGCACCGAGUUACUGCUAUAAAUUCUAAAGGCACUGGAAAACCAAGUCUUGUUUCUAAAUCAGCAGUUGCAUCUGAUCCUAUUGACCCACCAGACUCACCACAGAAUCCAAGAGUCACAGAUACUACCACAACAUCUGUUUCUCUGGCCUGGAGUCCUCCAGACAAUGAGGGUGGUUCCAAAGUUGCCGGCUACUUAAUAGAAAUGCAGAGGGUCGGAACGUUUCAAUGGAUAAAAUGUAACACGACGCCCUCAUUAAUCUGUGAAUACACACUGACACAAAUGCCCCAGGGAGCUGAAUUCAAGUUCCGUGUUUCGGCAUGCAAUGCUGGCGGAUCUGGGGAGCCUGCUGAAAUCCCAGGAACAGUCAAAAUUACAGAAAUGCUUGAAUCCCCUGAUCAUGACCUGGAGGCUAAGUACAAGGAUGGAUUUGUUGUCAGACGAGGUGGAGUCAUUAGGUUAUCUAUUCCCAUCAGGGGCAAACCAAUACCAACAUGCAUGUGGACAAAAGAAGGAUAUGAUAUUUCUCAUAGGGCAAUGAUUGCUACCAGUGAAGAUCUUACUGAGCUUGUAAUUAAGGAAGCCCAAAGAAAUGACACUGGAGUAUAUAACCUUGUAUUGCAAAACAAAUGCGGCAAAAAAUUUGUUAGUAUCAACGUGAAAGUGAUAGGGCCACCAAAUCCACCAGAAGGUCCUCUUCAAAUUAAUGACAUUCAGGCUUGCUCUGUCAGACUGACUUGGAAAGCUCCUAUAGAUGAUGGAGGUUCUGAUAUACAUAGCUACAUUGUCGAAAGACGAGAGAUCCCUAAUUUGGCUUGGUACACUGUGGACUCAAAGGUUGUAGAUACAUCUCUGGUUGUCAAGGGAUUGCAAGAGAAUGUUGAGUAUCACUUCAAGGUGACAGCGGUGAAUAAGUUUGGCAUUAGUAAAUCUCUUAAAUCAGAAGAGUCUGUCACACCAAAGACACCUCUCUGUCCACCGGAACCUCCAAGUAACCCUCCAGAAGUUCUGGAUGUUACAGACAAUUCAGUCUCUCUAUUGUGGGGCAGGCCUAAAAAUGAUGGUGGCUCCUGUGUUACUGCCUAUUAUGUUGAACGCAGGGAGAGAUUCAGUGAAAAUUGGGUGCGUCAUGACACACAGGUCACAACUAACACAUACAAACUCACUGGACUCAUUGCUGAGAAGGAAUAUCAAUUCCGUGUGAUUGCCAAAAAUGAUAUUGGUGAGAGCUUGCCAGGACCCAUAUCAGAAGUGGUUUUAUGCAAAGAUCCCUUUGACAAACCAGGUCAGCCAGGAGAGAUUGAUACUGUAAAUGUGACCAAAGACUGCAUUUCUAUUCGCUGGGAGCCCCCAAGAUAUGAUGGGGGAAAACAGAUCCUUGGCUACUGGGUUGAAUACAGAAAAUCUGGAGAAAGUACUUGGAAGAAGUGCAACAAAGAAAGAUUGAAAGACACAGUGUUCACCGUGACGUGUCUUUUAGAGGCUACGGAAUAUGAGUUUAGAGUAUUUGCUGAAAAUGAAGCUGGAAUCAGCAGGCCACGCAGAACUACCGUUGGCAUAAAAACCAAAUUGAGUGUCGUACAUAAACCAGAUAUUAUGAAAGAAAUGGAAGAUGCAACGACUAAGCUUGGACAGCCAGGCACACUGAAAUGUCAGAUCACUGGAAGACCUCUUCCUGUUAUCAGGUGGUAUAGACAUGGAAAAGAAUUACUUCAGGGAAAAAAAUAUGAGAUGAACUCCGAUGGUCGCAACCACUCACUGACGAUAACAUCAGAUCAACAAGAUGAUGAAGGAGUUUAUACAUGCAAAGCUAUCAAUGAAGCAGGAGAAACUGAAACCAGUGGGAGUCUCAUUUUGGAGGCUGCUCCUAUGUUUUCUCCUGAAUAUCCUUUGAAAGAAAUUUAUCACACGGUGUGUGAUGCAAGCCUCCGUCUACAUGUUAUGUACAUUGGUCGCCCCGAGCCAAAGAUCACGUGGCUUCACAACAACGUACCUCUGCAGCCAACUGAGAAUGUCAUCAUUGAAAACACAAAACAUUAUACCCAUCUUAUCAUUAAGAAUGCACAGCGCGAGACAAGCGCAGGGAAGUACAAAGUCCGGCUGAGCAACACAUUUGGCACAGUUGAAAAACUGCUUCAUGUGGAAAUCCAAGAUAAACCAGGUACACCUGAAGGACCAAUCAUUAUUGAAGCCCUGCUAAAGAACUCUGUGAUCAUUAGCUGGAAACCACCUGCAGAUGAUGGUGGGGCAAUGAUUACAAACUACAUUGUAGAGAAGUGUGAAGAUACCUCUAGUGAAGAGUGGAAUCUUGUGUCAUCAUCAGUCUCUGGAACAUCUUGUCGAAUUCCAUAUCUCAAUGAAGGUGCCGGAUAUUACUUUCGUGUUUCUGCUCAAAACCAAUAUGGAGUGAGUAAUCCAUUACAGAUUCCUUCUGUGGUCAUUAUUAAAAGUCAUUUAGAGAAGCCUGGAAAUCCCCAAAAUCUGGUUGUUAGUGGAGUGACAAAGGAUUCUUGUAUUGUGUCUUGGACACCACCGCUGAAUGAUGGAGGUUCUAAAAUAAAAAAUUAUUGCCUGGAAAAAUGUGAAAAAGAGAAUGAAUGGAUAGCAGUAACUACAGAUGAAAUCCAUCAAACAGUAUACACUGUAAAUGGGCUUGUGGAAAACUCGGAAUACAAAUUCCGUGUUAAAUGUGACAGUCUAUGGGGAGAAAGUGAAUAUAGCGAAGUGUCUGCCCUUGUUGUUCCAAAAUCAGAUGUAGCUAUUCACACACCUGCCUUUAAGGAAGAAUUAAGAAACAUGAGUGUUAAAUACAAGAGCAAUGCCACUUUUGUUUGCAAGAUCAGUGGACAGCCUAAGCCUGUUGUCAAAUGGUACAAGCGUGGCAAAGAAAUUCAGCCUGAUGGACAGAAAAUCAAAGUCCAGGAACGCAAAGGUGGUUAUUAUCAGCUUGUCAUAUCUGCUGCUGAUGAGGAGGAUUCCACUGUCUAUCAAGUCAGAGCCACAAACCAAGGAGGCUCAAUUUCUGCAAAUGUUUCACUUGAUGUUGAAAUUCCUGCAAAGAUUCACUUGCCCAAGCAUAUACAAAACAAAGAAUCUAUUCCUGCCCUUCGUGGUGAAGUCAUUAGUAUCAAGAUUCCAUUCAGUGGCAAACCUGACCCAGUAAUAACAUGGCAAAAGGGACAAGACCUCAUUGAUAGCAAUGGGCACUAUCAAGUUAUCGUAACGCGAUCUUUUACUUCACUCAUAUUCCCCAAUGGAGUUGACAGGAAAGAUGCCGGUUUCUAUGUUGUUUGUGCAAAGAAUAGAUUUGGCAUUGAUCAACAGACAGUGGAACUUUAUGUUGCAGAUGUACCUGAUCCACCAAGAGGUCUUAAAGUCAGUGAUGUGUCUAGGGAUUCUGUCACUCUGAAUUGGUGUGCCCCCGCUAAUGAUGGAGGAAGUAAAGUCACUAACUAUAUAGUGGAAAAAUGCGCCACCACAGCUGAGAGAUGGAUUCGCGUAGCACAAGCUCGUGACUCUCAUUAUACAGUUGUUAACCUGUUUGGAAAAACAAGUUACCAAUUCCGCGUCAUUUCAGAAAAUAAAUUUGGCCAAAGUGAGCCAUCUGAACCAACUGAUCCAGUUGUAACAAAAGAGGAUAAGUCAAGAGCACUGAGCUAUGAUGAGGAAGUUGACGACACAGGAGAAGUCAUAAAGCGUAAAGCACUACAUUCAGAAACUGAAGUUCUGCAUAAUAAGUAUAUGAUUGCAGAGGAACUAGGACGUGGGCACUUCAGUAUUGUUCACCGAUGUGUUGAAACCAGUACACAGAAGACAUUCAUGGCUAAAUUUGUCAAAGUAAAAGGUGCAGAUCAAGCAUUGGUGAAGAAGGAAAUUGCUACACUUAAUGUAGCUCAACACAAGAAUUUCCUGUGUCUUCAUGAGUCCUUUGACAGUCCAGAAGAAUUAGUCAUGAUAUAUGACUUUACCUCAGGAAUGGAUAUAUUUGAACGUAUUGGGACAGCCAACUUUGAACUUUCAGAACGAGAAAUAGUAACGUAUGUCAGGCAGUUAUGUGAAGCUCUUGAGUUUCUACACAGCAAGAGCUAUGGGCACUUUGACAUUAAACCUGAAAACAUUGUCUACACCAAAAGUAGUAGCUCUAACAUCAAGAUAAUUGAGAUGGGACAGGCUCAAUACCUUACACCAGGGGAAACCAUAAGGAUCCAGUUUACUGCCCCAGAAUACUGUGCACCUGAAAUCCACCGAAAUGAAAUGGUUAGCACUGUUACCGAUAUGUGGUCAGUUGGUGUUCUAGUUUACAUACUUCUUAGUGGACUUAAUCCAUUCAUAGCAGAUACUUAUCAGCAAACAAUUGAAAAUAUUUCAAAUGCUGAAUACAUUUUUGAUGAAGAGACUCUUAAGAUAUCCAGUCUUGAAGCAUUAGAUUUUGUGGACCGUCUUCUGACUAAGGAGUGUAAACAUCGGAUGACUGCUUCUGAAGCUUUGGAACAUCCCUGGCUUCGAAAAAAUAUAGAAGAAUAUAAUUCUAAAGCUAUAAAGACAACAAGACACAAAAGAUAUUACCAGACCUUAGUGAAAAAGGAAUGGAAUGUUGUUAUUUCAGCAGCUCGUGUUGCUAGAGGCGGUGCCCUAAGAAGUCAAAGAGGGGUCACAGUGAGCAAAGUUAAAGUUGCACCAUAUGAACAUGGCCCACGAGCUGGUCAGAUUAAGCAUUCUGUUUCUGAAGAAGGCGGGCAUGCAAAAUUUGUCUGUCACAUUGAGAACUAUGACAGUAGCACAGAAGUGACUUGGUACUGUGGAGUUAGACAAAUUGAGGAAAGUGAGAAAUAUAAAAUUAGUUAUGAUGAAGGAGUAGCUAUCUUAUCUAUCGAAAAUAUUAGCAGAGCAGAUGAUGGGACAUAUAGGUGCAAAGUUAUUAAUGAAUAUGGUGAGGACAGUGCCUAUGCAGAUCUAUUUGUCAAAAGUGCAAGAUCUUAUUCUGAUUUCUUUUUUGCACGUACAGUAAAGAAAGCAAAACGUAGGGUAGAUACAGAAAGACUGCUUCAGAGACCCCCUGAAUUUACUUUACCGUUAUACAAUCGUGCCGCUUACGUUGGUGAGGAUGUGCGCUUUGCAGUAACAAUAACAGUGCAUCCGGAGCCUCGGGUUACAUGGUUAAAAUCUGGGCAAAAGAUUUUACCAGGAGAUAAUGACAGAAAAUAUACAUUUAUAAAUGACAAAGGUCUGUAUCAGCUCAUAAUUCACAAUGUACAAACAGAGGAUGAUGGUGAAUACACAGUUUUAGCCCGCAACAAAUUUGGAGAUGACAGUUGCAAGGCACGUCUUACUGUAUCACCUCGCCCAGCACCAUCAGAUAAUACACUGCGGCCAAUGUUCAAGCGCUUGCUAGCAAAUGCAGAGUGCAAAGAGGGUCAAAGUAUCCGCUUUGAAAUGAGAGUGUCAGGGUCACCUUCACUGAAGUGGGAGAAAGAUGGAAUGCCAUUAGCAUUUGGGCCACAAGUCGAGGUUAUUCAUGAAGGGCUUGAUUAUUAUGUUCUACAUGUCAGAGAUACACUUCCUGAAGAUUCUGGUACCUAUAGAGUCAUUGCUACAAACUCCGCUGGAUCUGCAAGUUGUCAAGCCACAUUAAAGGUGCAUCGUCUCACUCAUGUCAAGAAAGAAUAUGAUACUGAAGAACAUAAAAAGACAUGUGCUGAGGAGAAAAAAAUUGAGAAGAAGGUGAGACUGUUGCAAAUUCUUUCUGGCAGUGAAGUUAUUCCACUUACUUCAGUGGCACAAGAGGCUUUAAGAGAAGCAUUAAUUAUGUAUAAACCAGAAAUAUCAACUAAGAAAGAAAGGAUUGAAGCUGUUGAUAAAAAGGAAAAAGAAGAAAGAAAGAUGAGAGCAGAGGAAAAGAGACUUCAUAUGCCAUAUGAAAUUCCACAACCUCGUGUCCAUGCUCCAACAGCCCUGGAAGAAGAUCUGCAAAUCAAACAUUUUGAGCCUUAUUCAGACAUGAAAUGGUAUAAGAAAAUCCGAGAUCAGUAUGAAAUGCCUGAAAGAAUGGAAAAAUCUGUUCAGAAGAGGCUUAAACGCAUUAGUUUAUCUAAGUGGGAGCAGAACUAUGUUGUGCCACUUCCAAGAAUCAAGGAUCAGUACAAGCCUAAAUGGCGCAUUCCUAAGUUUUCACAAGAUGACUUGGAAACUGUAAGACCAGGAAGAUACCGUGCAUCAUCUCCGGAAUCAGAAGUUAACUAUAGGCAAAGAAGAAGGUCCCUCUGUAAUCUCACAGAUGAAGAGUGUCUUCUGCCUAUUCAAGACUAUUUAUCAAUGAAAAAAACUGAAGAAGAAAGGCUUCGCUUUGAAGAGGAGCUCCAACUUGGCUUCUCAGGUUCUUCUUUCAGUUCUGUGGACUUUGAAUUGUCUUCAUUGCAUCAAUUCCCAUCAAAGAAAAUGACAUCUGAGGAGAAGGAAGUAGAAGAUGUUGAAACGUAUGAUUCAUAUCAUAUUCCCUCUAAGUAUGAGGCUGGACCAAGCUAUAUUGAUCUGCGCCAACGCCAUGAUAAGGUGACAUAUAGACCUCCAAGACAAAACCAAAGAGUGCUUGAAGACAAAGAAGAUCAAGAACUUCUUCGUCCAAUAGCUUCAAUGCAGAGACAUUGUGCUUACAACAGUGAGAUGAAGCGCAUGCAGUUUGACGAGAAAAUUCGAUUGUCAAGAAAAGAAAAAAGUAAAGUUCAUGUUUCACCAUUAAUUGAAGAAAAAAUGGAAAAAACUGAAUAUACAUCUGCUUUGUUACCUCCCCUCUUUACACAACUAAGUAGCAGGUCUUUAUUGCCUUCACAUAGUGAAUUAAUGCAUCCCUUAUCUCGAAAUGUAACAUCUGGCAGUACACUUCAAGCUAGAGAGGAAGAGAGUGAAACAACAGAAAGGAUAUCACAGAUUUCUGAGAGGACACGCGCCAGUAGUCCGAUUUUAAGUGAAUUACUAUUACCUGAGAAACAUACAACAACUGACAUAAUGGCCACAUAUGCAGCAAAAAAGGCUGCUCUGAAAUCUGAAAGAAAAUAUGAAGUUGUGACUCAGCAACCUUUCAGCCUUGACCAUGCACCACGCAUAACUGUCAGAAUGCAUUCGCAUCGUGUGCCUUGUGGCCAGAAAACCAAAUUCACUCUAAAUGUGCAAGCCAAACCGGAAUCUGAAAUUAAAUGGUAUCACAAUGGAAAGCAGAUUCAAGAGAGCAGCAAAUUCCGUUUUAUAAACAUAAGUGGAGUUCUGUCUCUUGAGAUAUUUGACUGCCAACAAGAGGACAGUGGCACCUAUCGUGUUGUUUGCACAAACUACAAGGGAGAGGCCUCAGAUUAUGGCACUUUAGAUGUUUCUGUAGGUGAAUAUUCUGCAUAUUCAUCCCAUUACAAAGAUGAAGAAUCUCUCCCAGCUGUCGUUCCUGAAAUUACCAAGAGUGAUUUUUACCAUUUGUCCUCUGUUAAACCAGUUUCGGCAUCUGAAACUCAUAUGGUGUUGAAGGAAACGAAAUUAGAGCUGAGUGAAAUGCAUCCAGUAAGUUCAUGUGAAGAAUAUGCUUCACCUGAAAAGAAAACUACAGCACUAGAGAAAAUAACUCCACAAGAGAAAGUGAAAACAAUUCUGCCAGCAAGAAUACUUAAAAAACCUCAAUCAUUAACAGUACAAGAGGGACAGUUUGUUGAAUUUAUUUGCGAUGUAGAUGGCGAUCCAUCACCAAGUGUUACCUGGAUGCGUGCCAGUCAAGCAAUUGUCUCAUCUAACCGUUACCACAUCAUCACAUCACAGUACAAGUCAACUUUUGAAAUAACGAAAGUACAGUUAUCUGAUGAAGACAACUACACAGUGGUUGUAGAGAAUUCGGAUGGGCAUGAAGAGGUGGAAUUUACACUAACAAUUUGUAAGUCAACUGAAGAAGAGAAAAUUGCAGUUUCUCCAUGCAAGUCACCAGUGUCACCCAGCACCAAAGAGCAUGUAGAGUCAUCUGCGGACACAAAAACAAGGACUAAAUCUUCAGAAUCUGAGGUGAAACCUUUAGACAUUUCAGAUGCUUCAUCCCCAGGUUCUUAUAUCAAGUCACCUGAAUUAAAAACAACUACUGAACCAUCUUUAUCUCCAGUGAAGGUUCAGUUCCCACCAGAAGAAGAAUCUCAAGAAGUGCAAAAGCCUCCAAAGAUUGUAAAUCAGCUUAAUGCAAAGGCUUCUGAGGACAAAAUAAUUAUGUAUUGUGUUGUUGAAGGUGCUACAGACACAGUAAUAUGGUACAAAGAUGGAAUUAAACUGACACAGGAUAGGCACUACUAUUUCCAUACUUCUAUGGAUGGCCUUUGCAGUCUGAAUAUCAAUGAUAUUACUGAGAGCGACCAAGGAGAAUAUACUUGUGAAAUUAUUUCUGAAGGGGGGGUAUCUAGAACAUCAUUUUCAUUUGUUGGCCAAGUGUUUCAAAAUAUAUUGAAAAAAAUCUCAACAUUUCUGGAGGAAAAUAAAUGUUUAGUUGAAAAGGAAACAGACAUCUCCUUAACAGAGCCAACUUCAGGAAGUCUCACAACCAAUACAGAAUCACAAAUAGAAACUAAGAAAGAGGCUCUUUCAGAGUCUUAUAUACUGAAGAAGGUGACAGAGCAAAUAAAACCAGAGAUUUUUCAUGAAGCUCAACCUCACACAGAAAUUAAAGUAACUCAUAGCCAAGUAACAGCGUUUGAAGGUCAGUCGCUUAUUCUGAAAACAGAAAUCCCUGGAGUAUUUUGUGUAAAAUGGUUCCUUAAUGGAAACGAGCUGGUUAAUUCCGAAGAUUAUAGAUAUGGGAUGUAUGAGAAUGAUCAAACUUUGACCAUCAAGAAUAUCAGUCAUCAUGAACAGGGAACCAUCACAUGUGAAGCUAAAACUGAAAGUGGAAUUGUAAAAUGUCACUUUCAUACAACCCUUUCUGCAAAACCUGAAGGACCACCUUCAUUUUGUAUUCUGCCAAAGUCUCAGAAUGUCAAAGAAGGACAAAAUGUGAUUUUCACAUGUGAAUUAUAUGAAGGUUCCCCUGUAGAAAUUGAAUGGCUUAAGGACAAUGUUGAGGUAUUGCAUACAUCCAACGUAAAAGAGAGUCAUUCUAAAAAUAUAUAUACACUAGAAAUUAAAGAAGCAUCUACUGGAGACAGUGGGAAAUAUACAAUAAAAGCAAAGAAUAUUCAUGGACAAUGUUCGGCUACUGCAUCGUUAAAUGUACUUGUGCUGCCUGAAGAGCCUAAUAGAAGUGUACUUUUAGAGAAAGAUGAACUGGCUGCUAGUAUGCUUGAACGUUUCUCCGCGAAGGAAGUCCACAUGGCUGCCUCCAUGCAGGAGACCUCCUUCAGAAGCAGUAGCUUAACCGAAAUGAAAUUUGCAAGUGCGUCUGCAUACAGCACACAGUCUUUGACCGCAGAAAUAGCAUUGAGCUCUUGCAGUAUAAUGGAAAUGUCAAGCCAUUUACAAUUAGAGGGGUCCUCUAAAGGAACCAUUACCCAAGGUUUUCCACCAAAAAUCAAAACACUUCCUGAAGAGAUCUGCAUUGAGAAGGGAAAGACUCUUACUGUAGCCUGUGUUUUCUCUGGAGAACCCCUGCCUGAGACUGAGUGGACACGUUCAGGGAUUACAUUACCCUCUACAGAGGAAAGUGACAGGUUCAGUAUUGAGACCACUGAGGAUCUCACCACCCUCAUCAUCACUAGUGUGAAAGAAAGUGAUGCUGGAGCCUACACCCUUAAACUAUCCAAUGAGCUUGGAUCUGACAGUGCAACAGUAAAUGUCAUUAUCUGCUAAUACACACACACACACACACAUGUGAACGUGCACAUGUAGGGUAUACCUAUCCUUAUGGGUCCCGCUCAUUCACUUCUAUGGGAAAAACGCUAACUAUGACAACCUUACCCCCCACCCUGCCCUAACCAUAACCAUAACCAGUAACCAAGCAAAAUAACAAGGGUUUUUGCAUUUAAAAUUUUUUCAUAGCAGUCACUGAUUUUUAUAAAAUAGAGUUUUCCCUUAUGGGGACCAGGAAACCGGUUCCCAUAAGGGAAAAAAAUCGGAUAUUUAUCACGUUAUGGGGACAUUGUGUCCCCAUAAGGAUAGGUAUACCCACUCGCACACAGACACACACACACACACACACACACAGACAUAAUCAUUCAAAUAUGGGAGUAUCCUUAAAAUUGACUUAAGCUGUAGUUAUUAUAAAAUGUGCCACACUGAAGAACUGCCAGAAUUUUGUGCAUCAUUUGCAAUAUGUACAUAAUGUAUAUAGCCGGAUUUGUCAGUUAUGAGAAAUGUAAGCAGUGUCAAUUAACUGAAACUAAUGAAACCAAAUGUUGACCAGGAGUUUUGUGUAUAUGUGUGUGUUUUAUAUAUCUUAUAUACACACGCAUAUACAUGAAAUGCAUAUCCUGGAAAGCGACAGAACUUUCAAUACUAAAUAAUGUGCCUCAACAAUAAGUUGAAGUUAUAAUUUUGCCUCAACAGGUACAGAGGCUUCCUGUUGACGUUUUUUGCUCAGCUCCUUGACACAAUGUUAUACAUUGUAUGACUGCAAUAUUAGUAUGGUUUCUAAGAUGAAUAUAAUGUUACAUGUGCAUAAGACCCUGAGUGCUGUUUGCAUUUUACCCUCAUGUAAGCUGCACAACUGGGCCUUGUGUUCAUACUGACUGUGUCAUACCACCAUUUCUUAUGACAUGCUCAAAGUGCGAGCGGCCUGCACUUUGGGAGUUAUAGAAUAUGAUUAAUAUAAUUUCGGUCAAUGGUCUGUUUCAGUUAAUUUACUAAGAACAACAUCUGGCCAUAAGACUCGUGGAAUUAGUGUUUCCUCUUAAAGGACUGUUGGUUAGUUUUAUGUGCAUGUGUUCUUGUAUGUUAGUAUUAGUGUUUUAAGUAGCGAAGGCAUUAAUUAAAGAAUUGUGCCACAGCAAUGUCAUCUGCUGUGUUAAACUCUGAAAUUUCAAUGAUGUCUGUGCUUUGGUUUUAUCAAACAGAAUGAUUAGAAAUAGCAGUAAUUACCAAUGUUUUAGGUUUUAACAAUUGUAACUUCAAUAAAGCAUGAUUUCAGCACCUCUGUUAUGUUGAGAAUGUUGUUCCCUAUUUCGAAUUUGAUUUGAAAGUGUAAUGAAGUAAUUCAUGGUUAACACACUUAACCCAUAUUAGAUCAGAUUAAAUAUUAUUUUGCGGCUGUCCGUGGUAUACUCAUUGUUUAGCCAAAUGAUUUAUUAUCAGAAUAUAACCACUGUGAUUAUAAUGGUGAGACUCACAAUUGUUCAUUCAAUUUUGCAAUAACAAUAACAGCAAUGUCAUAUUGAACCAGUCUUCUAGCACUGUUUGCCCCACUUCAUUCAAUUUCUCUUAUUGGUGUAGAGUAUCUGGAGCUUAUUGGCCAUAUUUUAUUUUAUAAAUUUAACCUAGCACUUUGAUCUCACACAUUCAGUGCACUUUUCCUCAGUUAAAUGUGUUUAAACAGCAACAGAACUCCGUAUCGUAUGUUAUUGCGUGAUAGGCAGCAGCACUCUAUACUAUUUUUUUCCCCUCUUCACUAAAAACAAUAUUAAGAGGAUUAGCUGCAAGUCUGUGCUGGAACAGGUAUCUGAGGGUCAGCACUGACUGAAAGGAAGCUGGCAGCAGAUACAAAAUUUGCAGAUGUCGGCCUCAUAUGAACAGAAGAAGUGGGACAGCACUGGAAUGCUUGGUCUUACCAUUUUAGAAACCUACUGAGUUCAACCAAAAACAAACAACUUAUAUGGUCUUUUAGAAUUAGUAUGGAUUAUUACAAAUAAAGAAAUAUACUACUGAA